CCUUGCCUCAGGUGUAGGGAUUUGCAAGGAGAAAAACAGAACUACACAGCUAAGAAACUGUGUGGUUUUGUUUUUGGGUGGUUAUUUUGGAGGCUCAACCGUUCUCACCUUGGAUUUUCUGGAAACAUUUCUGGAUAAAGAGAUAGCUGCUGAGGCUAUAGCCAUCUGGGCACUGUCCCAUCUGUUCAAGGCACCCUUGUGGAUACAAGGUGCCGUCCACAAUGUCAACACAGGCGCCAACAUUUACACAGCCGCUGCAGAGCGUUGUGGCACUAGAGGGUAGUGCCGCAACGUUCGAGGCGCAAGUUAGUGGUAAUCCAGUUCCCGAGGUGAGCUGGUUCCGUGAUGGCCAGGUUCUUUCCGCUGCCGCUCUGCCCGGCGCACAGAUCUCGUUCAGCGAUGGCCGAGCUGUUCUGAUGAUCCCUGCUGUGACAGCCGUGCACAGUGGAAGAUUUUCUGUGAGAGCCACCAAUGGUGCUGGACAAGCCACUAGCACCGCUGAACUUCUUGUUACAGUGGAGACCGCACCACCCAAUUUUAUUCAGAGACUACAGAGUAUGACCGUGAGACAAGGAAGCCAAGUGAGACUGGAUGUUCGUGUUGCAGGAAUCCCUACACCUGUGGUAAAGUUCUACAGAGAGGGAGCUGAGAUACAGAGCUCUGCUGACUUUCAGAUUGUUCAAGAAGGAGACCUUUACAGUUUGUUGAUUGCCGAAGCCUUCCCAGAGGAUUCUGGAACUUACUCUGUAAAUGCUUCAAACAGCAGUGGACGGGCUACCUCCACUGCUGAACUACUGGUUCAAGGUGAAGAGGUAGCAGUCCCUGCUAAGAAGACAAAGACUAUUAUGUCAACAUCUUCUCAGAUGACGUCUUCUCAGUCCCGCCAGACCAGAGAGACCAGAAGAGUGGAGUCACAUUUCCAGUCCAGCUCUAUGAUGGAAAUGCGCGUUGAAGGUGGUGUAGUGACCCAGACAUUGGCACACAAGACCCCACCACGUGUGCCUCCAAAGCCAACCUCAACCUCCAAGUCCCCAACACCACCAUCUCUUGCAGCCAGGGUUGCAGGUGGACGUCAUCAGUCACCAUCACCUGUGAGACAUGUCAAGGCGCCCACUCCGGCCCCUGUCAGGUCUGCCUCUCCCACUUCUGCCUCAAGACUGUCUGUGUCACCAAUCAGACCAGUCAAAUCCCCACUGACCACACGCAAACAAGUAUCCCAUAGUCCAGAUGUGCCUCCACCAUGGAAGCAGGGAGAGGGAUUUGUGGCGGAGUCCAGCUACAGCAUGACCACUGCCUCUAGUGCCAGUCAUGUCCAGUCUUCUGCCACCCAUGCUCACAUGGAGCAGCACUGGGAGGGCUCUUAUGGAUUGAAAACGACUGGUGCCGCUGUAUCUGGUGUCGCUGUGAGAGAGGUUGUUGAAACAGCAGUUGUUCCAUCACCAAUGGAGGAGCCAACUGUGCCACCUACUCUUGUGGCUGGCUUGAACAACGUGACUGUGACUGAGGGUGAAUCUGUGACUCUGGAAUGUCAGAUCACUGGUCACCCUGCCCCUGGCAUCAUGUGGUUCAGAGAGGACUACAGAAUUGAGAGCUCCAUUGACUUCCAGAUCACUUAUGAGAGUAAAUGUGCCCGUCUGGUCAUCCGCGAGGCCUUCGCAGAAGACAGCGGUCGCUUCACUUGCACUGCUACUAGCGAGGCUGGAACUAUCAGUACAUCCUGCUACCUGCUUGUCAAAGUGUCAGAGGAGAUUGAGAGCAGAGAGGACACUACUGUGUCUGAAUAUGUUGAAACUUCUGCAGAGCAUCAGAUUAGCAUUGGAGCCAAGGAGGAGACCAUGUCGGAGGUGAGCGCUGUUGCAGAGACUGUGGAAGCAGCUCCCUUCUUUGUCAAGAAGCCAACUGUGCAGAAGUUGGUGGAGGGCGGAAGAGUUGUCUUUGAGUGCCAGAUCGGAGGCAGCCACAAGCCCAACAUUAUCUGGAAGAAGACUGGAGUGCCCCUUACUACAGGAUACAGAUAUAAAGUGCACUACAAUAAGGAGAGUGGAGUGUGUAAAUUGGAGAUCUCCAUGACGUUUGCUGAUGAUGCUGGAGAGUACUCCAUCUUUGUCAAGAACCCUCUUGGAGAAGAGUCUGCCUCAGCCAGUCUGCUUGGGGAAGAGGAAUAUGAAGAAUACAUGAAGAAACAUGAAGUGACAUAUAAGACUGAAGUGACUACAAUGGUACAGGAGUCUAGAGUGGCAGAAGUACCAACUGUUGCUGUUAGUGGCUAUGAGACAGAACAGAGGAUGUACAUGCAAAACAGAAUGGCUCAGCAGGCCCAAGCGACACGCACCUUCAUCUCCGAGCAGGAACUCAAGAUUACUGUCGUUGAGGAGAGGAUUAUCCAUGAGAUUGAGGUCCGCAUCAUGCAGAUUACAUACCAACAAAUUGUGACUGAGGAUCGGGAAGAGAUGGUGACUUGUGCAGACCGUGAGGCUGUACAGUCAGCCUUUGCCACUCCAGUUAAAAACUACAGAAUCAUGGAAGGAAUGGGGGUCACUUUCCACUGCAAAAUGGCAGGAACUCCAUUGCCCAAGAUCGUAUGGUACAAAGAUGGCAAGCGUAUCCAUCAUGGCGGCCGUUACCAGAUGGAGAGUCUUCAGGAUGGUAGAGCCAGCCUACGUCUUCCUGUGGUGCUGCCAGAAGAUGAAGGUGUUUACACAGCAUUAGCCAGCAACAUGAAGGGCAACUCUGUAAGCUCUGGGAAACUGUACGUGGUGCCCACUGCAGGAGCAGAAGCUCCACAGAUGCCUGAGUCACCGGCAAUGCAGAGAAUGAGGUCCACAUCCCCACGCUCUACAAGCCGCUCUCCCGGUCGUUCUCCCGGACGCUCUCCUGCUCGCAGACUUGAUGACACUGAUGAGAGUCAGCUGGAAAGACUAUACAAGCCUGUGUUUGUCUUGAAGCCACAGUCAUUCAAGUGUGCUGAAGGGCAGACUGCCAGAUUUGACCUGAAAGUAGUUGGUAGACCCAUGCCAGACACUUUCUGGUUCCACAAUGGACAACAAGUUGUCAAUGAUUACACCCACAAGAUAGUGGUGAAGGAAGAUGGAACUACGUCACUGAUUGUGGUUCCAGCCAUGCCCCAUGAUUCUGGAGAGUGGACCGUGGUCGCUCAGAACAGAGCUGGAAGGACCUCUGUCUCCAUGACACUUACAGUUGACGCCAAAGAAAACUUGAUCAGACCCCAGUUUAUUGAGAAGCUGAAGAACAUCAGUGUUAAGCAAGGCACUCUGGUUGAGUUGGCUGUCAAAGCCAUCGGAAACCCCCUGCCUGAUAUUGUUUGGCUGAAAAACAGUGACAUCGUCUCCCCAAUGAAGCACCCAAAUAUCAAGAUUGAAGGCACCAAAGGAGAGGCCAAAUUCCAGAUCCCCCAAACAGUAGGCACUGAUAGUGCCUGGUACACAGCCACAGCCAUUAACAAAGCUGGAAGAGAUACCACUCGCUGCAGGGUCAACAUUGAGGUGGAAACUGCUGAACCUGCACCAGAGAGGAGACUCAUUAUUCCCAAGGGAACAUACAAGGCCAAGGAAAUUGCAGCUCCAGAGUUGGAAUCCCUGCAUCUACGUUAUGGCCAAGAGCAAUGGGAGGAGGCUGACCUAUAUGACAAGGACAAGCAGCAGAAACCACAGUUCAAGAAGAAGCUGACGUCCGUCAGGCUGAAGCAUUCUGGUGCUGUCCACUUUGAAUGCAGACUGACCCCUAUUGGUGAUCCCACUAUGGUUGUUGAGUGGUUACUUGAUGGCAAACCCCUUGCAGCUGCUAACAGAUUGCGCAUGGUUAAUGAAUUUGGCUACUGUAGUCUUGACUUUGAAGUUGCCUAUGCCAGAGACAGUGGUGUCAUCACCUGCAGAGCCACUAACACGUUUGGUGCCGAUCAGACCUCGGCUACACUGAUUGUAAAGGAGGAGAAGAGCAUGGUGGAGGAAACUCAGUUACCUGAGGGCAGGAGGGGACUACACAGAAUUGAGGAGAUGGAGCGCAUGGCUCACGAAGGAGGUCCUUCUGGAGUCACUGCAGAUGAAGGGGCUGAGAAGACAAAGCCUGAAAUUGUGCUUCUUCCUGAGAAUGCAAAUGUGCAGGAAGGUGAAAUUGCAAGGUUCCGUUGCAGAGUAACUGGUUAUCCUACACCUAAGGUCAACUGGUACCUCAAUGGGCAGCUCAUUCGCAAGAGCAAGAGAAUGAGACUUCGCUAUGAUGGCAUUUACUAUCUUGAGAUUAUCGAUAUCAAGUCAUACGAUGCAGGAGAUGUCAAAGUGUUAGCAGAGAACCCUGAGGGCACAGCUGAGCAUCUGGUGAAGCUGGAGAUCACACAGAAAGAGGACUUCAGAUCUAUUCUUCGUCGUGCACCAGAGCAUAAGGCCCCAGAGCCUAGCACCAUGGCUGAACAUGGCAGAGUUUCCUUUGAUGUGGUUAAGGUUGAAAAACCAACUGCCAUCAAAGACACCAAAGAGGUAGUGCAACUAAAGAAGACCGAAAGAGUCAUCCAUUCAAAAGCCACAGAGGAGACAGACGAGUUGAAGGGCAAAUUUAAGCGCAGGACAGAGGAAGGAUAUUAUGAAGCCAUCACUGCUGUGGAGCUCAAGUCUCGUAAGAAGGAUGAGUCCUAUGAGGACAUGCUUAGGAAGAGGAAGGAAGAACUGCUUCACCAUCAGAAAAUGUUGUCUGAGGCUGAGAAGAAAAAAGAGGAGGAACGCAAGGUUCAUGUUCCCUCAAUGAAACCAGAGAGAGUAAAGCUCUCUCCCAGCAUGGAAGCUCCAAAGAUCAUUGAACGCAUUGCUAGUCAGACCGUGUCUCAGAUGGAAGAAGUUCACUUCAGAGUCAGAGUUACCGGUAGACCAGACCCUGAGUGCCAGUGGUUCAAGAAUGGAAUUCUGCUGGAGAAAACAGAUCGCAUUUACUCAUUCUGGCCUGAAGACAAUGUAUGUGAAUUAGUGAUCAAGAAGGUCACAGCAGAAGACUCUGCUAGCAUCAUGGUCAAAGCCAUAAACAUUGCUGGAGAGACUUCAAGCCAUGCAUUCUUAUUGGUGCAAGCAAAGACAGUCAUCACCUUCACACAAGAGCUAGAAGAAACCAACGUGAAAGAGAAGGACACCAUGGCGACCUUUGAGUGUGAGACCAAUGAGCCUUUUGUCAAAGUCAAAUGGCUGAUGAACAAUGCAGAGAUUUUCUCUGGAGACAAAUACAGGAUGCACUCAGACAGAAAGGUUCAUUUCCUUUCUGUACUGACCAUCAACAUGAAGGACGAUGCAGAAUACAGUUGUGCUGUUAUUGAAGAUGACCACAUCAGGACCACUGCCAGACUCAAUGUGGAAGGUGCCCCACUGUCAAUUGUAAAGAGGCUGGAGAACAUUGAGGUGCCUGAGACCUACUCUGGGGAGUUUGAGUGUGAAGUGUCUCGAGAGGAUGCUGAAGGUGUUUGGCAUUUUGAGAACAAGGAGCUCACUCCCAGCAGCAAGCAUGCCAUCUCCUCCCGCCGAGGACGCCACAGUUUAUCUGUGAAAGAUGUAAAGAAAGAAGACCAGGGAAAAUAUACAUUCACCACGGGUGAAUUCAAGACUAGUGCCUCCCUGAAAAUGAAACUGCGCCCUGUGACCCUGUUGCACCCCCUCUCUGAUAUGACAAUCUGUGAGGGUGACAUAAGCCAGUUUGAGGUGCGAUUCUCUCAAGAAGAUGUUGAGGGCACUUGGAUGAAGAAUGGUGUUGUCAUUGAAGCUUCAGAUCGCAUCCACAUUGUUAUUGACAAGCUCAUCCAUAAACUUCUCAUAGAGGAUACAGGCAGGCUUGAUGGUGGAAUGUACUCCUUUGUAGUUCCUGCUCAGGACAUUUCCACCACUGCAAAGCUGACUGUUCAAACGAUUAGCAUCUUGGCCCCACUCAAGGAUAUUACAUCAGUUGAGGGCACCAAGGCUGUUAUGGAGGCUAAAAUCUCUGCUGCAGAUAUUAGCUCAAUUAAGUGGUUCCACAAUGACAAGCUUGUGAUGCCCAGUGAGAGAAUCCAGAUUGUUCCAAAGGGAUCCAAACAGCGUUUGGUGUUCAAUAGGACCUUCGCCUCUGAUGAAGGAACCUACAAGCUAUGUGUUGGCAAAGCUGACUCGAGCUGUAAACUGAUAGUCCAAAAAAUUUCAAUUGUGAAGCAAAUGGAGGAUCAAGUUUGUACAGAGACACAGCACGUCACAUUUAAUGUGGAGGUGUCCCACCCUGGCAUUGAUGGUAUCUGGACCUUCAAGAAGCAACAUCUGAAAAAUGAUUCCAAGUACAAGAUAGUGACCAAGGGCAAGAACCACAGUAUGACUGUCAUUAACACCAUGAAGGAUGAAGAGGGGCAAUACACAUUCGCUGCUGGUGAACAGACAUCCAGUGCAAAGCUUACCGUGUCAGGUGGCGCUAUAUCCAGACCGCUGCAUGACAUCAUUGUGGCUGACUCUCAGACAGCUGAAUUUGAGUGUGAGGUGGCCAACCCAACUGCUGAGGGCAAGUGGCUGAAGGAUGGACAACCUUGUGACUUUGGUGAAAAUGUCAGGAGUGAGAAAAAUGGAGCUGUCAGACGUCUUGUUAUUGUCAUCACCAGACCCAAUGACAUCGGUGAAUACACUUACCAGGUUGCAAACUCCAAGACAACAGCCAACCUGAGAGUUGAAGCUGUGAAAGUCAAGAAAACCCUGAAGAACCAAACUGUCACUGAGACACAAGAAGCAGCAUUCAUUCUGGAGCUCACCCAUGAGAAUGUGAAGGGCUCACAAUGGAUUAAGAAUGGUGUAGAGAUCCAACCUAGUGAGAAAUAUGAAGUCACCGUUGAUGGCAUGAUCCACACCUUGAAGAUCAAGAACUGCACCAUACACGAUGAAUCAGUUUAUGGAUUCAAACUUGGAAAACUAUCUGCUAAUGCCAGACUGAACGUUGAGGCAAUUACUAUAACGAAGAAGCCUAAAGAUGUGACAUCACUAUUGGAUGCCACUGCCUCUUUUGAGCUGAGCCUGUCUCAUGAUGACAUCCCUAUCAAAUGGAUGUUCAAUAACGUUGAGCUUAAACCAAGUGAAAACAUCAAAAUGCUGUCUGAGAGAAAAGCUCACAAGCUGAUAAUCCAGAAUGUGGAUGACCACAAGGCAGGAGAGUACACUGCUAUGGUCGGACAUGUGCAGUGCAGUACUCAUUUAUAUGUUGAAUCUCUGCGUGUCACAAAACCCAUCAAGAACAUUGAAGUCCCAGAGACCCAGGUGGCCACUUUUGAAUGUGAAGUGUCACAUUUCAAUGUCCCAUCCACCUGGCUGAAGAAUGGAGUGGAGAUAGAAAUGAGUGACAAGUUCAGGAUUGUGGUGCAGGGCAAACUUCACCAGCUCAAGAUCAUGAACACUGGCAGUGAAGACUCUGCAGAAUACACCUUUGUCUGUGGAAAUGACAGAGUCUCUGCAACUCUGAAAGUUAGCCCCAUUUUGAUCACCUCCAUGCUGGAAGACCUCAAUGCACAGGAGAAAGACACCAUCACAUUUGAAGUGAAUGUCAACUAUGAGGGCAUCACCUACAAGUGGCUGAAGAAUGGUGUUGAGAUUCGCUCCACUGACAGAUGCCAGAGCCGCACCAAACACCUAACUCACUCUCUCACCAUCCGAAAUGUUCAUUUUGGUGAUGGUGCAGAGUACAAGUUUGCUGCUGGCUCUGCUGCAACUACAGCCAGCCUAUAUGUUGAUGCACGUGUUAUUGAAUUCACCAAGCACAUCAAAGAUAUCAAGAUCACAGAGAAGAAGAGGGCCACAUUUGAAUGUGAGAUCUCUGAGCCUAAUGCUCAGGUGAUGUGGAUGAAGGAUGGACAGGAGCUGGAAAUGUCUGAAAGAUACAAGGUCUCCACUGAGAAAUUCUUGCACCGUCUAAUGAUCCAGUCAGUCCGCCUGUCUGAUGCUGCAGAGUAUUCUGUGGUCGCUGGUGCAAGCAUGUCAAAGGCUCAUCUCACCGUGGAGGGGCGUGACAUCCACAUCACAGAACCCGAGGAGAAAGAAUUCACGGUUGUUGAGAAACAAAAAGCGUCGUUUGAGUUUGAAGUCAGUGAGGACGACGUUGAAGGUCGCUGGCUGAGGAACGGUGCUGAGAUGCAGUUCAACCUUGACGAUAGGCUCCACUACAUUGCCAUUAGAAAGGUCCAUCGCAUGACCAUCUCUGAAACCUAUAGAAGUGAUGCAGGGGAGUACACAUUCAUCGCUGGCAAGAACAGGGUCGUGGUGACUCUACAUGUCAAUAUCCCUGAGCCACCUCAGAUAAUUCGCGGCAUGCAGGCCCUGUCUGUGGAGGCUGGCAAACCUGCUAGAUUUUCUGUGGAAGUGACUGGCGUCCCCCAGCCCCAGGUGUUAUGGUACAAGAACUCCCAGGCUCUCUCCCCUGGUUUCAAGUGCAAGUUCCUGCGUGAAGGAAAUGAGCACACUCUGCUUCUCAUCGAAGUGUUCCCAGAGGACGCAGCCUUGUACAACUGCGAGGCCAAGAAUGACGUUGGGCUUGCCACCAGCUCAGCACCACUCAAUGUGGAAGUUUCAGAAGUCGUUUCUCCUGACACUGGAUCUCCACUGUCCAAGCCUGUGAUCAUAACACCAAUGAACAACACCUCAGUCAAUGAGGGAGAGGCUGCUAGGUUCCAGUGCAGAAUCUCUGGUGAAGAUCUAAAGAUCUCUUGGUACGUCCAUAAGAAAGAGAUCGGCCAGUCCGAUGCCUUCAGGAUGUCUCAGUUCGAUGACACCUGCCAGCUGGAGAUUUCCAGAGUGUACCCUGAGGAUGAAGGGGAAUACACCUGUGUUGCCAGAAACUCGGCAGGAAUGGUCACUUGCGCAGGAUAUCUGGCACUUGAAGUGGUUGAAAAGGAGGUGGAGAAAAAGGAAAAGGAAGUUAAAGUGCCACCGGUUUUCAGGUACAAAAUCCAGCCCCUGGAGAUCAAUGUUGGCAGCGGAGCCAAGUUCGAAUGUGAGAUUGAAGAUGCACCAAAUGUGCAGUUCAAGUGGUUCAAGUCUGGCACUCCUAUCAAAGAGAGUUCAAAUUGCAGGAUCAUCAGUCGGCAACUGACAUCUUCAUUGGAGCUUCUGAGCCCAACCAAAGCUGACAGUGUUGAAUAUACCUGCAAGGCUACAAACCAGAAUGGCAGUGACACCUGUGCCGCCAAUCUCAACGUAACUGAACUUUUCCCACCUGCCUUUAUUACUAAGCCUGAUCCAUUGACAUUGUAUGUUGGGAAAAAGGCAAACAUUCAGUGUGUAGUCACUGGAUCUUCACCGAUGACUAUUGUCUGGCAUAAAGACAACAAUGCCAUUUCUUCGGGGGGAAACUACAAAAUCUCCUCAGAAAAGAAUAAAUAUAUUCUUGAAAUAUCAAAACUUGAACUUACGGAUCAAGGUGUUUACCUGUGUAAAGCGUUCAACAGUGUUGGAACUGCUGUGUGCAGCAUGGAGAUGAAGGUCAUCAACAAACCCUAUUUUGUGAAAACACUUGAAUCAGUGUCAGUCGCUGUUGGAAAUCCACUGCACCUUGAGUGUCAGUUGGAUGAGGAUACCGGAGUGUCCAUCACCUGGAUAAAAGAUGGCAAAAAGCUCCAUCAAACAAUGGAUUGUAAACAGUCUUUUGAAGAUAAGAUGGUCACUCUUGAUAUUCCAAAAGGAAAACUUAAAGACACUGGAAACUAUGUCUGUACAGCUGCCAAUGAUGCUGGAAGCACAAGUUGCUCCACUUCAAUAAAGGUUCAAGAACCCCCAGUCUUUGUAAAGAGACUGGAACCCAACUUGGUUUGGAAGCAAGGCAUAAGUGCACGUUUGCAGUGCACAAUCAAAGGGUCACCUGAACUCCAUGUCACCUGGUUUCUGAAUGACAAAGAGCUCUCGGCUGGCGAGAAAUACAAAAUCACUUUCAAGGACGGUUUUGCUACUUUGGAGAUCAUUGAAAUUGCUUUGUUAGACAGUGGAAAUUACACAUGUGAAGUCCUGAAUGAAGCUGGCUGUGAGAGCUGUAGCACCAAGUUAACUAUAAAAGAACCACCAUCCUUCAAAAAGGAAUUGCAAAUGGUUGAAGCAGUCAGGGGCACUGUUGCUCUCUUCCAAUGUGAAGUUGCAGGCACUGCCCCAUUUGAAUUCAAUUGGUUUAGGAGUAAGAAAUCACUCACUUCCGAUAGGAAAUACAAGAUUGUUUCUCAGGACUCGAUUGCUUCUUUGGAGAUCUGCUCAUUUGAAAGUGCAGAUGUUGGGGAAUAUCAAUGUGUUGUGUCAAAUGAUGUUGGUUCAAUCACUGCAAAGACAAUUGCCAAACAGAAAGAACCACCAUCAUUCGCAAAGAAGAUUGAGAACACUACAGCAGUUUUGGGCAGUGCUGUUAAACUUCAGGGUACUAUAAAAGGCUCUGCCCCUAUUACUGUCAAGUGGAUGAAGGAUGCUGAAUGGCUUAGGGAUGAUGACCCUAAUAUCACCAUGGCAUUUCAGAAUAAUAUCGCCAUUUUGACAAUAGCAGCUGUUGACAUUUGCCAUGGUGGAAAGUAUACUUGCCAAGCAGAGAAUGAGGCUGGUCAGCAAAAAUGUGAAACCUCUUUAGCAGUUCAAGAACCCGCUAGAAUCUUAGAGAAAGCCGCAUCCAUCAACGUGACUUCAGGGGAAUCAGCAACCUUGGAAUGCACAAUUGCAGGAAGCCCGGAUCUUAAAGUGAAAUGGCUCCAAGAUGGAAAGGAGAUUACAGGAGGCCGAAAAUAUAAAAUCACUCUUAAAGACAAUGUAGCCAUCUUAAAGAUUGUUGCGGCAGAGAAAGGAGGCACAUGUGAAUACACGAUGGAAGUGUCCAACCGCGUCGGAAAAGACCAGUGCUCUUGUUCAGUCACAGUGCUAGAUCGUGUUCUUCCACCAUCUUUCACAAAAAAUCUUAAGAAAGUUGAUGGAAAUAUUGGUAACAACAUUACUAUGGAGAGCAAAGUAUCUGGAUCUCAGCCCAUGUCCAUCUCUUGGUACAAAGACGAUAAAGAAAUAACGUCUGGACAGAAAUAUCAACUUGAAAUGAAAGAAACCACGGCUUCAUUGGGAAUAACCCAAAUUGAAAAGUGUGAUGAGGGAGUAUAUACAUGUCGGGCAACAAAUUCUGCUGGAUUUAAAGAGAGCAGUGGAACCUUGUGUGUUAAAGAACCUCCAAUCUUCACAUUAAAACCUGACAACCAAGAUGUCGUACCAGGAUCUACUGUUGUCUUGAAGUCUGCUUUCACUGGAUCAGCUCCUUUUACGAUUAAGUGGUUCAGAGAGGACAAGGAGAUAACCACUAGAGGCGCAAGUUUUAUCAAGAAAGACGCUUCUUCAAGUUUCUUGGAACUUCACUCAGUGAAACCCAGUGACUCGGCUAACUACACUUGCCAAGUGGCCAAUGAUGCCGGGAAGGUGGCACACUCUGCAGUCUUGUUUGUGAAAGAACCUCCUCAGUUUUCAAUGAGGCUUGAGCCAUUAAAACUGGUGAAAAAUGGACAACCACUUACAUUGACGUGCAAAGUCACUGGCAGUCCUGUGAUCAAUGUUAAGUGGCUUAAGAAUGAGACUGAAAUCACUUCAAAUGAUAAAUGCAGACUGUCCUUCACUGACUCAGUUGCUUCACUGGAUAUUGUGAACUGCUCUGUUGAUGAUAGUGGAGAUUAUGUUUGUGUGGCAUCAAGUGAUGCUGGUAGUGACCACUGCAGCAGCACAGUUACAGUCAAAGAACCUCCCAUGUUUGUGACAGCUUUUGAGUCCAAAGAAGUUGUGAAAGGGUCUGAUGUUAUAUUCGAAGGAGUUAUUUCAGGCUCAGCUCCAUUUGAAAUAUCUUGUUAUCAGGACACCAAGCAGAUCAGAAAUGACAAAAGGCAUAAGAUAAAUAUACAAGAUGGUGUAGUCACUCUUCAGAUUCUUAAAUGUGAGUCUGGGGAUGCUGGAAAAUACCAAUGUAACAUAGAAAACGAAGUUGGGAAGACAACAUGUGAUUGCCAAAUGACAUUAAAAGAACCACCCUCGUUUGUACAGAAAAUAGAGAACAUCAGUUCUUUAGUUGGCUCAGAGAUUUCUAUGCAGUGCACUUUAAAGGGAUCACUGCCCAUGACUGUAUCAUGGAUAAAGGAGGAUCAUGAAGUUAAAGAAGGCGAACAUAUACAGAUAUCUUAUGAGACCAGAACGGCAGUGUUAACUUUAAGAAACACUCAGAUGACACAUGGUGGAAAAUAUAUUUGUCAGGCACAGAAUGAGGCUGGAAGUCAGAAAUGUCUUGCCACGCUUACAGUCAAAGAACCUGCAAAUAUUACUGAGCGAGUCAAGUCUAUCAGUGUAACAACAGGAGAUCCAGCUACUCUUGAAUGCAGGUUCUCAGGAUCUAAAGUCCUCAAAGCCAUGUGGCUGAAGGAUGGAAGAGAGCUGACAUCAGGUCAAAGAUACAAAGUACAGAGCAGAGAUAAGAGCUCUGUACUGAAGAUACUCUCUACAGUGAAAAGUGAUAGUGGUGAAUACACCUUUGAGGUUUCAAAUGAUGUUGGACGCAGCACUUGUGAGGCUUCAAUCACUGUCCUAGAUCAAACUAUUAAACCAUCUUUCACAAGAAGACUGGAGAAAAUGGAGAGUAUCAAAGGAUCUUUUGCCCACUUGGAGUGUCUUGUGUCUGGAUCCCUGCCAAUAUCUGUACUCUGGUACAAAGAUGAGAAGGAGAUCAAGAGCGAUGAGAAACACAAAUGCACAUUCUUUGAGAACUCGGCAUUUCUAGAAAUUACUCGUCUUGAUAGUGCUGACAGUGGCGGCUAUACCUGCAUUGCUAGUAAUAAGGCAGGCAAAGACCAGUGUUCUGGUGCCUUGCUUGUGAAAGAACCGCCAUCUAUUCUAGAAAAACCUGAAUCAAUGGAUGUUUUGCCUGGAUCAAAGGUUCAGUUUAAUGUCCUUUCGUCUGGCACGCCACCCUUGACCAUGAAAUGGUUUAAAGACAAGAAGGAGAUCUUAUCAAGCUCGGAUUGCUCUGUGAUUAAAGAUUACAACUCUACUUCACUGGAGCUCUUCUUUGCCAAAACGUCAGACUGUGGAAACUAUGUCUGUGAAAUACAUAAUGACGUCGGCUCUGAUGUUUGCCAGGCAACGCUCUUUGUCAAAGAACCUCCCAGUUUCCUUGAAAAACCUGACAAAUUAUCAGUUGUGAAACUUAGAGAAAAUAAACACUUUGAGUGCCAUAUUGGUGGCACUCCAGAAAUACAAGUGCACUGGUUCAGAGAUGGGAAGGAGAUAAGUCGCAGUGACAAAUACAAAAUGUUCUUCGUUAAGUCUGUGGCGAGCUUAGAGAUAAUUGGUGCUGAUGCCAAUGACAGUGGAGUAUACUUCUGUGAGGCCCGUAAUGAGGCAGGCAGUGAGAGCUGCAGCAUGGAGUUAGCCGUGAAAGAGCCCCCAGCAUUUAUUGGAGAGUUAACGCCUGUUGAAGUCGUGAAGGGCUCUAUGACUGUCUUUGAAUGCCAAGUGGCAGGAACUGGUCCAUUUGAGGUUACAUGGCACAAAGAUAAAAAGCAGAUCAAAACCAAUAAGAAGCAUGCAAUUUAUAAAUAUGGUAAUGUCAUGAGCCUGAAAAUACAGGAAUGUGAUGCUUUAGAUGUUGGUGGUUAUCAGUGCACAGUUUCAAAUGAGGUGGGAAGCUGUUCGUGUAGCACCACAAUGUCAAUGAAAGUGAGACCGUCUUUUGUAAAGAAGAUGGAAAAUGCUUCCUCUGUUUUGGGAAGUGUCGCUACAUUUCAGUGUGUUGUGAUGGGAUCGCCAUCUCUGUCUGUACAAUGGAAAAAAGAUGAGAACUGGAUCUUGGUAGAUCCUAAAACUGAAAGGAUCUUUGAAAAUAAUGUGGCAACUCUAAGGAUUCCGAUCUGUGAGGCCUGUCACAGCGGAAAAUAUACCUGCCAGGUCGCAAAUGAGGCUGGACAGGACAAGUGCUUUGCAACCCUGAUGGUGCAAGAACCACCUAAGAUUAUAGAAAAACCAGAGGUGAUAAAUGUCACUCUAGGUGAUGCAGUCAGUUUGGAGUGCAAGGUCUCUGGCACCCCUGAGAUCAAAGUAAAGUGGACAAAAGAUGGAAUAGAACUCACACCCAGCAGGCAAAAUAAACUUAACUUUGAGAAUAACCUCAGUAGUUUGAAGAUUCAGUCUACACAACUGGAAGAUGCAGGGGAUUACCUGUUUGAGGCGACAAACUCUGUUGAUACCUGCAGCUGCAAGGUUAAAUUGAUUGUCGUAGAACAAGUCAUUGCGCCUACAUUCAUCAAGAAAUUAAUGGAGACUCAGGAGGUUUUGGGCUCUGUAGUUUAUAUGGAAUGCAAAGUCGCUGGUUCUUUGCCAAUAUCAGUGCAAUGGACCAAAGACGGCAGUGUCCUUGCAAGUAAAACCAAGUAUCAGUUAGAGCAGAAAGACAACACUGUGUCUUUGGAAAUUAAGAGUUUUGAGGAAGAGGAUACAGGGGAGUACUUGUGUAAAAUCACAAACAAAGCUGGAAGUAGUGAUUGCAGUGGUGCAUUAAAAGCAAAAGUGCCACCGAGCUUUGUAUCUGAACCUGAGUCCCAGGCUGUCAUUCCCAAAGCCACUGUACACUUCCAGGGUGUAUUUCAAGGAACACCUCCUUUUACAGUCAAAUGGUUUAAGGAUGACACUGAACUGAUCACUGGACCAUCCUGUUCAGUUGGACUGGAAGGAUUAUCUUGCUUCUUAGAUCUUUACUCAGUUGGAUUUUUGCAAAGUGGAACGUACUCUUGCCAAGUUAGCAAUGACGCGGGCACUGUGAAGUGUACAACCAAUUUAUUGCUGACAGAACCUCCUGAAUUCGUACUGAAAUUGCCACAUACAACGUUCGUGAAGCAGGGCGAGCCACUCCAUCUUGAAUGCAAAGUUACAAGUGCGCCCUCUCUGCGAAUGCAGUGGUACAAAAAUGACAAUAAGAUAACAGAUGGUGACAACUGUAGAACUUCAUUUGUUGACUCAAUGGCAGUCCUUGAGCUGUGCUCCACAAGAUCUGCUGAUGAUGGAGUUUACACCUGUGAGGCACAGAAUGAUGCUGGGGCUGUAAACUGCAGCACCAUCAUCACAGUGCAAGAUCCACCAAGUUUCAUGAAAGUACCGAAACCUGUAGAGGGGAUCAAAGGAAAAGAUGCUAUGCUAUACUGUGAACUGAAUGGCACAGAACCCUUUAAGAUAAUCUGGUACAAAGACAAAAAGCCACUUAAGGAAAGCAGGAAAUAUAAGAUGAUGAAUGAGAGUAGCUCUGCCACUCUCCAUAUUCUUGCAGUGGACCCCUCAGAUGUUGGUGAAUAUGAGUGCGGGGUCACAAACAAAGUAGGAUAUGAAACAUGCCAUACAACAGUUACGCUCAGAGAAGCACCUGUUUUCGUGAAGAAACUGGUAAACCAGUCAGUCAAAUUGGGUGAAGAAGUCACUCUGAUGGCCACCGUCAAAGGCUCUCAGCCUAUAACUGUUUCUUGGGUGCAAGAUAAGGAUCAUGUUCUUAGGGAUGGAGACAACCGGAAAAUCACAUUUGAGAACAGCGUGGUCACCCUGAAGGUCUUUAAGGCUGACCAAACCACAGGUGGCAAAUAUACCUGCCAACUCAAAAAUGAUUCUGGAGUUGUGGAAUGUGUUUCCAACCUCACUGUCUUAGAACCGGCUACCAUUGUGGAUAGUCCAGAGUCAUUCAAUGUCAAGGCAGGUGAUUCAGCAACUCUUGAAGUCACCGUAGCCGGAACACCAGAAUUGAAAUCUAAGUGGUUCAAGGACGGUGUCGAGCUCUCCUCUGGCACCAAGUAUAAGAUAACCUUCUCAAAGAAUAUCUCCAGCCUGAAAGUCCUGUCGACAGAGAGAGUUGAUACAGGAGAAUACAAAUGUGAGGUCACAAAUGAGGUUGGCAGUGUUUCCUGCAAGACAACCCUCACUGUCCUAGAUAAAAAGAUUCCACCCACAUUCAUCAGGAAACUGAGAGACACACAUACUAUUGUUGGUAAACCUGGUGAAAUGGAAUGCAAAGUUGCAGGUUCUCCACCUUUCACUAUCUCUUGGCACCACAUUGGUCAGGAGAUCAAGAGUGGACCAAAUCACGAGAUUAUUUGCAGUGACAACACCUGCAAAGUUAAACUGCCAACUCUUAAGUUGUCAGACUCUGGAAAAUACACAUGCAAAGCCGUUAACACAGCAGGAGCCAGUGAAACAAGUGCUUCUAUGAUUGUACAAGAACCUCCAUCCUUUGUGGAAAAACCUCAGGCAAAGGAAGCUCUGCCUGGUGCAAAUGUAACAUUUUCAGCAACAGUCCAUGGAAGUGCCCCACUGAAACUUAAAUGGUUCAGGGGCACCAGGGAAAUUGUGUCUGGAAAGGGCUGUGAAAUUGCUCUCCAGGGGAAUGCAGCUACUUUGGAGCUAUACAAAGUGGCCAAAUCAGAUGCUGGAGAGUAUACAUGCCAGAUUAUUAAUGAUGCUGGGAAGGAAAGUUGCCCAGUUAAUCUGUUCAUAAAAGAACCAGUACAGUUUGUGAAGAAGCUGAAGGACAUGUCUUCUGAAAAGGGGAAACCUUUGAAACUUGAAUGCACAUACAAUGGAACUCCCAAAAUAUUUGUUACUUGGUUGAAAGAUGGGAAACAGCUCUAUGCCUCUUAUCAGUAUAACGUGUUGACCACAGAGACUUCCUGCGUCUUGGAAGUACUCAAUAGCGAUAGCAUGACUGCAAGUGGGAAAUACUCUUGCGAAGUUACCAAUGGAGUCGGAACUGAUAUCUGCCAUGCUCAAGUGACCUUAUUAGAACGACCAUUCUUUGUUGAGGAACUGGAACCAAUGGAAGUCACUUCUGGUGAUCCAGUUUGCUUGAAAUGCCGCAUUGGAGGAACCCCUGAUAUUAGUGUGUCCUGGUUCAAAGCUGACGGAAAGCUUUGUGCUACCAAUACUUGCCAAAUGGCAUUUUCAAAUGGCAUUGCGACUUUGAUACUAAGCAAACCGUCAAAGGAUGAUACUGGUGAAUACACAUGCAAAGCUGAGAACAGAAUUGGAUCUGCCUCAAACAGCUGCCGCUUAUCAGUGAAAGAUGUCAAAACACCACCUUCCUUCCCCAAGAAACUUACUAGUCUUGAACAGGCUGUAGGACAGCCAGUCAUAUUUGAGUGUCGUGUUGUAGGAUCCUCUCCUUUAGAAGUCUCCUGGCUAAAAGACAAUGGAUCUUUAAAAAAUGAUGGAGAAUACUUAAUGUCUUAUGAUGAUAACACUGCUGCCCUAAAAAUUGCACGAGGUGAAAUGCAACACUCUGGGGAAUACACUUGUAUUGCUACGAAUAGUGUUGGAACUGCAUCUUGUAAAGCUAAACUCCAGCUUCAAAUUCAAGAACCAGUACACUUCAUCAAGAAGCUGGCAGACAUUUCAGUUGUCAAGGGCAAACAUUUGAAACUCGAAUGCACAUACUCGGGAACGCCCAGCAUAUUUGUCACCUGGCUGAAGGAUGGGAAACAACUCUAUGCCUCUUAUCAGUAUACUGUGACAACCACAGACACCUACUCUAUGUUGGACGUCCUUAACAGUGACAGUUUUGAGGCAGCUGGGAAAUACUCUUGCGAAGUUACCAAUGGAGCCGGAACUGAUAUCUGUCAUUGUCAAGUAAAAAUAGAGCGCAAAAUCUCCCCCAACUUCACCAAGAAGCCUGCAGAGACAAUGGAAGAUACAGAGGGUCAUUUGGUGAACAUUGAGGGUCGUUUAUCUGGAUCUCAACCCAUUGACAUCGUUUGGUCCAAGAAUCACAGUGAAAUUCACGCCUCUGAUAAGUACGAAAUGGAAUUCAAGAGCAACGUGGCCAUGCUGCAUAUCAAGAGCUCCCAACUCUCAGACAGUGGUGCUUAUACCUGCACAGCCACCAAUGAAGCUGGUAGUGCCUCCUACCAAGUCUCACUUAACAUUUCAGAACACAAGAAGGGCCCAGUAUUCGACAUCCCUCUCAAACCUGUGACUGUAAACGAGGGUGAGAACCUGAAGCUUAGCUGCCAUGUCCAUGGAGCCCCUCCUCUGAAGAUUAAUUGGUUGAAGGAAAGGAAGGAGAUAAAAUCCUCCACAAACUGUAGAGUUGUUUUUUCUGAUGGCACUGCCUCUUUGGAGGUCCUCCGCACAUCGAAAACAGAUGCAGGGGACUAUCUCUGCAAGGCUACCAACGAUGUUGGAAGUGAAUUUGCAAGGUCCAGAGUGACAAUUCGAGAAAAAGAAGUCAAACCUGAGGCCACUGCUGCAGCCCCAGCUCCAGCUCCAGCAAAGACUCCAACAAAGAGAUUUGACAAAUUGUUCUUUGUAGAUGAGCCCCAGAGUGUCAAUGUAACAGAGAAGGGCACUGCAACUUUCAUUGCCAAAGUUGGAGGUGAUCCUAUUCCUAACGUGAAAUGGAUGAAGGGCAAGUGGAGACAGAUCACUCAUGGUGGUCGCAUCACUAUUGAGCAGAAAGGCCCAGAUGCCAAGUUGGAGAUCACAGAAAUAACCAAAUCUGACUCCGGACAGUACAGAUGUGUCGCUACUAACAAAGCAGGAGAAAUAGAAUGCAGCACUGACCUGAAUGUUGACGAAAGGAAAGACACCGGGGGAGUAGAUGGAGACUUCAGAGCAAAACUGAAGAAGACACCAUCCAAACAGAAAAGUCCAAAGAAGGAGGGAGAGAUUGACCUCGUGGAGAUUCUUAGGGGUGUGGACCCCAAAGACUAUGAAAAAGUUGUUAGAGAAUACGGAAUCACUGACUACCGUUGUCUUCUUCAGGCCAUUGAGCAGCUGAAGAGGGAGAAAGAAGCGGAAAGUGGAAAACCGGAAACUGAGCAUGGAGGAGAAUCUAAGGAUACGGCCAGGUUUAUGGCUGAGUUGCAAUCAAGAAUGCAGGCUGAGCCUGUCACUCUGGUGAGCGACAUCGAAGACCAAGAUACCACUCCAUUAAGCACAGCAACCUUUGAGUGUGACAUCAAGAUCAACUACCCUGAGAUCACCCUGUCCUGGUACAAGGGAACUCAGAAGCUUGACAACAACGACAAAUAUGAAAUCAGCAUUGUUGGUGACCGUCACAUCUUGAAGAUCAAGCAGUGUCAAACCAAAGACCAGGGCAACUACCGUGUUGUAUGUGGCCCACAUAUCUCCAGCGCCAAAUUGACCGUUGGGGAUGGAGAUCAACAAGCUGGCAUAAUUAACUUCACCAAACGCAUCCGGAGCAUUGAAGUGAAUGAGAACCAAUCUGCUACCUUCGAAUGCGAGUUGUCCUUCGACAAUGCUAUCGUUACAUGGUACAAAGACACUUGGGGACUUAAAGAGAGCCCAAAGUAUAACUUCAGAAGUGAAGGCCGACGACACUUUAUGACCAUCCGCAAUAUAACCUCUGAUGAUGAAGGCGUUUACUCGGUGAUUGCGCGGUUGGAACCCAACGGUGAAGCUAAAAGCACAGCUGAACUUUACCUUUCAGGCAAAGAAAUUGAAUUAGGAAGGGUUCCUUUUGAUGUCCCAGAUUCAUCAAUACAAGCAUACAAAGAAGAAUCAGCUGAAUACUAUUAUGAAGAAAGGACAGAAAUGAGAGAAUUUGAGCGAGAAAUGCAAGAAAGUUGGGAAAUGCAAGAAGAAAAGAUAGAACUUCAGUUCUCUUCAUACACAGGAGAAAGGAUACCCGUUGAUGAAAGUGUUUCCAAAACUCAAGUGGGAACAAGAGAAGGAGUACCUAAAGUUCCUGAAGCUUACAAGAAACCUGAGGAAAGGCCAUCAGCUCCAGCUCCGACCAAAGUACCUGAAGCAAGGAGGCCUCAUGAAGAAAAGAUCACUCCACUGGUUGAACAUGAAAAGCCCUGUCCCACUCCUACAGAAGAAUAUGUUGAACCAAAGCGGCCCAUUUCACGACCAGAACCCGGCAAAGAUGUGCCUACAACCAUACCUCAUAUGGCUACUGAGCCCAAAGUGGCCCCUGAGACAAAAAUGGCAACUGCAGCUAGGGUUGAAGCUCAACCAAAGCCAAAACCCAUUCCCACAAAGACACCAGAAGCUCCUCACCCCAAAGUUCCUGAGGAAUACCCCAAAGCUGAGCCCAUUAGAAAGCCAGAGUCACCUCCACAAGAGGAAAUUUCAAAAAAAGUGCCAGAAAUAAUCAUCAAGAAAGAAGAACCCACACCUCAACCACCUGCAGCUAAGGUUGUUCCCAGAAAAGUACCAGAGAUCACAAAGAAAGAAGAAUCUGCAAUUCCACCACCUAAACCUAAAGAUGUUCCCAAAAAGACAGACACUACUCCAACAAAAGUUAUCACGGAUGUUAAAACAACGGAGAGGCCAAAGACAGAUGCCGAUAAGAAGCUGGAAACUAGCAAGCCUAGGCCCGUUGCAGCACCAACUGCACCAACACCAACAGAUGCCGAUAAGAAGCUGGAAACUAGCAAGCCUAGGCCCGUUGCAGCACCAACUGCACCAACACCAACAGAUGCCGAUAAGAAGCUGGAAACUAGCAAGCCUAGGCCCGUUGCAGCACCAACUGCACCAACACCAACAGAGACAGCUAAAAAAACAGCAAUGAGCAAAUCAGAGCCAGUUGCAGCACCAAAGGAAGAGGCAGUUAAAAAGCCACAGCAAGCAACAAGCACGGCAGAGCCAGUUGCACCAAAGGAAGUCCACACAGAGAAAGUGAAACAGAAGGAUGAGCCGCCUGUGAGAACACCAGUAACUAAACCUAAAAAGGAGGAUGACGUUGCUGUCACAAAAGAAGUCCCCCAGAAACCAGAGAAAGUUACUCCAGCUGCAAAAUUAGAAGUCACACCUAAGCCCAAAGAAACCCCUGAAGUAAAAGUUCCUUCAACAACUGAGCUAACUGUAACAACAGAGACUGAAGCAAGAAAAGAUGUUUCAGUGAAGAGGGAUUCAGUGACUGAACAGCUGAAAGAAGUUUCACCAAACCUUAAUUCAGCUUCUGAAGUGUGGCAAGAACUUUCAGUGAAGAAGACUUCAGUAACUGAAAUGAGACAAGAAGUUUCAGUUAAGAGGGAUUCCGUGACUGAAACAUGGCAACAAGUUCCAGUGCAGAGGGAUUCUGUGACUGAAGUGCCACAAAAAGUUUCGGUGAAGGUGGAUUCAGUGGCUGAAAAGAGGCCAGAAGUUUCAGUGAAGAGAGAUUCAGUGACCGAAGCACGGCAAGUAGUUGCAGUGAAGAAGGCUUCAGUAACUGAAGUAAGGCAAGACGUUUCAGUGAAGAGGGAUCCUGUGACUGAAGCAGGGCAAGUUUCACAGAGAACAGGUUUCAUUGAGAAAAUUUCCCUGGCAGAGGAAGUUAGUUUCAGAGAAGAGGUAUCAUAUGGAGACAAAGCUAUGAUAUAUGAGAGAGAAAAGGAAUUGACUCAGAUAAACGUAAGGGAUGAUAUUUCUUUAGAAGAGGAAGAUAUACAUCAAACUGAGAUAGUAAAGCAAGACGUUCCAAUAAAGAAAAUAGAUGAUCAACCAAUUCAAGCCAUUGUUGCAAAAAAAGAGGAAGAUGCAACCCAAAGAGAUAGUGUUAGACACAUUGACCCAGCGACAGUGGUUCCACCAAAGAAAUCAGCUACUCCUACCACUAAGAAAGAAGCUAUCUUAAGUAUAAAGGUUAUUCCUCAAAGGAAAGUUGUCUUGCCUAAGGUAGAAGCCAUUCCUUCUAAGAAAGCUGUCUUAUCUGAGGUAGAAGCCAUUCCUUCUAAGAAAGCUGUCUUAUCUGAGGUAGAAGCCAUUCCUUCUAAGAAAGCUGUCUUAUCUGAGGUAGAAGCCAUUCCUUCUAAGAAAGCUGUCUUAUCUGAGGUAGAAGCCAUUCCUUCUAAGAAAGCUGUCUUAUCUGAGGUAGAAGCCAUUCCUUCUAAGAAAGCUGUCUUAUCUGAGGUAGAAGCCAUUCCUUCUAAGAAAGUUGUCCCACCUAAGGUAGAAGCCAUUCCUUCUAAGAAAGCUGUCUUAUCUGAGGUAGAAGCCAUUCCUUCUAAGAAAGUUGUCCCACCUAAGGUAGAAGCCAUUCCUUCUAAGAAAGCUGUCUUAUCUGAGGUAGAAGCCAUUCCUUCUAAGAAAGUUGUCCCACCUAAGGUAGAAGCCAUUCCUUCUAAGAAAGCUGUCUUAUCUGAGGUAGAAGCCAUUCCUUCUAAGAAAGCUGUCUUAUCUAAGGUAGAAGCCAUUCCUUCUAAGAAAGUUGUCUCACCUAAGGUAGAAGCCAUUCCUUCUAAGAAAGCUGUCUUAUCUGAGGUAGAAGCCAUUCCUUCUAAGAAAGCUGUCUUAUCUGAGGAAGAAGCCAAUGCAUAUAAGAAAGCUGUUUCACCUAAUGAAGAUGACAUCCCGUAUAAAUCUAAAAUAUCACAGAAGACAAUCAAACAAAAGGAAAAAGAAGAAGAAGAGAGAGUUCAGCCUCCAACACCUCACAAAGACCAAAGGGUCGCCCCUGAAGUGGUCCCUGUUUCAAUUACAGAUGAUACCACUCGUCCACAAGAACCACCAGAGAAGAAAAUCUCUCCUCCAACACCAAAGCCUUCACCUGCUCCCUAUGUAGAAAAAGUAUCAUCCCCUGAAGCGACACCAGACAAGAAAAUCUCUGCACCGAAGCCAAAGCCUUCAGAUGCCCCCCAUGUGGAGAAAGCUUCUCCCCCUGAAGUGAAACCAGUGCAGAAGAAAGCCUCCCCACCACCUCAGAUACCAAAGCCUUCACCUGCUCCUCUUGUAGAAACAGUGUCUCCUACUGAAGCUGAAAAGAGAUCCUCCCCACCGAUGAAAACGCCUUCACCUGUUUCACCUAGUGCUUCACCCCCUGAAGAUAAGGGCCCUGUAACAGCACCCGGGGGAGCUGGCAAAGCAAAAACAACUGCGGUGCCAACGAUUAUUAAGAAAAAGGGUAGAAUUCCUGUUCUGAAGGAAGAAAAACUUGAAAUGCCAACUUUGAAGAAAGUGACCAGAAUUUCAAAGGACACUGAGGAAGAGCAGGAUAUCAUUAAGCUGAAAAGGGUGACACAGAUACCCUCAAAAGAAGAGACAGUUGAACCGGAGGUUCCGACCCAGGAAGCCUCAAGGACCAUAGUUGUUGAAAGUUACGAGAGAGAGGAGUAUAUGUUUGAAACAACAGAAAUAGCUGAGAGAACCUCAGUAUAUGUUAAGAAGCCAAUUGAACAGGUGGAGUUUCACAAACCUAAAGAAGUUGCAUCAAAAGAUUCUACUGAGGAAUCUUUGGUUCACCUGAAAAAAUCCCAAAAGGUUCUGAAAGAUGUCCAAGUUGAGGAGAAAAUGGGUUUGAAGAAAACACCAAAGUUGCUGAAAGAAGAAUCACCUGGCCAACCUAGUUUAUCUCUGAAGAAGGUAUCGAAAUUGCCAUCAGACGAGAAAGAGCAAGAAACUGUCAAGCUUAAACCAUUUGAAAAACCUGCUAAACCGGGAACUUUUGAGCCAGAGAAAGACAAAAAAGACACUGAAUCCAGAGCUGCUUAUGAUAGAAGUGAGAGACCACAAAGAGAUGAAGCAGUUAAAGAAUCAGUUUCUGCUCCUAUGAAGAAAUCUGAAACCAUCUCAAAGGAUACGAAAGAGCCACAGGCAGCCAAAUUUAAACCAGUGGCCAAAGCUCCUGAAGAUGAACACGUCGAAGAGUUUGACAAACCACUGACAAAGGUGAAGACAAUUCCUUCGCAGGAGCAAGAGAAGGAAGAAGUUAAAUUGAAGCCAUUUUCUAAGUCACCAAAAGCUGAAACUGUGAAGCCUGAGAAGGAGCCUGAGAAGAAGAAAGAAGCUGAAAAACCUCUUCAUCAAAAGCCAAGUCCUCCAAAACCAGUACCUGUAAAGAAAAUUGAAAAGAGUCCUCAAGAGGAAAAACCAACACAGUUAAAAAAGGUGGAGAUUGUGCCUAAAGAACCAGAAGAAAAAGAAAAAGACAAACCUUUGAAGCAUGAAGAGACACUUAAGAAAAAGGUGGAACUGAAAAAGACUCCUUCACCUAAGGUUGAAAAACCAAAGCCAAAAGAAAUUGAAAAAAUUAUUAUGGAGAGGAAGCCCAGUGCAGAACGCACCAAAAAGCUCCCUAGACAGGUUUCACCUAAAGAUUCAUUUGAAGGUGUUACCCUAAAAAAGGUUCCAAAGAAAAUAUCACCAGAAGAGGAAGCAUCACAUAAAACUGUUAAAGAGAAGGUGCCAGCAAUGAAGGAACUGUCCCCUGUACAGUUACGAAAGAUUUCAACUCAGUUGGAGGAGGAAGUCUUUGAGGAGGAGCCAGAGAAGGAGCUGGAAUCUGACAAUGAAGGUUGGGGAUGGGAACUUGUCCCUCGAGAUAGUUCUGGGUCCACAGAAGACUGGGGAGAGGAACCUUUGGAAGGUGAUGCACGUGAGACCCCUGGAAUGCCAGGUGCCAGCAGAGAUGGGAAACCAAAAGAGGAUGCUGCCGGUAGAGGUAGAGGUAGAGGCAUUCAAGCUAAGCAAACCCCCUCACCUGGUGGUGGUCGGGGUAGAGGACUGAAGCCCGGUGCUGGAGGAGACAAACCCCCAGAUGCUAAUCCUUUUGGAUUCCAGCUCAAAGCAGUUCCACUGAAGUUUACGAGACCACUCAAAGACAUAGUGUUACAGGAGGCUGAGUCAGUCGGCGCUUCUGCUACGUUUGAGUGCGAGGUUUCGCCUUCUACUGCAAUUACUACAUGGAUGAAAGAUGACGCCAACAUAAGAGAGAGCCCAAAACACAAGUUCUACUCGGAUGGCAAAGAUCGCAAACUGCUCAUCAUUGAUGUGCAAGUUUCUGACACUGGUGAAUAUACUUGUGUUGCCAAGCUGGGCAACAAGGAAAAGACAACAACUGCCAAACUAAUAGUAGAAGAAUUGCCUGUGAAAUGGGUAAAGACUCUGGAAGAGGAUGGUAUGUCGGUCCUCAAGAGUCAGCCUAUGUACCUGACCUGUGAGUUGAACAAAGAGAGAGAUGUGGUCUGGAAGAAGAGUGGUGUCCCUCUUAAAAACAUCCCUGGAAAAGUGGCUAUCAAUGUCAUUGGAAUGCAGCAUGCCAUUACAAUCCAGGACACAGGAGAUGACGACGCUGGCAUUUACGCUUGCGAGUGUGAUGACAUCAGGACUAAAACAGAUGUCAAAAUCAUUGAAAUUAUCAGAGACUGGUUGCAGAAACCAUUGAGAGAUCAGCAUGUGAAACCCAAGGCCACUGCCACUUUCAAAUGUGAGCUCUUCAAAGACACCCCCAACUGGAAGUGGUUCCAUGGCGACAAGGAGAUUCCUAAUGAUCCCACUGACAAGACUGAGGUCAAGAAAGAAGGAAAACAACUGACUCUCAUAGUUAAGAAAGUAUCGCCUGAUGAUAUUGGGCAAUAUGCCAUGGAGGUUGAAGGCCGCAGAUACACAGCUAACCUGACUCUUGGAGAACGUGAAGCUCAGAUCUUGAAGCCUAUCUCCAGUAUGGAGGUUGUUGAGAAAGAGGAGGUUACGUUUGAAACUGAAAUAUCUGAAGAGGAUGUGGCUGGAGAAUGGAAACUUAAAGGGCAAGUCCUGCAAAGAUCACCGAUGGUUGAAAUCAAAUCUGAGGGCCAGAAACGUUUCCUCACUCUGAAAAAUGCUCAGCUUGACCAGUGUGGUGAAGUGUCUUAUCAAGCUCUGAACGCUAUCACGAGUGGGGUGCUCACAGUCACAGAACUGGAAAUGGACUUCACAGUCCCCUUGAAGGACGUGUCUGUACCUGAAAAGAAACAGGCUAUGUUUGAGUGUACUAUCACAAAGGAUGUGCCUAAAGUCAUGUGGUUAAAGGGGUCAGACAUCCUGUCGACAGGCGAUAAAUAUGACAUUAUUGAUGAUGGAAAGAAACAUAUAUUGGUCAUAAACAACAGCGAAUUUGAUGAUGAGGGACAAUACACUAUUGAAGUCUUGGGCAAAAAGUCAACAGCCCAGUUGACUGUGGAGGGUAUGAGGCUCAAAUUCAUAACACCACUAAAGGACCAAACUGCCAAGGAAGGUCAAACAGCUCGGUUUGAGGUUGAGCUCUCUCAUGAGAAGGUACCCCUGACAUGGUACAAAAAUGAAAUCAAACUCCAUGUGAGCAGGACCGUGCUCAUCCAUUUUGAAGGAAAGAAACACACCUUAGAAAUCAAGGAGUUGACUCUAGAUGAUACCUGCCAGAUUAAGGCAGAGGCUAAAGGAAUUCCCUCAACGGCAAACUUGACGGUGCUAGAGGGUGACGCAUACUUCACAGUGAAGUUGCAGGAUUACACCGCAGUCGAGAAGGACGAGGUCACUCUGGACUGUGAACUCAGCAAAGAUGUCCCUGUGAGGUGGUACCAUAAUGAGACUGAAAUUAAGGCCUCUAAGAUGGUAACCAUAAGGGCUGAGGGCAACAAAAGAACGUUGUCUAUCAAGAAAGUGGAAGGAAAAGAUAAGGGACAAUACCUAUGUGAUUGUGAUACGGACAAGACCAUGGCAACCAUCAGCAUUGAAGCUCGUGAUAUCAAGGUAUCUCGCCCAAUGUAUGGUGUUGAGCUCUUCGAUGGCGAGACCGCUCGUUUUGAAGUGGAAAUCUCUGAGGAUGAUGUCCAUGGCCAGUGGAAACUGAAGGGAGAAACCCUUUCACCUUCCCCAGAUAUUGAAAUCAUUGAGGAUGGUGCCAAGCACACUUUCACAUUAUACAACUGCAAGGUCUCCCAGACAGGAGAGGUUGGAUUCACAGCUGCCAAUGCUAAGUGUACAGCCAACCUGAAAGUGAAAGAACUGCCACUGACCUUCAUCACACCUUUGAGUGAUGUGCAAGUGUAUGAGAAAGAUGAGGGAAGAUUUGAGGUUGAGAUUUCAAGACCAACCAAGACCUUCCGUUGGCUGAAGGGAUCUCAGGAGUUGGAAAAUGAUGACAAGUUUGAGAUUAUCCAUGAAGGAAAGAUACACACUCUGGUGGUCAAAAAGGCUGCAUAUGAGGAUGAAGCUAAAUACAUAUUUGAGGCUGAGGACAAGAGGACCACAGGAAAACUAGUUAUCCAAGGUAUACGCCUUGAGUUUGUCAAGCCCAUCAAGGAUGUCACAGUGAAGGAGCGUGAAACAGCAGAGUUCAGUAUUGAACUGUCACAUGACAAAAUCUCUGUCGUCUGGUACAAGAACGACGUCCGUCUGCACCCCAGCAAGGUUGUGCACAUGUCAGACAAUGGAAAAAUGCACACCUUGACUUUCAAGCAGGUGUCCAUUGAUGACACAUCCAUGAUCAAAGUAGAAGCCUUGGGCAAGAGCUCUGAGGCCAUGCUCACUGUUCUUGAGGGAGAACCUUACUUUGUCACAAAACUGCAAGACUACACUGCCGUUGAGAAGGACGAAGUGAUGCUGGUUUGUGAACUUAGCAAGACCUCUGCUGAGGUGAAAUGGUUCAAGGACGGCCAGGAAAUCAUGCCUUGCAAGAAUCUGAUCAUUAAAACCGAUGGAAAGAGGCGUUUGCUGACAGUGAAGAAAGCAGAGAAGGGCAACAUUGGAGAGUACACUUGCGAUUGUGGUUCUGAUAAAACCACAGCCAGGCUGGACAUUGAGGAGCGUGACAUUAAGGUUGUUCGUCCACUGUACAGCGUGGAAGUGACAGAAACUGAAAUUGCCAAGUUUGAGACUGAGAUCUCUGCCGAUGAUGUCCACGGUCACUGGAAACUCAAAGGAGAGGCCCUUCAUCAGUCUCCUGACUGUGAGAUUAAGGAGGAGGGUACAAAGCAUGUCCUUAUCCUAUACAACGUUCGCAUGGAUCAGGCCGGAGGUGUCGACUUCCAGGCUGCCAAUGCUAAAUCCAAUGCUCAGCUCAGAGUUAAAGCGCGGAGUAUAGGGCUUAUGCGGCCUCUCAAGGAUGUUACUGUUACUGCCGGGGAGACCGCCACUUUCGACUGUGAACUUACUUAUGAAGGAAUCGUUGUAGAAUGGUUCUUGGGAAGCACCAAGUUGGAGCUAGGUGAAAGGGUGGUCACCAGAGCAGAAGGCAAAGUACACAGCCUAACUAUCAGAAAUGUCAAGCUGACAGAGGCUGGGGAAGUCAGGCUCACUGCAAAGGACUUCAAGACCCAGGCCAAACUCAUUGUCAGGGAGCCACCAGUUGAGUUUACCAAACCUCUGGAGGACCAGACAGUUGAGGAAGAGGCCACUGCUUCAUUGGAGUGUGAAGUCUCCAGGGAAAACGCUGAGGUCAGGUGGUUCAGAGACACACAGGAGAUCCGCAAAACGAAGAAAUAUGACCUUAUUGUUGAUGGCCGAAAGAGAAGACUCAUCAUUCAUGGCUGUACUCUAGAUGACUCAAAGACAUAUACAUGUGAUGCUAAAGAAUUCAAAACCUCUGCUUUCCUGAAUGUUGAACCUCCACAUGUUGAGUUCUCUAAGCCACUCCAUGAUGUUGAGGUCAAAGAAAAGGAAUCUGCCAGAUUUGAGUGUGAGGUGUCUCGUGAGAAUGCCAAGGUCAAAUGGUACAAGGACGGCAGCGAGAUCAGAAAGGGAAAGAAAUACGAGAUCAUUGCCAAUGGUGUCAAGCGUAUCCUUGUGGUCACCAAGACAGUCUUCGAUGAUGAAGCAGAGUACGAAUGUGACGCUAAGACCUCCAAGUCCUCUGGCAUGCUGACAGUUAUUGAGGAAGAGGCUAAGUUUACCAAGAACCUGUCUAAUGUGGAGGGAACAGAAACAGACAGUGUGAAGAUGAUUUGUGAAGUGUCGAAGGCCAGCGCUGAGGUCACCUGGUGGAAGGGAGAUCAGGAACUGCCAGAAGGAGGAAGAUAUGAACAGGUCACGGAUGGAAGGAAGAGAAUCUUCAUUAUUCAAGAUCUCAAGAUGGAGGACGCUGGAGAGUUUAACUGCAGACUGCAUAACGCCAAGACAUCUGCAACAUUAACACUGAAUGAACUGGCUGCGGAGUUCAUUGCCAGGCCUCAGAGUCUUGAGGUGGUUGAGGGAGAAAAGGCUGAAUUUGUCUGCUCAGUCUCUAAAGACACCUAUGAAGUCAAAUGGCUCAAGGGUGACAAGGAGAUUGUAUCCGGAGAUAAGUAUGACGUUGUCUGUGAUGGCAAGAGAAGAGCACUGAUAGUGAAGAAUUGUACACCACAUGAUGAAGGAGGCUAUGUCGCCUUCAUUGGGACUACCAAAGCCUCAGCUGACUUGUUUGUCAUUGAGAAACUCAGAAUCAUCACACCCAUCAAGGAUAUGCAAGUGAAGGAAGGACAGGAGAUCAUUUUCAACUGUGAGGUGAACACUGAGGGAGCUAAAGCUAAGUGGCUGAAGAACGAGGAGACCAUGUUUGAGAGCAGCAAGUUUGUCAUGAUCCAGAAAGACAACGUGUUCUCUCUGAGGAUCAAGGGUGCUCAGAAGGCAGAUGAAGCCACGUAUACUAUUACAUUGACAAAUCAUCGUGGUGAACAUGCCAAGAGCGAUGCCAAUGCCAAAGUACAAGAGGAGAAGCUCAAGAUUAUUGAGCCUCUUGAGGACUGUGAGACACAAGAGAAGAAGACCAUCAGCUUCACUUGCAAGGUGAACAGACCUGAUAUCACCAUCAAAUGGAUGAAGGCUGGUCAGGAGAUCACCAUGAGCAAACGAAUCCUGUACCGUGUGGAGAAAGAUAAGCACACACUGACCAUCAAGGACUGUGUCAUGGACGAUGAGGGUGAAUACACCGCCAUGGCUGGUGAUGACAAGUGCACUGCUGAGCUGAUCCUCAACGAAGCUCCCACUGACUUCUCCACACCACUCAAAGACCAGACCAUCACUGAGUUUGAGGAUGCUGAGUUUUCUUGCAAGCUGUCUAAAGAGAAGGCUGUUGUUAAAUGGUACAGGAAUGGUCGUGAGAUCAGAGAGGGACCCAGAUACUCAUUUGAGAAAGAUGGCAGGAUUUGCAAACUCAAGAUCAAGAAGUGCAGACCAGACGAUGAGUGUGAAUAUGCCUGCGGCGUGGAAGACAGGCGAUCCAGGGCCCGCCUCUUUGUUGAAGAGACACCAGUUGAGAUCGUCAGACCACCUCAGGAUGUGUUUGAGCCUCCAGGCUCAGAUAUUGUGUUUGAGGUGGAGCUCAACAAAGACAGAGUUGAGGUCAAAUGGAUGAGGAACAACAUGAUCAUCGUCCAGGGUGACAAGUACCAGAUGAUGAGCGAGGGCAAGGUCCACAGACUCCAGGUGUGUGAGGUCAGGCCUCGGGACCAAGGAGAGUACAGAGUCGUUGCCAAGGAGAAGGAUGCCAGAGCCAAGCUGGAACUGGCAGCUGUGCCAAAGAUCAAGACAACUGAUCAAAACCUGGUCACAGACGCUGGAAAGCCUUUUGUCAUGGCGAUCCCCUACGAUGCCUAUCCUCGUGCAGAGGCUGAGUGGUUCUUCGACAUAGUUAGCCUGCCUGUGCAGAACAUUGACACCUCCGCAGACAAGACAGAAUACAGGCUGAAGAGCCCCAAAAAGACAGAUCAGGGCAGGUACAAGAUUGUCAUCAAGAACAAACAUGGACAGGGAGAGGCAUUCAUCAAUCUGGAUGUUAUUGAUGUCCCUGGACCUGUGAAGAACCUCAAAGUGGUUGACACCGCCGACGGUGAGGUCAGCCUGGCCUGGGAAGAGCCAGAGAGUGAUGGUGGCAGCAAGAUCAUUGCAUAUGUGGUGGAGAGGCGUGAUAUCAAGCGCAAGACAUGGACCCUUGCCACUGACCGUGCUGACGCUCCAGAAUACUCUGUUAGCGGUCUCCAGAGGGACAACAAGUACCUCUUCAGAGUAUGUGCUCGCAACAGAGUGGGCACUGGACCCACUGUGGAGACAGACGAAGCUGUCCAGGCCAAGAAUAAGUUUGAUGUGCCAGAGGCACCUGAGGACGUUGUGGUAGGCAUCGUGAACAGGUUUGGAGCCACAGUCUCCUGGGAAAAACCAAAGUCUGAUGGCGGAUCUGAGAUCACCUCCUACAUCAUUGAGUUCCGUGACAGAACCUCUGUGAGCUGGGAGGUAGCUAUGAUCGCCAAGGCUCUGGACCGCACAGCCACUCUCACUGAUGUCGUUGAGAACAAGGAAUACAUCUUCCGUGUCAAAGCCGAAAACAAGGCUGGCAUUGGCAAACCAAGUGCUGCCACCGAUCCAGUUAAGAUCAUGGACCCUAUUGAGAAACCAAGCCCACCAUUGAACUUCAACUACACUGACCAGACAAAGAACUCUGUCCAGCUGACAUGGGAGACCCCCGCCAGCAAUGGAGGAAGCAUGAUCACUGGCUAUAUUAUUCAGAAGUGUGAGGAUGGAACAGACAAGUGGCUCAGAUGCAAUGCCAGGCUCUGUCAGGACCUUAACUACAAGGUAUCUGGACUGAAGCAGGGGAUGCAGUACCACUACAGAGUGUGUGCAGAGAACGCAGCCGGAGUUUCAGAUCCAGCUGAUAAGCUUGGACCUCUCUUGGCAGACGAUUGUCAUGUUGGACCUUCCAUGGAUCUCAGUGGAUUUAAGGAUGGCCUGGAGGUCAUUGUUCCUCAUCCACUUGUUAUCCGCGUCCCUCUUCUUGGAUAUCCCACACCCACCGCCAAGUGGAGCUGUGGUGAUAAAGAGCUCACUGCUGGUGACCGUGUGUCCAUGGUUACAAGGAGCACCUACACAGAACUGACAGUGGCUCCAAGUGUGCGUCCAGACAAAGGCACAUACACUCUGCACCUGGAGAAUGAUGUGACCAGUGCCUUUGGAGAGAUUGAAGUCAAUGUUAUUGCAUCACCAAGUGCACCCAAAGACUUCAAGGUUUCUGAGGUGACAAGACACCAUGUCCACCUGAUGUGGGAGGCACCAGAGCAUGAUGGAGGAAGCCCAGUUAUUGGCUACCAAAUUGAAAAGAAGGAAGUGUCCCGCAAGACCUGGGUCAAGGUUUGCAUGGGUGUACAGGACCUGGAGUUCACUGUGGCAGAUGUCAUUGAAGGCAAAGAGUAUUUGUUCAGUGUUACUGCAAUCAACAAGUGUGGCCCAGGAGAGCCUGCCUACAUUGACGAGCCAGUCAAUGUGUCCUCGCCUGCCACUGUGCCGGAUCCACCUGAGAACCUGAAAUGGAGAGACAAGUCAGGAAAGGGCAUCUUCCUGUACUGGGAGCCACCCAAGUACGACGGCGGAGCUUCAAUCAAGAGCUACGUUGUAGACAAAUGCCAGCGUGGCACAGACAAGUGGGAGCCAUGUGGAGACCCACUGCCUGAGCUGAAAUUCCAGGUGACAGGUCUGAUUGAGGGACAGUGGUAUGCCUACCGUGUGAGGGCCAUCAACAGGCUGGGAGCAGGCAAACCCUGCAGGGCUACAGAUGAGAUCCUGGCUGUUGAUCCUAAAGAGCCUCCAGAAAUUCAACUGGACGUGAAGUUGCUGGCUGGUUUGACUGCCAGAGCCGGAACCAAGAUUGAGCUUCCAGCUGAUAUUGUCGGAAAGCCCGAACCCAAGGUAAAAUGGACCAAGGCUGACCUGGUCCUGAAGGGAGAUGAUCGCAUCACCAUCGAUACCAAGACGGGAAACUCCACUUUGUCUAUCGCCAAAACUGUCAGAGAAGACACAUCUACCUACAUCAUUGAGGCAGUCAACAGCAGUGGUCGUGCUACCGCAACUGUUGAUGUCAACAUUCUUGAUAAGCCUGGUCCUCCAGCUGCGUUUGAUAUUUCUGAGAUCACCAACCACUCCUGCUACCUGGCCUGGAACCCUCCCAGAGACGAUGGAGGUUCUGUCGUUACCAACUACAUUGUGGAGCUUAGACCCUUCGACAAAGAGGAGUGGACUAAACUGUCAUCCACUGUGAAACAAACCACUUUCAAUGCCACCAAACUCACUCCUGAAAAGGAAUACGUCUUCAGAGUACAGGCUGAGAACCAGUACGGCAUCGGCGCCCCUAAUGAGCAUGUGCCAAUCAUCGCCAAAUACUCCUUUGAUCCUCCUGGUGCUCCAUCCAGAUUGCAGCCUUCUGAUAUUGCUAAGGACUCUCUGACUCUGACAUGGUACGAGCCAGAUGAGGAUGGUGGCAGUCCUAUCACUGGGUACUGGAUCGAGAGGUUCGACCCAGAAAAUGACAAAUGGAUCAGAUGCAACAAGCUGCCCAUCAAGGACAUCACCUUUAGGGUGAAGGGCCUGCCUACCAAGAAGAAGUACAAGUUCCGUGUCUUGGCUGAGAAUCUUGCAGGACCAGGAAAACCAAGCACUGAGACUGAUCCAGUCUUGGUCAAGGAUCCAAUUGAUCCUCCAUGGGCUCCUGGCAAACCCUUCAUCAGAGAAAUAGCUAAGACAUCUGCCUCCCUGCAAUGGACCAGGCCAGAGCACGACGGCGGUGCCAAGAUCGAGGGUUACAUCAUUGAGUUCCUGAAGACUGGUACCGAAGCAUGGAUCAGAGCAGCAGAGGACGUGCCCCAGACUGAGCACUUCCUGAAGGGUUUGAUGGAGAAACAGGAGUACUCAUUCAGAGUCAAGGCUGUCAACUGCGCAGGAGAGAGUGAGCCCAGUGACCCAAGCGAUCCUGUGGUCUGCAAGGAAAGACUCUAUCCUCCAUCACCUCCUCAAUGGCUUGAGGUGGCCAACAUCACAAAGAUCAACGCUGAGCUGAAGUGGCAGGCUCCUGACAACGACGGUGGCUCUCCAAUCACCAACUACGUUGUUGAGAAGAGGGAUGUCAGGCGUAAGACCUGGACUGCGGUGGACACCACUGUGAAGGAGCUGAAGUACACUGUCACUCCACUGAAUGAGGGCUCUCUCUAUGUGUUCCGUGUGGCUGCUGAGAACGCAGUCGGACAGAGUGAUUACUGUGAACUGGAAGACUCUGUUCUAGCUAAAGAUACUUUCACCACUCCUGGGCCACCCUAUGCCUUGACUAUUGUGGAGGUGUCCAAGAGACACGUUGAACUGAAAUGGGAAGCUCCAAAGAGUGAUGGUGGGAGACCCAUUACAAAGUAUGUCAUUGAGAAGAAAGAGAAACUUGGAACCCGCUGGGUGAAGUCUGGAAAGACCCCCGACGCUCUGUGCACCUACAAAGUCACAGACGUGGAUGAGGGAUCUGAGGUUCAGUUCCAGGUCCGUGCUGAGAAUGAGGCUGGUGUUGGACACCCUAGUGAACCAACAGAAGUAGUCACCAUUGAGGAUGCUACAAGUCCACCAUCUCCUCCUGUUGACUUGGUCAUAGUUGAUGCCAGUAGAGAGCAUAUCAACAUUACCUGGAAGGUACCAUUGAAGAAUGGAGGUAGCCCCAUCACAGGAUACCAUGUUGAGCUCCGAGAGGCUAAAGCUGAGAAGUGGAUGAGAAUCAACACUCGCCCAGUCAAGGAGCUCAAAUACAAAGCAGAGGAAAGCAUCAAGCCAGAGAAACAAUAUGUCCUGAGAGUCCGUGCCAUCAACUCUAUUGGUGUCAGCGAUCCUUCUGCCAUUUCUGAGAAGGUCUUUGCCAAGGAUCCAGACAGUAUUCCUACUAUGGAUAUGGAGGCCCUAGACAUUGUGGUGGUUGAGGGUGACAAGCUGCAUAUCAAUAUCCCAUACAAUGCCGUCCCCAAACCAGAGAUGGUCUGGAGCAAAAUCAUCCACACAGAUACUGCCUCUGACACAAAGUUACAGAAUGACGACAGACGGUUGAUGACUUGUGAGCUCAACAGUGUUCACCUGGAAGUGAUGAAGUGUGUGCAUGAUGAUGCUGGAGAAUACUCCGUCACUCUGGAGAAUGCGAUUGGAACAGCCACCAGAAUCAUCAACGUUAAAGUUAUUGGUCUGCCCGGCCAAUGCAAGGACAUCAAUGCAGAUGAGAUCACUAAGAACUCCUGCAAGCUGACAUGGGAGGCUCCAGAGAGUGAUGGUGGUACUCCAAUUCUCCACUACGUUCUGGAGCGUAGAGGGGCUUCUAAUAAGACUUUCAGGCCUCUGAUGUCAGGAGAAAACAUCCUGACCUACCAGGUCAACGAUCUCAAGCUGAACGAAGAAUAUCACUUCCGGGUCAAGCCUGUCAACAAGGUCGGCUCUGGGCCAUUCCUGGAGCUCCGCAACCCUGUCAUCACUAUGGAAGUGAAACAGAAACCAGAUCCACCCAUUGAUGUUGAGGCUCAUGAUCCAACCGCCAACUCUAUCACACUGACCUGGAAACCACCAGUGUCUGACGGUGGUUGCGCCAUCACUGGCUACAUCCUGGAAUGCAUUGAGAAGGAUGGUGAUAGAUUCCAGAGAAUCAACCCAUCCCUGGUGCCUGGUUUCACCUAUGUGGUGAAAGAUAUGACAGAAGGCAAAGAGUAUCAGUUCCGUGUUCGCGCUGAGAACGCUGCUGGAGUCAGCGAGCCGUCUCGCAGCACUCCACUGACCAUGAUCGCUGCUCCCGUUGAAAAACCCAAGGUGUCCCUCCAUGCUCGUCUGCAGCACGGCCUGUGCAUCAGGAAGGGUGAAGAGAUCCGCCUGGACGCCUACAUCUCUGGCGCUCCAUACCCAACUGUCACCUGGCUCAGGAACAAGGAAGACGUCAAUAAUGUACCAGAGAAGAAGCCAGUACUGCCUAUUCUGAAGAAGAAGGGGGGCAAGGUUGAACCUGAAGAACCUGAGGUGUUUGUAACCCCUCUUCAUGAGCGUCUUUCUUAUGCUGUAAAGAAGGGCGAGACCUCAAUCAUGGUGCGAGACUCCAUCAGAGCUGACCACGGUCACUUCUGCAUCCAGGCCGAGAACUCUCAUGGUGUUGCAACUGCAUACUGUGACGUCAACGUCCUUGAUAAGCCUGGACCUCCAGUGAACUUUGUCUUUGAGGAGAUCAGGGACACCUCUGUCAUCUGCAAGUUCGACCCUCCUCUUGACGAUGGUGGUAGUGAGAUCCUGAACUACAUCCUUGAAAAGAAAGACAACAAGAAUGAAGAUAUUGGAUGGAUCACGGUAACUUCAACCCUCAAGGUUUGCAACUAUCCUGUUACCAAACUGAUUGAAGGAAAGGAGUACAUCUUCCGUAUUACCGCUGAGAACAAGUUUGGCUGCGGACCUUCAUGUCUCUCUGAGCCAGUCGUUGCCAAGAACCAAUUCGAUCCACCCGAUGCUCCAAACACACCCAGAAUUGGAGAGGUGACUGCCAACAGUGUGUUCAUCUCCUGGCAUGAGCCCAAGGACAACGGUAGUCCCAUCCUGGGCUACUGGAUCGAGAGGAAGGAAAUUAACAGCAAACACUGGACUAGGGUGAACCGAUUCCUGCUCAAUACCCUCUCUGUGAAGAUUGAGGGUCUUAUGGAAGGCCUGGUAUACAUAUUCAGAGUCUGUGCAGAGAAUCUGGCUGGCCCCGGACCCUUCAGUGUCCCAACUGAUCCCCAGAUUGCUAUGGAUCCAAUCUUGCCACCUGGCCCACCCACUCCAAGAGUUAUCGAUACCUCUGCGACAACAGUUGAUAUCGCCUGGGUUCCCCCCCUGUACAAUGGAGGAGGAGAUAUACUUGGCUACCAUGUUGAGAGUGUUCUGGCUGGAGAGAAGGAAUGGAAACGUAGUACAGAGUUCAGAUGCAAGGAGCUGAAGUAUACAGUGACUGGGCUGACAGAGGGCGCUGACUAUUACAUCCGGGUUAUUGCUGUCAAUGAUGCCGGACCGGGAGCACCUGGCAUGACUGAACCAGUCACUGUGAAGGAGCCUCAAGAGCCCCCAGUGGUUGACUUUGAUGCCUCUGUGAAGAACGGAGUCAUAAUCAAAGCCGGCGAGGCACUGAGACUGCCAGCGUUCGCCAUCGGCAGACCACAACCGGAAGUCAAAUGGAUGAAGGAUGAGGCUGAAACUGACAAAGAGCAUGUUGUGAUCGAAACAGAAGGAAAGAACAGCCUUUUGUUCAUCAAGUACGCCAAGAGAACUGAUCACGGAAAGUACCAGAUCUCUGGAACCAACAGCAGUGGAACCAAAUCUGCUGUCACUAGAGUUGACGUCAUGGAUGUCCCUGGGCCUGUGGUUAAUCUGAAGACUACUCAUGUCACUAAGAAGAACAUCAGCUUGAGCUGGGCAGAUCCUCUAGAUAACGGUGGCAGCGAUGUCAUCGGCUACGUAGUGGAGAAAAAGGAUGCAAAAAUGAAGCUAUUCAGACAACCUAUCGAGAUUGCUUCAUGCAAGUGUGACAUUCAGGGUUUGCUUUCAGAGGAAGAGUACGAUUUCCGUGUUUUUGCAAGGAACAAGUACGGUGAUGGCGCCCCAACGGACAUUGGGCCUAUUCUGGCUUCGGAUCCCAAAGCUGUUCCAUCUCCACCAUUGAAACUGCACUACACCGAAAGGUGGACUACUGCUAUUGCUCUUGCUUGGGAGCCACCUCGCAGUGAUGGAGGUAGCCCAAUCACGGGUUACUAUGUUGAGAAGAUGAGAGCAGAUGGAACUGAGUUUGACGUGGCCAAUCGCAAGCUCUGCAAAGACUUACACGUCAAAUUGGAAAACCUAUCAGAGAACCACGUGUAUCAGUUCCGUGUGUUUGCCGUGACUGAGGUGGGAGAGGGCGAACGCUCCAAACCAAUCAGUGCUAACAUACAGGAUGAUGAAAUUCCCCCCGAAAUCUCAAUCUUGGAGCAUUUCAAGAGAGAUACAAUCAUUGUGAGGAAGGGAGCAGCAAUUGAGAUCCCUGCUGAGGUGGUGGGUCUGCCAAUGCCAGAGGUUCAGUGGUCUAAGGAUGACGUCGUCAUCCCCAUGGCUACUGAGACACUGUUGAUGGAGUUCGAGGAGGUGGCCCGCACCAAAUGCACCACCAAGAUCAGCAUCCCUGAGACUAUCAGAGGAGACAAGGGAGACUACAAACUGGCUGCCACCAACUGCCAUGGCAAAGCACACCGCAUCAUCCAUGUGGAGGUUCUAGACCGCCCUCUGCCACCACGUGACAUUGUGGUGUCUGACAUCCAGGCUGAGUCUUGCUAUCUGACUUGGGCGGUCCCAGAGGACGACGGGGGAAGUGAGAUCACCAACUACAUAAUCGAAAGGAGGGACGCCAGCAGGAAGAAGUCUGACUUUGAGCAGCUCACCUGCAAUAUCAUUGAUAGGAGAUAUGGGGUGUACAAAAUGGACAGAAUGGGCCAGUACCAAUUCAAAAUCAAAGCUGAGAACAAGUUCGGAAUCAGUGACGGUUGUGAAUCCGAGAAGGUCGUUCUCAAGGAUCCAUUCGGUCUUCCUGGUCCACCUCGCAAACCAAAGGUCAUCGCAGCAACUUCCACUACUAUGACGAUCACCUGGGAGCCUCCACUGCAGAACGGUGGCUCCUCCAUUCAGGGAUACUGGCUGGAGAAAAGAGAGAGAGGAGCUGGGAUCUGGGGUCGUGUGAACAGAGCUCCAGUCACCAAGCCUGCAGUGAAGGGUUUGGAAUACACAGUCCUCCGCCUUAAUGAAGGGGCUGAGUACCAGUUCAGAAUUAGGGCUCAGAAUGCUGCUGGAAUCGGACCUCCCAGUGAAGCAUCUCCAUGUCAAUUCGCUGUUGAUCCACGCAAUCCCCCUAGUGCACCAGGAAUGCCAGUUGUUAAGGACAAGACCAAGACCAGUGUCACUCUCACCUGGACCCCGCCAGAGAAAGAUGGCGGCAGCCCAGUCAAGGGCUACAUCGUUGAGGUUCAGGACACAGACUCCCUGGAUUGGAAGAGAGUCAGUGACCCUGAGAAGCUGCACCCUACCACUGAGAUCACUGUUCCAGACCUGAAAGAAGGCCAGAAGAUCAGAUUCAGAGUCACGGCUGUCAACGCUGCUGGCAAAUCUGAACCAAGCGCACGUUCUGCUGACAUCACUGUCCAGGACAUCUUAACUGAACCAAACAUUACUCUGGAGGUCAGCGCCCAUGAGCUGUUGUCCUGCAGAGCUGGAACUACCAUUAAAAUACCAGCUCUCAUCACCGGCCGUCCCACUCCUAAAGUUACAUGGGAGUUCAAGGAUGGAACAGCAGAGACCGAGAAGAAGAAUGACAUCCAUAUCCUUCCAAUCGAUUCAAAGAUCGUGUCAACUGAUACAACAUCAGUCAUUACCAUCCCUGAGAGCCACCUCAAACAUGCCGGACGUUACAUCAUCACAGCGGAAAACGCAGCUGGACACAAGAACAUGAAAGUCAGAGUCAAUGUCCUUGAUCUGCCUGGCCCACCCAAAGACCUCAAAGUCACAGACAUCACAAGAGGCACAUGUAGACUUACAUGGAAGGCUCCAGAUAGUGACGGUGGUGAGAGGAUCAAGAGUUACUUCAUUGAGAAGAAGACUGUGGAAGGAAAAGCUUGGACCAAGUGCAACCCAGCCUGUGCCGCCCAGUCCUUUAUUGUGCCCGACCUCAUUGAGGGACAGGAUUACCUGUUCCGUAUCCGGGCGGAGAACCGCUUUGGAUUUGGACCACUGGUUGAGACCAUUGAAUGUUCAAAGGCUAGAGAUCCUAUCCAUCCUCCUGAUGCUCCCACAAGGGUAAAGAUUCAAGAAGUGACUAAGGGCACAGCCACCCUGACUUGGAAGCCACCCAGGAAUGACGGUGGAGCUCCAGUGACACACUACACUGUUGAACGUCUGUGCUGGGACAGUAGUGGAUCUCAGAAGCAGUCCUGGAGACAGUGCAACAGACGUGAUAUUGAAGACCUCACCUUCAAGGUUGAGGAUCUGACUGAAGGAGAAGAGUAUGAGUUCCGUGUCAAGGCCGUGAACGAAGCCGGCCCCAGCAGACCAUCAUCUACUGUUGGACCAGUUGUCAUCCAAGACCAGACACGUGCUCCUGCUAUUGACCUGGAGGAGUUCAUGGAGGUUGAACAAGGAGCUGAUAUCAGCAUCAAGGCAAAGAUCAGGGGCUGUCCAUUCCCCACUCUGACCUGGCUCAAGGCUCCAGCCCACAAGGGUGACGACAAGGUUGAGGUUGCAUAUGACGAGCACAUCAACAAGAUUGUGUCUGAUGAUAGCUGUGUACUGCUGAUCCAGCAGGGAAAGCGCUCAGAUACAGGCCUCUACACUAUCACAGCCAGUAACAGCCUAGGAAAGGCCUCCAAGGAGAUGAGACUCAACGUCUUGGGACGUCCUGGACCACCAUCCGGUCCUGUGAAGUUUGAGGAGGUCGACGCUGAGAAGAUCACCCUGUCAUGGCUGCCACCUAAGGAUGACGGUGGCUCCAAAGUGACCAACUACGUCAUUGAGAGGCGUGUAGCCAACAGGAAGACAUGGAUCCCUGUGACCAAUGAACCCAAGGAGCGUAUCUGGACGGUGGAGGGCCUGAUGGAAGGGCAUGAGUAUGUGUUCCGAAUUUGUGCUCAGAACAAAUAUGGAGUUGGAGAGCCUCUGGACAGUGAACCUGAAGAAGCCAGGAAACUCUAUGCUGUUCCCGGCCAAUGUGAAAAGCCAACCAUUUCAGCUGUUGACCAUGAUUCCAUGAUGGUCAACUGGGAAGAGCCAGAAGACGAUGGAGGCAGUCCAGUGACUGGCUAUUGGCUGGAGCGUAAGGAAACCACCUCUAAGCGCUGGAACAGGGUGACGCGCGACCCCAUCCGGGCCAUUGCUUUCGGGGUGUCCCAUAAUGUGACUGGACUCAUUGAGGGGUCACAGUACCUCUUCCGGGUCACAGCUAUCAACGCAGCAGGAUGUGGACCUCCUAGCGCGUGCACCGACCCCAUCUUUGCCAGAGAUCCUAUCUCUGUCCCUGGACCUCCAACACCAAAGGUCACAGACUGGACCAAGUCAUCAGUGGAUCUAGUCUGGAUCCCACCUCUGAAGGAUGGUGGAUCUAAGAUCACGGGAUACAUUGUUGAAUACUCAGAGGAUGGAACAGACAAAUGGGUUAAAGCUAAAGACAAGGAGCACAGAAGCACCAAGUUGGUCAUUACUGGAUUGAAGACCGGUGGAUUCUACAAGUUUAGAGUGACAGCGUUGAAUGCUGCAGGCCCCAGCGAACCCGGUGAAGUCCCAGACGCUAUUAAGGUUGAAGACAGGACAAUUGCUCCUGAGGUUGACCUUGAUGCCACAGUGAAGGAAAGGAUGGUGGUCCAUGCCGGUGGUGUGAUCCGCAUCCUGGCCUUUGUGUCUGGCCAGCCUGCUCCAAAGAUCACAUGGAGCCGUGAUGACGGUGCUCUACCACCAGAAAGUGCAGUUGAGACCACCGCCAUCAGCUCAUCGCUGGUCAUCAAGCCCUGCACCAGAAGACACCAAGGAGUCUAUACUCUGACUGCUGCUAACUCAGGAGGAGAAAAGAAGAGAUCUAUCAUUGUUGAUGUCCUGGAUGUCCCUGGUCCAGUUGGCGUACCCUUCACCUCAGAGAACCUCACUAGCGACUCCUGCAAGCUGAACUGGUUUUGUCCUGAGGAUGAUGGUGGUUCUGCCAUCACCAACUACAUCAUUGAGAAGCGCGAUGCGGAGAGGAAGGCCUGGACUGCCCUGUCCUACACAGUCACCAGACACACUGCUGUGGCCCACGGACUGCAGAAUGGAAAAGCUUACUUCUUUAGAAUCGCAGCUGAGAACUCCAUUGGAGUUGGACCUUUUGUUAACACCGCAUGCGAAAUCAUCAUAAAGGAUCCCAUCACCGUUCCAGACCGCCCAGAGGACCUUGAAGUAACAGCAGUUCAUAAAGACUAUAUCAGCUUAACAUGGAAACCUCCUGUGUCUGACGGAGGGUCAGAGGUCACCAAGUACAUCCUGGAGGCCCGUAUGAUCGGCAAGGACAAGUUCACACGUCUGACAAAGGAGAAACUGAUGGAGAGGAGAUUCACCUACGACGGUCUGAGAGAUGGGGACACCUAUGAGUUCAGAGUUAGCGCUGUGAAUGAAAUUGGGCCCAGCAAGCCAUCAUUCUGCACCAAACCAAUCACCUGCAAAGAUGAACUUGAACCACCAACUAUUGAGCUUGACUUCCGUGACAAGAUCAUCAUCCAUGUUGGGGAGAGCAUGGCUCUCCAGGGUCGCUACACCGGAAAGCCCUCUCCAUCUAUCAUGUGGUACAGAGAUGACGAAGAGCUGAAAGCAGAUCAGCACAUCAAGUUCAAAAACUCACUGACCACCAUGACUUUAGGCCUUAUGAAAGCCAAGCGCGAGCACAGCGGCAGAUACUGCGUGCUGGUUGAAAACAGCACCGGCUCUCGAAAGGGCAUUUGCAAUGUGACCGUUGUAGAUCGCCCAACACCACCAGUGGGUCCAGUCAUCUUUGAUGAAGUUCACAGAGAGUUUAUGGUGAUCUCUUGGAAACCUCCUAUUGAUUCUGGCGGAGUGGACGUGUCCAACUACAUCAUUGACCAGAGAGACGUCAAUAGUGACAUCUGGAGGAAUGUAACAUCUGCUUCGACGAAGUUGACGUGCAAAAUCCCCAGGUUGAUUGAGGGAAGAGAGUACAUCAUGAGAAUCUGUGCUGAGAACAUGUAUGGAAUCAGUGACCCACUGGAUUCAGAGGAGAUGAGAGCCAAAGAUCUCUUCAGAGUGCCUGAGGCACCAGAGAUGCCCAACGUGAGGGAGGUGUAUGCUGACAACUGCCUUGUGCUUUGGAGCAGACCUCGUGAUGGCGGCAAGCCCAUCACUAACUACAUAUUGGAGAAGAAGGAGCCAGCUGCAAAGAGAUGGUCUCGUGCCACCAGAGAACCCCUCUACCCAACUACUCAGUUCAGGGUGCUUGACCUUAUUGAAGGCUGUCAAUAUCAAUUCCGGGUUAUGGCAGAGAAUGAAAUCGGCACUGGUGACCCUAGUCCCCCAUCAAACACAAUUCUUGCCAAAGAUCCAAUUGUUCCUCCCAGCCCCCCUGUACUGCCAGAGGCAAUCGACAAGACCAAGGAUACCGUAAGCCUGAAAUGGCAGCUACCUCGCCAUGAUGGCAAAGGCAAAAUCUUUGGUUACCUUGUUGAGUACCAGAAGGUUGGUGCAGUAGAAUGGUCACAGGGCAAUGAGACUCCUGAAGAGUGCCCAGAAUGCAACUAUGUUCUAAAGGGCCUGGAAGACGGAGCAGAGUACAACAUCAGGGUCUUCACUGUGAAUGCUGCUGGACGCUCUGAGCCUGCCCCUUGUAAACAAACAGUGAAAGUACAUGACAGACUGGAGAAACCAGAGUUGCUGCUUGAUGCCAAUAUGUCCCGUGACCAUCUUGCGAUGGUAGGAACUAAUAUUACUCUCAGUUCAGUGAUCAAGGGCAUGCCACCUCCCACUGUAGCAUGGCAGAAGAACGGAGAAGAGGUUCCCGCAGAUCGUUGUACCAUUGCUGCCACUGCCAAUGGCAGCAAACUUGUUAUGCUCAACUGUGUCCGCUCAGACAGCGGCAACUACACACUCACUAUUGAAAAUGCAGCUGGAAAGAAGUCCGCUACAUGCACAGUGCUCACCUUAGAUAAACCUGGACCUCCUCGGGAUCUGAAAAUCUCUGAGAUCACCAGUGAGUCAGCCUACCUAACCUGGAAGGUUCCUGAGGAUGAUGGAGGGGCUGUAAUCUCUCACUACGUUGUGGAAAAGAAAGACGUGGCGGCUGAGAAAUGGGUGCCCGUCGCUGCAGCAAACAAAAAGCCUAGUCUGAUGGCUCUGUAUCUUAUGGAAGGAGUCCAGUAUCUGUUCCGUGUUGCUGCUGAGAACCAGUUUGGCAGAGGUUCCUACAUCAUGACUAAGACGCCGAUCAAGGCUGUUGAUCCUCUUUAUCCACCCGGUCCACCAAAGAAUCUACACCACAUCGACGUAGAUAAGACUGAAGUCUGGCUCCAAUGGGAUUGGCCAGACCGCGACGGAGGAAGUGAGAUCACUGGAUUCAUCGUUGAGCACCAGGAGGGAGAGGGAAAAGACUGGGUCACCUUCAAGACUGUCACCAAUCCUCAUAGCCAUGUCACUGGACUGGAGGAGGGAAAGACAUACAGGUUCCGUGUGAAGUCCCAGAAUGCUGUUGGCGUGAGCCGUCCUGACACCAGUGUCCCAGUAACCUGCCAGGAGAAACUCUUGCCACCAACUAUUUCAGUGGAUGUGAAGCUUAUUGAGGGUUUGAUUGUCAAGGCUGGAAGCACUAUCGUACUCCCAGCAGUCAUGAAAGGAAUUCCUACUCCCACAGCCAAGUGGGUGAGUGACGGAAAGGAACUGGAAACAAAGGGCAACGUCAAGAUUGACACUGAGGGCAUGAACACAUCUCUCACCAUCACUGGAUGUGUCAGAGGUGACACUGGAGAGUAUCUCCUCACCGUGGCAAACCCUGCUGGAAGCAAGACUGUUGCUCUGCACGUCACUGUGCUCGAUGUCCCAGGUGCCCCCAUUGGCCCGAUCAACAUCCUUGAAGUUACCCCUGACCACAUGGUCAUCAACUGGAGACCACCUAAAGAUGAUGGUGGCACUCCUUUGACAUGUUACAUUGUUGAAAAGAAGGAUACCAAAAAGGCAUGGGAACCAUGGUCAGUUGUGUGCUCAGGAUGCACUGGUACAAAGGCUAAAAUUUCUCGAUUGGAGAAAGGUCGUGAAUAUAUUCUGCGUGUCCGUGCAGAAAACAAGGUGGGCAUUGGUGCUGGACUUGAGAGUCCUCCCACUAUUGCCAAACAUAUGUUUGAUCCACCUGGCCCUCCAGGCCAGCCAACCUGCUCUGAUAUCACAGAGAAUGCUGUGACCAUAGAAUGGACUCUGCCUGAAUUUGAUGGUGGCAGUCCAGUCAGUGGCUAUGUAGUAGAGCGCAGAGAAAUGACAGGGAAAUGGAUCCGCGUCAACAAGACACCUGUAUUGGAUCUCCGAUACAGAGCAUCAGGUCUGUUUGAGAACAACAGCUACGAGUUCAGAAUCUUUGCUGAGAAUGUUGCUGGCGUCAGCGAGCCCUCUCCUGUAUCAGAUCCAGUGAAGUGCACCCGUCCUAUUACUAAGCCAGGACCCCCAUUAAACCCUAAGCUGAGGGACUGGAGCAAGUCAUAUGCUGACUUGGUGUGGACCAAGCCAACAAGAGAUGGAGGCAGCCCCAUCUUAGGUUAUAUAGUUGAAUGUCAGAAAUCAGCCAGCGCCAAAUGGGAGAAAGUUCAUAAGGAUCUCAUCCCGAUGUGCGCAUUUAGAGCAAUGGGACUUACUGAGGGCAUGGAAUACAGGUUCCGCAUUAGCGCUUCCAAUAUUAUUGGAGAUGGAAAACCUACAGAGCUCUCAGAAACAGUCCUUGCCAAGGACAUUCUGGUUCCCCCAGAGCUGACAGUUGAUGUUGCUUGCCGUGACCUUCUGACAGUUAGGGUGGGACAGAGUAUCAAUCUUGUUACUAGAGUUAAAGGUAGACCAGAUCCUGAUAUCACUUGGUCUAAGGAUGCCAAGAUUCUAGGCAUAGACAGGCGUACUGAGAUGAACAACAACUUCCCUCUGGUUGAGCUGGUGAUUUCAGAUGCAGUAAGGCAAGAUUAUGGAAAGUAUGCUAUCCUUGCUAAAAACAGCAGUGGUCAAGCACAGGCUACCAUUAUUGUGAAUGUGCUUGACACUCCAGGCGUCUGUCAGAAUCUGAAGACCACUUACGUGACAAAAGAAUCCUGCAUGGUUUCCUGGGAGAACCCAGAGGAUAAUGGAGGAACUGAAAUAACACAGUACAUUAUUGAGAGCCGUCAACCUAGUCAAAGGAAUUGGACAGUGGUAUCAAAUGAUUGCACCAAACGCCUUAUGAAGGCACCACUCCAUGAGGGUUGUGAAUACUUCUUCCGUGUGAGUGCAGAGAACAAAAUUGGUGCCGGACCUUCAACAGAGACCAAAACAGCCAUCCUUGCUGUUGAUCCCAUUGAGAAGCCUGGUGACCCUAUUGACUUCAUUAUCUCUGAGAUCGGCAAGACAUUCGUCUUCCUGAAAUGGAAGAGACCAGACUAUGAUGGUGGCAGCCGUAACCUGGGCUACCAUGUUGAAAAGAAACCUAAAGUGGCAGAGGAAUGGGAGAGACUGCACAAGGGUGCGAUUAAGGAAACUUACUUCAUGGCAGACAAGUGCAUUGAAAACGAAAUUUACCAGUUCAGGGUACAGACAAAGAAUGAAGGAGGUGAGAGCAACUGGGUGACAACUGCUGAGGUUGAGGUUAAAGAACAGUUAGUGGUGCCAGAGAUCAAGAUGAAGUUGCAAUGGACUCUAGUGGUUAAUGCCGGUGAUGCCAUUCCAAUUGAAGCUGAUGUCAAGGGAAAACCAGCUCCGGAAGUAAAGUGGACAAAGGAGAAAGACACAGGGGACAUCACCAAGAGCCCAAGGCUGCAAAUAGAAGCCGGUGUAGAAUUCUCUAAAUUCCUGUUGACAAACUCAAGACGUGGAGAUACUGGAAAAUAUAACAUCACUGCUACCAAUAGUGCUGGAACAGCCACUGGAUGGGCGAAUGUGUGUGUGCUUGAUAGACCUGGUCCUAUCAGCAACCUAGUUGUAAAUGGUGUUACAGUGGAUAGGUGCAUGUUGACAUGGGAUAUGCCAGAUGAUGAUGGUGGAUGUGAAAUUUAUAACUACAUCAUAGAAAAGUGUGAGAAGAAGAGAAUGGUGUGGUCCAUACAUUCUUCUGCUGUGAUCACCAACUCUGCUAAAGUAACCCGCCUUGUAGAAGGAAAUGAAUAUAUAUUCAGGGUGCGUGCAGAAAACAAGAUGGGGGCAGGUCCUGCAGUGGAGAGCGCACCUAUUGUGGCAAGGACCGAAUUCAGUAAACCUGGCAUUCCAGAAGCACCAGAAGUUAUCAAGAUCUCCAAGGAGGAGAUGACCGUUACAUGGAACCCUCCUGAGAAUAACGGUGGAAAGGAAAUCUCUGGUUACAUUCUGGAGAAAAAGGAAGAAUUCGGAGUACGAUGGUCUCCUUGCACAAAGCAUUCCAUUGAUUCGACCCAACUGACUGUCACUGGUUUGCUGCGUGAUCAUGAAUAUCAGUUCCGCGUCAGGGCUGAGAAUGAAAUAGGACUUGGUGAACCAAGCAAACCCUCAAGAUCACUCGCCGCAAGGGAUUCUCUUGAUGUCCCAGCCCCUCCAACAAAUCUGAAGGUUGGUGACAGUACAAGGACCUCUGUAGCACUGAAGUGGACAAAGCCUGUUUCUGAUGGUGGAGCUCCUAUCAUUGGUUAUGUGGUGGAAAUGAGGAUCAAGGGAAACAAGGAUGCGGCAUGGAAGAGGUGUAAUGUCGCAGCCCAGCUAAUUGUAUGUGAAUUCACUGUCUCCAGUCUGGAUGAUCAUGAAUGGUAUGAAUUCCGCGUUUCUGCUCAAAAUCAAUGCGGUAUGAGCUUAACGGCGGAUCUUACGAUGCCCGUGCAACCCAAGGAUAUCCUUGAGGCACCUGAAAUUGACAUGGAUGCUAGUCUGAAGGACGGUCUGACAGUCAGGGCCGGAUGUCCCAUCCGACUGGUGGCAACCAUCAAGGGAAGACCAGCUCCCAAAGUCUGCUGGAGAAGAAUGGGUGUCGAUAACGUUGUCAGGAAGGGCCAUGUGGACAUCAUUGACACAAUGACCUUCCUGGUUAUCCCUGAAAGUACACGGGAUGAUUCAGGCAAAUACUCCCUGACCCUGUCCAGCCCAGCUGGGGAGAAGGCAGUGUUUGUCAAUGUCAAAGUACUGGAUACCCCAGGGCCUGUAGUGGGUCUGGAUGCCACAGAUAUUAAACAGACGUCCGCCAAACUGGCAUGGUCACCCCCUGAGAACGAUGGUGGCAGUGCAGUCACUCAUUACAUUAUUGAGAAGCGUGAAAUCGAUCGCAAGACCUGGGGACCAGUCGCAAACAAUAUUGAGCAGACUGAAACCAACGUCAAGAAACUUGUUUCAGGCACAGAGUAUUUCUUUAGAGUCACUGCUGUGAAUGAAUAUGGUCCUGGAGUUGCGAAGGUCUCGCCAAAGUCCUACAUGGCAUCUGAUCCUGUCAGCAAACCUGAACCAUGCCCGAAGAUUGAUGUAUUGGAAAUUACAAAGAACAGUGCACUUCUGGGAUGGCUGAAACCAUUGGGUGAUGGAGGAGCUAAGAUAGAUGGUUAUAUAGUUGAAUAUAUGGGGCUCAUCCCACCCAAACCAGAACCAGAACCAGCAGAACCAGUAGAAGGAGAGGAAGCUGCUCAUCCUCCGGAACCUGUACCUGCACCUGUGGUUGUGGAAGAACCAGCGGAAGAGAAGCCAGAACCACAAUGGAUGGCAUACACAACUGUUAAAAAUUUAACCCUUUCAGUUAGCGGACUCAAGGAGGGUAUGAAGUAUAAAUUCCGGGUGGCCGCAAGAAAUAUCAUGGGUCGCAGUUCGUACACUGAAACUAGGGACGCUUAUGAGAUCAAGGAACAGAUGCUGGAACCCAAGAUUAUGAUGGCGGAGGCUGUGUCUGCCAAAGCAGGAGCUAAACUCAGAGUGGAAGCUCUUGUGUCUGGAAAGCCAGCACCAACCUGCACAUGGAUGCGAGGAGAUGACAAUGUUGUUUCCUCUAGUCGUCUUGCUGUGCACAAAUCUGCAAACAUGUGUGUGCUCAUCAUCAAAGACGUGUCCAGAACCGACAGUGGAAUAUACAGUUUGGUUGCUGAGAACAGCUGUGCUAAAGUAGAUCAGCAUAUUAAAAUCAUCAUCAGAGAUAUCCCCGGAGCGCCUGAGCCUCCAUUUGAGAUCAGUGACAUUGACGCUGAUGCCUGCACACUCUCUUGGAAAGCACCAAUUGAAGAUGGCGGAAGCCAGAUUACAAACUACGUAGUGGAGAAGUGUGACGUGAUCAGAGGUGACUGGGUAAACGCUGUAUCGUCCUGUGGCAAGACUGGCUGCAGACUGGGAAAGCUCAUCCCUGGAAAGGAAUACAUCUUCCGUGUCCGUUCUGAGAAUCGCUAUGGAAUCUCAGACCCCCUAACAUCUGACAGGAUGAUUGCCAAAUUCCCCUUCGAUGUGCCCAGUGAGCCUUUAAACUGCCACAUCACCAAGGUCAACAAGGACUGUAUGUUUGUAGCCUGGGACAGACCUGAGAGUGAUGGUGGCAGCCCUAUUACUGGCUUCUACAUUGAACGCAAAGAGAGGAACAGUCUCCUUUGGGUCAAAGCUAACGACUCAGUUGUCAGAUCAAUGGAAUAUCCCUGUGCAGGCCUUAUUGAGGGCUUGGAAUACAACUUCAGAGUAUCUGCAAUCAAUCGUGCUGGACAGAGUAAGCCAAGCAAGAAGUCUGACUUCGUCACAGCAAGGACACCAGUUGACACACCAGGCAAACCAGAGGUUCUUGAUGUUACCAAGAAUGCAGUCACCUUGGUCUGGACUAGACCAAAGAAUGACGGUGGAAGCAAGAUAAUUGGAUAUUAUGUUGAGGCCCUGAGGCUCCCUGGAGACAAAUGGGUCCGUUGCAACACCAGCAGUCAGAAUGUACCCAGAGAAGAGUACACUGCAACUGGACUGGAGGAAGACAUGGAGUACCAGUUCAGAGUCAUCGCAAAGACCGCUGUCAACAUGAGCCGGGCAUCAGACAUCACAGACCCAGUUCUGGUCUCUGCAGAGAAGGUGCCACCAAGAGUAGAAAUUGGAAUCCCAAUGAAGAGGCUUAAGCCAGUGAAGGCUGGGGCAAAUGUACUUCUUGAGGCAGAGGUGUUUGGAAAACCGAUGCCCAAGGUUACAUGGAAGAGGGGAGAGGAAGUAUUGAGAGCUUCUGAGACGUUGAAGAUGUCCCAGUUGAGACAUCUCUUCAGCAUAGAGCUUCUUGGAGUAACAAAGGAACACACAGGAGAGUAUACUAUUUUGGCAGAAAAUGCAAGUGGAUCCAAAACUGGAGAAAUUAAGUUAACUGUUUUCGAUGUCCCCGGUCCACCAGUCUCUGUCAAGUUUGGUGACGUGUUUGCCAAUAGUGUCCAGAUUAGUUGGGAGGCGCCUCUUGCCGAUGGAGGCUCGGACAUCACAAACUACAUUGUUGACAAACGUGAGACCAGUAGAGCUGAAUGGGCUCGGGUCGCAGGCCAUAUUCAGGGUGAUGUGUUUGAACUCACCACAAAGAAACUGAUUGAGGGACGAGAGUACCAGUUCCGCGUCCGCGCAGAGAAUAGAUUUGGGGUUGGAGAAGCCAUCGUGACUGAUCCCGUCUAUGCCAGGAAUCCAUUCACUGUCCCUGGGGCAUGUGAGGCACCAGUCAUCACAAACAUCACCAAAGAGCACAUGACCGUUAGCUGGAAGGAACCUGCCGAUGAUGGCAAGUCAACCAUCUUAGGAUACAUAGUGGAGAAGAAGGGAACCAAGGAAGUCAACUGGACUAAACUGAACAGGAAAGCCUUGAUAGAGAGAACCCUGGAAGUUGCUGGUCUGUCAGAGGGAGCAGAGUAUGAAUUCAGAGUAAUUGCCCUGAACAACGCUGGCCUUGGCAAACCCAGUGAGCCAUCCACUGUGGCUUCAGCCCACGAUCCUAUUAAUCCUCCUGGACCCCCUGUGAACCCGAUGGUCACUGACGUCAGCCGCAGCACGAUUAGCCUGACCUGGACUAAACCAGCCAAUAACGGAGGCAGUGACAUCCUGGGAUACCUUGUUGAAUGCAAGAGAACAGACGCAACAGACUGGAUCAGAUGCAACGUGCCCAAGAACCUCCAAGACACAUUCUACCUUGUUCAGAACCUCAUUGAUAAAUCUGAAUAUCAACUGCGUGUGUCUGCCGUGAACAAAGUGGGCUUCAGUGAAACAUGCGAAGUGCCAGACAAACAUAUAGCAAAGGACAUUUUGGUUGCUCCUGAGGCAGAACUCAGUGCUGACCUGAAGGAGGUUCUGGAGCUCCGUGCUGGGUCCCAAAUGAGACUUUUCGCCACAAUAAAGGGUCGUCCCACGCCCAAGGUGAUCUGGGCAAAAAUGAACAGCAACAUCAAGGAAAGACAAGGCAUCGUUAUCAAGAGCACCGACACUGACACUGUGGUGUUAGUCCAGAGUUGCAACAGAUAUGAUGCGGGAAAAUAUAUCCUGAGUCUUGAAAGUCGCAGCGGAAUGAAGAUGUAUACAAUUGUUGUCAAGGUUUACGAUACCCCUGGGCCACCAGUCAAUCUCAUGGUAAAGGGGACAACAAAGGACAGUGCAAAGAUCCUUUGGGAUACUCCUCUUAUUGAUGGUGGAAGCGAAGUGACCAGUUACAUUAUUGAAAAGCGUGAUGCAGAGAGAAAAGCUUGGUCUCUAGUUAAAGAUAACUAUGCCAAAAACACUCUCAAGAUCCCUGAUUUGGAGGCUGGUAGAUCUUACUGUUUUAGAGUCAAGGCUGUGAAUGAAUAUGGUGUUGGCGAGGCAUGUGAAACCGCAGAUUCAGUUAGAGCGUCUGAGGAACCUGGGCCGGUCAUGGACUUCAAGGCCUUGUUGAUCACAAAGCAAGGAUGCACCCUUGGAUGGAAGAAACCUCUCAGUGAUGGCGGUAGCCGCAUCAUUGUGUAUGUGCUUGAGGUUAUGAAUGGAGAUGAUAACUGGAAGGAGCUAAUGAGUUCCAAGAACAUGCAGUACAGUGCCAAGGAUCUGGUGGAAGGAAAAGAAUAUAAGUACAGAGUCAAAGCAGUAAAUGACUCUGGUGACAGUCCGUACAAGGAGCUGGAUGUGGUGGCUAAAGACCAGAUCAUUCAUCCUGGAGUUGACUUGCGGGGCAUUCCCAAUCUGUGCUACAUUGCAAAGGAGGGAAGUAUAGUCCGCAUCAAGCUCCCACUCUACGGCAAACCUACUCCUAAAUGCUCCUGGAAGAAGGGCGAGGAUGAGGAUUUGACCGAUACUGGAAGAGUGUGUGCAGAAUCCACAGCAGUCAACACUACCCUCCUGAUCCGUGACUGCCAGAGGAGCGAUGCCUCUAAGUACACAGUCACACUGAAAAACAUUUCUGGAGUAAAGGAAUCCACCAUCUUCAUUAGGGUGGUUGGCAAACCAGGAAUGCCUGUCGCACCAAUGAAGUUUAAGGAUGUCACUGCAGAUGGGUGCACCCUGAGAUGGACUGCACCUAAGGAUGAUGGUGGAUCAGAGAUAACCAACUAUACUCUUGAGAAGAGGGAUUCUGUAACCAACAUGUGGGUUAGCAUUGCUACCGAUAUUGAAGCAGUUUCCAAUACUACCACCUUCAGAGUGACAGGUCUUCAUGAGGAGACGGAAUACAUCUUCAGAGUCUGUGCACAGAACAAGCAUGGUGCUAGUGAAGGACUCAAAUCCGAGCCUAUUGUUGCCAAGCAUCCAUUCAAUGUACCUGAGGCACCACCUGCACCUGUGAUCAUGAGUAUGCGUCAUGAUUCAUCAUUCUUGGCCUGGUCUGACCCUAGGAAGACCGGAGGCUCUCCAAUUACUGGCUACCAUGUUGAGUUCAAGGAGAGGAACAGCAUGCUGUGGAAGAGGUCAGGGGGAGCCAUUAAGAUGAAGGAACACAAGGUCACUGGCUUAACUGAAGGACUGGAAUAUGAAUUCAGAGUCAUGGCCACGAAUCUGGCCGGUGUUGGCAGAGCAAGUCCACCAACUGAGGCGCAUGUUGCCUUGGAUCCAAUUGAUGCCCCUGGAAAACCUGAUGUGAUCAGCAUCACAAGAAGUACUGUAACACUUCAGUGGACUGAGCCCAAGUACGAUGGUGGACACAGACUGACAGGCUACAUCGUGGAAAAACGUGAUUUGCCUUCCAAGAUCUGGCAAAAGGCUAACAAUGUGAAUGUUGUGGACACAGCAUACACUGUGAAAGAGCUGCAAGAGGGAUGCAAGUUUGAGUUCAGAAUCAGGGCAAAAAAUGCCGCUGGAGCAUUGAGCCCUCCCUCUGAACAAACAGAUACACUUGUGUGCAAGGAUGAAUACGAGGCACCAACCAUCACUAUUGAUUCCACUGUAAAGGAGGGACUCACAGUCAGAGCGGGUGACCACAUCGUCAUAACUGCAACAAGUAUUGUAGGCAAACCCCCACCAACAUCAGUGUGGUCUAAGGGUGGAAAAUACUUCAAGCCUUCAGAUAUCUGCCAGAUUGAGUCCACUGCAACGUCCUCGACAUUGACGGUCAAAUACGCCGGGAGAUCGGAUUCUGGAGAAUACACAAUUACAGCCAGCAAUCCAUUUGGUGUCACAGAAGAAGUUGUGAAAGUGAAGGUUUUGGAUGUACCCGCAGCUCCGGGUCCUAUUGAGGUCAGUGGAGUUUCGUCUGAGAAGGUCACACUGACAUGGACACCACCAGCUGAAGAUGGUGGAUGUCCAGUUAAAUAUUACACCCUCGAGAAGAGAGAAACAAGCCGCCUCCUUUGGACCAUUCUGUCAGAAAAAGUACUUGACUGCCACUAUAUUGCCAAGAAGCUAAUCCAGGGAAAUGAAUACAUCUUCCGUGUGAAGGCAGUUAAUCACUAUGGUCCUGGAGAAGCAGCAGUAUCUGGGCCAGCUAAGAUGGUGGACCAAUUUGGUCCCCCUGGUCCUCCAUCAAAACCAGAAAUUGAAGAGAUUGGAGGACACCAUGUCAAAAUCAACUGGAAAAGACCGAUUGAUGAUGGUGGUAGCGACAUCACAGGCUACAUGGUUGAAAAGAAAGAAAGAAAGGGCAUGAGAUGGGUUAGGGCAGCAAAGAAGUCCAUUGCUGAACUCUCAUAUGAAGUAACAGGACUCACAGAGAAAGUCGAAUAUGAAUUCAGGGUGGUUGCAGAAAACAAAGCAGGCUUCGGAGAGCCAAGUGAACCAUCAUUGUCUGUUACGACCAAAACUGUUAAAUAUGCACCUGGACCUCCAAUCAACCCAAGAAUUACAGAUACAACAAAGACUUCUGCAACAUUCUUCUGGGGGAAACCACUUGAAGAUGGUGGGCUUGAAGUCACAGGGUACUUUGUUGAGCAUAAAAAAGAUGGAGAAGAGGAAUGGUUCAAGGACACACCAACUGCUCCACUGAGAAUUACAGAAUUUGUUGUUCCUAACUUGAAAGUGGGAGCAAAAUACCACUUCAGAGUCAGUGCAAUGAAUGCAGAGGGAGUUGGUGAACCAGCUCAAACUGAAGAACUGGUUGAAAUUAUUGAACGUGAAGAAGAGCCAGACCUUGAACUGGAUGUUGAGCUGAGAAGAACCCUUGUUGUCAGGGCUGGAUGUUCCAUCCGCAUAUUUGUGCCCAUUAAAGGUCGCCCAGCUCCUGAAGUAGCUUGGACGAAGGGUGAAGACACACCACUCAAAGGACGUGCUAACAUUGACAGCACAGAGUCAUACACUAUGCUUGUCAUCCCUGACUGCACAAGAAAUGAUGCAGGAAGAUACAACUUGAUCCUUACGAAUGCUGCAGGAGAGAAGACUGCUCAUGUCAAUGUGAGAGUUCUGGAUUCACCUGGACCACCAAUUAAUCUGAAGCCAAAGCACAUUGACAAAGAGAGCAUCACUCUUCAAUGGGAACUGCCGCUUAUCGAUGGUGGUGCAAAGAUAACAAACUAUAUAAUUGAAAAGAGAGAGUCAACACGCAAAGCAUAUUCCACCAUAAUAUCAGUGUGUCCAAAUAGCACAGUUAGAAUUCCUGAUCUAGCAGAAGGGUCAGAAUAUUACUUCAGAGUGUCGGCUGAAAAUGAGUACGGAAUUGGCGAGUCGGUUGAGACUACAGAUCCAAUUCGAGCAUCUCAAGCACCAACACCCCCUGAGAGCGUUUAUGCUACAGAUGUCACCAAGACCUCUGUCAGUCUUGCAUGGACAAAGCCAAAACAUGACGGUGGUAGUAGAGUUACUGGAUAUGUCCUUGAAGCUCAAAAGAAGGGAGGAGACCAGUGGUCCCAUGUGACAACUGUCAAGACAAUGGACUUCAUAGUGAAGAACCUGAAUGAAAAUGAACAGUAUAUAUUCCGUGUCAUGGCUGUAAACCACUCUGGAAGAAGUGGUCCUUGUGAAAGCAAGCCUGUUACUAUCAAGGAAACAAUAACAAUGCCAGAAUUUGACCUGCGUGGAAUAUGCCAGAAAAUUGUCAUUGCCAGGGCAGGAGAUGAGAUUAAAGUUGAGAUACCAGUUAUGGGACGUCCAAAACCAACUGUUUCAUGGACGAAAGAUGGUCAGCACCUCAAGAUAACCCCAAGAAUAAUCACUGAACGUACUGCAACCACAAGUAUCCUGAAUAUAACAGAAUGCAUAAGGAGUGACACAGGACAUUAUGGCAUGACAGGGAAGAACAUAGUUGGCUCAGUGACAGAUACCAUCAUAGUAAAAGUGCACGAUGUCCCUGGACCUCCAAAGGGACCAAUAAAAAUAGAUGAAAUCUCCCGUACCUAUGCUGUCAUCUCUUGGGGAACGCCUGAGAAUGAUGGAGGUGUACCAAUCAACAAUUACAUUGUUGAAUUAAGGGAAACUACAGGAACGUCAUGGAUAGAAUUGACAUCAUCGGUAAUCCGUACAAUAUUUAAAGCUACUCGUCUGAAGACUGGUGCGGAAUACCAGUUCAGAGUCAAAGCUAAAAACAGAUAUGGUGCUGGUCAACCAAUCAUCUCAGAGUCAGUGGUUGCUGCAUAUCCAUUCAAACCCCCUGGGCCACCUAGUACUCCAAAGGUUGUGGCCUUUACCAAAGACACAAUGACAAUUGGCUGGAAUGAACCUGUUUAUGAUGGUGGAAGUGAAGUCAUUGGAUAUCACAUUGAGAGGAAAGAGAGAAGCAGCAUCCUUUGGCAAAAGAUCAGCAAAUCCACGGUGAAAGAUAAUCAAUUCAAAUCAAGUGGACUGGAAGAUGGAGUUGCAUAUGAAUUCCGCGUCACUGCUGAAAACAUGGCGGGAAUUGGUAAACCAAGCAAGGCUUCAGAAGCAAUGCUAGCCCUUGAUCCAGUGGAUCCACCAGGUCAACCAGAGCCAAUCUUUGUUUCUAAGAAUAUAGUAACAAUUCAAUGGACAAAGCCUGAAUAUGAUGGUGGGUUCAAGAUUACUGGCUACGUAGUGGAAAAGAGAGACUUACCAGCUGGUCGUUGGAUGAGGGCCAACUUCACAAACAUAAUUGAGACCACUUUCACUAUAAGUGGGUUAACUCAGAAUGAGGCCUAUGAAUUCCGUGUACUUGCCAAAAAUGCAGCUGGUUCAGUAAGUGAACCAUCUGAGCCAUCGGAUCCCAUCACCUGCACAGAUGAUAUUGUGGAACCACGAAUCAUGGUUGAUGCCAAAUUCAAGGAUGUGAUUCUACUGAAAGCAGGGGAAAACUUCAAACUUGAGGCAGAUGUUGCAGGCCAACCACUACCAUCCAUGGUGUGGACCAAGGGUGGAAAGGACAUUGAAAAUACGAUGAAAUUGACAAUUAAAAUGACUGACUUAACAACAACUCUGAUUAACAAAGACUCGUUAAGAAGAGAUGGAGGUGAAUUUGUUCUGACUGCCACAAAUGUUGGAGGGUUUGCCAAGCAUAUCUUUAAUGUCAAAGUCCUUGACAGACCAGGUCCACCUGGAGGACCCCUGGUGGUGUCAGAUAUCACAUCUGACAACUGUAUUUUGGAAUGGGCUCCACCCGCAGAUGAUGGUGGUGCAGAGAUUGACCAUUACGUGAUUGAAAAGCGUGAAUCAAGCAGGCUUGCAUGGACCAAUUCGGCCUCAGGCUUAACUGAUACCCAAUUUAAGGUGAACAAGUUACUCAAAGGAAAUGAGUACAUAUUCAGAGUAAUGGCAGUCAACAAAUAUGGAGUCGGAGAGCCUCUAGAAUCUGCUCCAACUAUUGCAAACAAUCCAUGGGUGCCAGCAGAUCCUCCAAAGGAUCCUGAAGUAACAAUAAUCACUAAGGAUUCAAUGAUUCUUAUGUGGAAGGCUCCUGAGUAUGAUGGUGGAACUCCAAUCACAAACUAUAAUAUUGAAAGGAAAGACAAGAUUGGUCUUCGCUGGGUAAAAUGCAACAAGAAGAAAGUAAAAGACUUGCAGUUCAAGGUAACUGGGCUUCUAGUAACACAUGAAUAUGAAUUCAGAAUUCUUGCAGAGAAUGCAGCUGGAUUAAGCUUACCAAGCAAUUCAAGUCCUUUCUACAAGGCUACUGACACCCUCUACGAACCAGGCCCUCCAGGCAACCCAAGAGUCGUGGACACAAACAAGUCGUCCAUUACGAUUGCAUGGAACAAGCCAAAUUAUGAUGGUGGUUCUGAAAUCACAGGAUACAUUGUGGAGACCUGCAUUCCUGGGGAGGAGGAAUGGACAAUUGUUACUCCGCCAGGAGGACUAAUGGGUACAUCGUUUACCCUUAUGAACUUAGAGGAGGACAAAGAGUACAUGAUUCAAGUUUCUGCCGUAAACAGUGAGGGUAUUGGAGAGGAAGCAACUAUUCCUGGCACACCGAGAGCUCAAGACAGGCUGCUUCCACCGGAAUUUGACCUGGAUGCUGAGCUAAAGAAGGUUGUGAAUAUCAGAGCCUGUAACACAUUGAGACUUUUUGUACCUAUCAGAGGAAGACCAUCACCCGAGGCAAAAUGGGCCAAAGAAGAUGGUGAACCUAUUACGAGAGCAACCAUUGAAAGCACAACUUCUUACACAUCACUGGUGGUGGAAAAUGUCAACCGAUUUGACAGUGGCAAGUACGUGCUCACAAUAGAAAACAGUUCUGGAUCCAAUACAGCUGCUGUGAAUGUCAGAGUGCUAGAUACCCCAGGUGCCCCGCAAAAUCUCAAGAUCAACAGCGUCACUAAAGAAUCUGUCACUCUUAUCUGGGAUGCUCCAGUAAAUGACGGUGGAGCAAAGAUUAAGAACUACAUUGUUGAAAAACGUGAAUCAACAAGGAAAGCAUAUGCCACUGUAAAUUCUAACUGUCAUAAGAACACCUGGAAAGUUGACCAGCUGCAGGAGGGGUGUAACUACUACUUCAGAGUUUUAGCUGAAAAUGAAUAUGGAAUUGGCCUACCAAUUGAAACCCGUGAAUCAGUUAAAGUUUCUGAAAAACCACAGCCUCCUGCCAAAAUCACCCUCGCCGAUGUUACCAAGACUAGUGCCACCCUGUCUUGGGAGAAACCAGAGCAUGACGGAGGAAGUAGAGUGGUAUGCUAUGUUAUUGAGAUGCUGAGCAAAGGUGCCGAGAAAUGGGUCCAGUCUUCCAUUGUCAAAACAUUAGAAGCAGUUGUCCCUGGACUGACACCAGGUGAAGAGUACAUGUUCCGUGUAGCAGCAAGAAAUGAAAAAGGAACAAGUGAUCCACGUCAAAUUGGUGUGCCAGUGAUUGCUAAAGAUCUUGUGAUUGUCCCAUCAGCUAAAAUGUUGUUCAACACAUUCAGUGUUCUAGCAGGAGAGGAUUUGACAGUACAGAUUCCGUUUAUUGCUCGUCCCCGAGCAACUAUUUCAUUCAUAAAGGACAAUCUACCUAUGAAGCGUACCAGCAGAGUUAACUUUGGAGGAUCAGAUAAACUGAUCAAUCUUCAAAUCAAAGAGGCAUGCAGAGAAGAUGUUGGUCAGUACCGAAUCAUACUUGCAAACACCGCUGGGGAUACAUCUUUAUACAUCUCAGUAGUUGUUCUUGACAAACCUGGACCACCAAAGGGCCCAAUUAAAGUUGAGGCUGUUACUACUGACAGUGUGCUUUUCUCCUGGACUCCUCCAGAGUAUGAUGGUGGUGCAACAAUCAACAGCUACCUUGUAGAAAAGAGAGAUACGUCCACACAAACUUGGUUGGUCGUGUCUCCAAAUCAUGCAAGAACAACGAUUAAAGCUUCGAGGCUGAAAAACGGUUCAGAGUACCAGUUCAGGGUGACAGCUCAGAACAGGUAUGGAAAGGGCCCAUCUCUGACCUCAGGGUCUGUUGUUGCUGAGUAUCCAUUCAAAUUACCAGGCCCUCCAGGAACACCAUCUGUACAGUCUUCCACAAAGGAUAGCAUGGUAGUUGUGUGGAAUGAGCCUGUUAAUGAUGGUGGAAGCACUGUGCUGGGAUAUCAUCUUGAGCGCAAAGAGAGAAACAGUAUUCUCUGGGUGAAGCUCAAUAAGUCUCUCAUCCAGGAUACAUCUUACAAGACCACUGGUCUGGAACCAGGACAGGAAUAUGAAUUCAGAGUUUACGCUGAAAACAUUGUGGGAAUUGGAAAAGUUAGCAAACUUUCCGAAGGUCACAUUUCUAGGGAUCCUUGCGAUCCCCCCGGAGAUCCUGAGGCUACUAAGAUAACAAAGGAUUCUGUAACAAUCACAUGGACAAAGCCAGAGUAUGAUGGUGGUGCCAAUGUCACCGGCUAUAUUGUAGAGAAGAAAGAGUUGCCAGAAGGCCGCUGGAACAAAACCAACUUCACAAAUAUCAUUGAAACCGAGUAUGUGGCAACCAGCCUUGUGGAGAACCAGAAAUAUGAGUUCCGUGUUAUUGCAAGAAACGCAGCAGGUGUUUUCAGCCUUCCCUCAUACAGCACUGGACCAAUUACUGCUAAAGAUGAAAUCGACCCUCCUCGUAUUAGCAUUGACCCACAGUUCACACAAACUGUUUAUGUUAAUGCUGGAGAUGGCUUCAAAAUCGAUGCCGAUGUUCAUGGUAGUCCAAUACCCGAAAUCCUCUGGAUGAAGAGUGGCCACGAGGCACCCCUUGCAAACACUAUCACCAGAGACAUAAAAAAUACAGACAGCACCACUUUGUUGACUGUCAAAGAGGCUAAACUUGAAGAUGGAGGCAAGUACACUUUACUUCUAAAAAAUCCAGGAGGCGAGAAGUCAGUGAAGAUCAAUGUGGUUGUUCUGGAUAAACCUGGGGCACCACAAGGUCCUAUCUCUGUCACUGGCAUCACAAAUGAUCAAUGUUGCCUUGCUUGGAAAUCCCCACUCUAUGAUGGCGGCAGUAAAAUCACUCAUUACAUUGUAGAGAGAAGGGAGACAAGCAGAUUAAUUUGGACUGUUGUUGAUAAUAAGUGUGAGUCAAAUUAUCUGAAGGUUACAAAACUCUUGGAGGGAAAUGAGUAUAUUUUCAAAGUCCAGGCAGUAAACAAAUUUGGACUCAGUAUGGGUCUGGAAUCAAUUGCUGUGACUGUCAAAGACCCAUUCGUUCCCCCAGAUUCACCAAGUAGGUUGGAGGUUUCCGAUGUCAAAAAGGAUUCAAUGGUGAUUACCUGGGAGGCUCCUGGAUAUGAUGGUGGCAGUAAUAUUAUUGGAUACAUUAUUGAGAAACACGAUAAGGAGGGUGUGAGAUGGACCAGAUGCAAUAGGAAGACAGUUACUGACUUAACCUACAAAGUCACCGGACUUAUGGAAAGUCAUAUUUAUGAAUUUAGAGUUCUGGCUGAGAACGUCUCUGGAGUUGGAGAGCCAAGCUCCCCAACAGUUUUCUACAAGGCUUUGGAUCCAAUAUUCAGACCAGGUGCACCAAUUAAUCCUAAAGUAACUGACAUAAGCAAAACUUCAGUUUUCCUGUCAUGGGGCAAACCUAUAUAUGACGGAGGAUGUGAGAUUCAAGGAUACAUUGUGGAGAAAUGCGAAGUGCCAUCUCCCGCAUCACUCACUAAGCAAUCCAUCGUUGUGGAACCGGCCACUAAGGCACCAGCUGCUGAGGGAGAGGAAGCACCCGCUGAAAAAGGAGCAACUGAGGCAACACCUGCUGAGGCAACACCCGCCGAAGCAGCACCUGCACCUGCAGACGCAGUACCUUCCAAGGCAGAACCCGCAGAAAAAGGAAGUGCAGAAGGAGCUACAGAGGAAGAACCUGCUGAGGUGUGGACAAUCUGUACUCCACCAAGUGGCAUCAAACAAACAAGAUUUGAAGUUAGAAAAUUGGAGGAAAUGCAUUUGUACAAGUUCAGAGUCUGUGCUGUCAACAAGCUUGGUGUUGGAGACCAUUCAGAUGUCUCUGGAAUCAUUCUUGUCGAGGAGAGGAUUGAGGAACCAGAUCUGGACAUUGACCCAGACCUGAGAAAGGUUGUGAACAUUAAGGCUGGAUCUUCCCUCAGACUGUUCAUUCCUAUCAGAGGGCGACCUCAACCUGAAGUCAAAUGGGGAAAGGAUGAAGGUCCUAUUAAGGAGAAUGCACAAGUUGAAGUGACAAGUAGUUACACGUCCCUUGUGAUUGAUAAUGUCAACAGAUUUGACAGUGGAAAAUACACGGUUUCUGCAGAGAACGCCAGUGGUGAAAAAUCUGCUUUAAUUACCGUUAGAGUUCUUGACACACCUAGUGCCCCAGUCAACCUCAAAGUGAAAGAUAUCACUGGUGAAUCAGUGACACUUACAUGGGAUGCCCCUGUGUUGGAUGGAGGAGCUAAAAUCAGAAACUAUAUUGUUGAGAAGCGGGAAAGCACCAGGAAAACCUAUGCAGCUGUGGUGACAAACUGCCACAAAUUAUCAUACAAGGUUGAGAACCUUCAAGAGGGUUGCAAUUAUUAUUUCAGAGUCCUUGCUGAAAACGAACAUGGUGUUGGCUUGCCUACAGCAACCGUUGAUCCCAUCAAAGCCUCAGAAGUACCCCAAAUCCCACGAAAACUGAGUGUUGUUGACCAAACCAAGACAAGCAUCUCUCUUGCCUGGGAGAAGCCUGAGCAUGAUGGUGGAAGUAGAAUCAUUCAUUACCUGCUAGAGAUACAACCUAAAGGCUCUGAGAAAUGGUCAGGUGUUGCAACUGUCAGAGCAAUGGAGUCUGUUGUCAACAAUCUAAAUCCGGGUGAAGAAUAUCUUUUCAGAGUGUUUGCUAUCAAUGACAAAGGAAAGAGUGACCCAAGAGAACUUGCACUUCCAGUGACAGCAAAGGACCUUGUUAUCGAGCCUGAUGUUAGACCUGCAUUUAGCAAUUACAGUGUUCGGGUUGGUAAAGACUUCAAGGUUGAAAUCCCGAUCGCAGGACGUCCUAAACCAGCAGUUAAAUGGACAAAGGAUGGAUCAAUCCUACUCCACACCUCAAGGGUUAAAAUCACUAACACACCAGAUAGCACAACUCUAAGUAUCACAGAGGCUACAGGAGAAGAUGGCGGAAUGUAUGGCAUUAAUGUUACUAAUGUAGUUGGGGGAAAGAACGCAACAAUUGAAAUCAUUGCUCUUGAUAAACCUGGCCCACCAAGUGGACCUGUAAAGUUUGAUGAAGUUACUAUUAACACUGCAACUAUUUCUUGGGGUCCUCCAAAGCAUUCUGGUGGCUGCCAGAUUUCAAAUUACAUUGUUCAGAAAAGAGACACAACCACCACAACUUGGGAGAAUGUUGCUGCCUCCGUGGCAAGAACUACGCUCAAGGUGCAAAGGCUGAAAACUGGGGCUGAAUAUCAAUUCAGAAUCAUUGCUCAAAAUCGAUAUGGCAAGAGUUACGGUUUGGACUCACAUCCUUUGACUAUAAAGUACCCUUACAAAGAACCUGGCCCACCCGGCACUCCAUUCAUUGCAUCUCUCUCCAAGGAAUAUAUGGUUGUGGAGUGGCAUGAACCAGUCGCAGAUGGAGGUAGUUCUGUUCUAGGCUAUCACCUUGAAAGGAAAGAGAGAAACAGCAUCCUCUGGACUAAGCUUAACAAAUCACUCGUUAAAGACACCAUUUACAAAACCGGUCCCUUAGAGGAGGCUGUUGAAUAUGAAUUCAGAGUUUAUGCUGAAAAUAUUGUUGGUAUUGGCAGAUGCAGCAAAAUCUCAGAGGGUUGUGUUGCACGUGAUCCUUGUGAUCCUCCUGGCACCCCAGAGGCUAUCAUUGUAAACAAAGAGUCCAUCACCAUUGAAUGGACAAAGCCAGAAUAUGAUGGAGGAAGUGUGAUUACUGGUUAUGUUGUUGAGAAACGUGACCUUCCAGAGGGACGCUGGAUGAAGGCAAACUUUACCAACGUUAUUGAGACCAGGUUUACUGCUACUGGACUAACUGCUGAUGCACAGUAUGACUUCAGAGUCAUUGCUAAGAAUGCAGUUGGAACAUUCAGCAAGCCAUCUUAUAACAGUGGACCUAUAACAGCAAACGAUGAGGUGGAAGCGCCAAGAUAUUCUAUUGAUCCUGCGUUCACCAAAACGAUCAUUAUCAAUGCAGGAGACACAUUCAAACUUGAUGCUGAUGUACAUGGAAAGCCAGUACCCACAAUCCAGUGGUUCAAGGAUGAUGUGGAAAUUGAAAAGAAUACAAUGAGAUUGGAAGUCAAAAAUACAGAAAGCGUCGCAAUGAUAGUUGUGAAGGAUUCUGUCAGAGUUGACGGUGGAAAUUACAAACUUGUCCUGACAAAUGUUGCUGGAUCAGAGUCAGUUCCAUUCAAGGUGAAUGUACUAGACAGACCAGGACCACCAGUAGGUUCCCUCCAUGUCACUGGAGUCGCUUGUGACAAAUGUACUCUGUCAUGGCGUGCUCCACUACAUGAUGGAGGCAGCAACAUCACACACUACCUCAUUGAGAGGCGUGAAACCAGUCGUCUUGCUUGGACUAUGGUUUCUAACAGCUGUGAGACCACAGUGUAUAAAGUAACUAGUCUCCUGGAGGGCAAUGAGUAUAUUUUCCGUGUCAUGGCUAUCAACAGUUAUGGCAUUGGUGAACAUGUGGAGUCUUCAGCAGUAAUAAUGAAAAAUCCAUUUGUUGUCCCUGGUGCACCACAUGUUAAUGAUGUAACGAACAUUGCCCGGGAUUCCAUGACUGUCUGCUAUUCUGCACCAGAGACUGAUGGGGGAAGUAACAUUACUACUUACAUCAUUGAGAAGAAAGACAGAGCUGGAGUUAAAUGGACCAAAUGCAACAGGCAAAAGGUCACAGACCUAUCUUUCAGAGUAACAGGUCUGACAUCAGAUCAUGAAUAUGAGUUUAGAGUAUCUGCUGAAAAUGCAGCUGGUAUUGGUGAGCCAAGUCUACCAACAUCAUACUUUAAGGCCAGUGAUCCCAAGUACAAACCUGGGGCACCCACACAUGCACAUGUGAUUGAUACCACAAAGAGCUCAAUCACAGUCGCAUGGGGAAAGCCUCUCAAUGAUGGUGGCAGUCCUAUCCAGGGAUACAUUGUAGAGAUUUGCAAAGCUGAGGAGGAGGAAUGGACAAUGUGCACACCACCAACAGGCCUGCGGGUCAAUAAAUUUGAAAUCACAAAACUUACUGAGGGUCAGGAAUAUCAGAUCCAGGUCUGUGCUAUCAAUAAACUGGGUGUUGGUGAACUAGCUGCUGUAUCUGGAACAUCUAAACCAGAGGAGAAGGUAGAGGAUCCAGAAAUUCAACUGGACUCAGAAUUGAGGAAAGGAAUUGUGGUGCGUGCUGGAGGAUCUGUGAGAAUCAAUGUACCAUUCAGAGGCAGACCAACGCCAGAGAUUAAGUGGUGUAAGCUGAAGAAGGUUGAAGAAGUGGAAGAAGAACAAGAAUUGCAAGAGAAAGCAGUGGUUGAUAAAGGUCUCAACUAUACUCAGCUUUCCAUUGACUCUUGUGACAGAAGUGAUUCUGGAAAGUACAAUGUGACUGUGAAGAACAGCAGUGGUACCGUUUCUGAAUUUGUAACUGUGAAAGUGCUAGAUACACCAGGUGCCCCUCUGAAUCUCAAACUGACAGAGAUCAAGAAAGACUCCAUAACUCUUGUUUGGGAUGCCCCUCUUACUGAUGGCGGAGCGAAAAUCAAGAAUUAUGUUGUUGACAAACGUGAAUCAAUCAGGAAAGCUUUUGCAAAUGUAACAACCAAGGUCAACAAAACAACCUAUAAGGUUGAAAACCUUGUUGAGGGGGCUAUGUAUUACUUCAGAGUUAUGGCUGAGAACGAAUAUGGAGUUGGAUCGUCGACUGAAACAAAGCUUGCAACAAAGGCCUCUGAGGUGCCUCUUCCAGUCGGAAAGAUAUUCUUGACUGAUGUUACUAAAGUCAGCGCAUCAUUCAGAUGGGAAAAACCAGAGCAUGAUGGUGGAAGCAGAAUUACUGGUUACCUAGUUGAGAUGCAGCAAAAGGGAGGGGACAAAUGGGGUGUUGCAACAUCCACAAAGGGUGAUUGUCAUGGCACAGUCACUGGACUUACUGCUGGACAGGAGUAUCUGAUCCGUAUCGUAGCUUACAAUGAGAAGGGAAAGAGUGAGCCUAAAGCACUGGCUAUGCCAGUUGUUGCUAAUGACAUGACUAUUGAACCAAGCUUAAAACUCAUGUUCAACACCUACACCGUCAAAGCUGGUGACGAUCUGAUAGUAGAAAUCCCAGUGUUUGGUAGGCCGAAACCCCAAAUUGUUUGGAAGAAAGAGGGUCUGCCAUUGAAAAUGACAACAAGAGUGAAUGUGAUAAACACAGCAACAACUGCUACCAUUAAAAUUACUGAGGCAUGUAAGGACGACUUUGGAAAGUAUACCAUUAUGGCAACUAACACAGCUGGCUUAUUCUCUGAAGACAUAGGAAUCACAAUCCUUGACAAACCUGGUCCUCCAACCGGACCCAUUAAAGUCCUUGAAGUAAGCAAUAACUCUGUCAGUCUUUCAUGGGGAGCCCCGGAGUACACAGGCGGAUGUCAAGUAAAGCAUUACAAUGUGGAAAGACGAGAUACAACACAAACAGCAUGGCAAAGUGUGAAUGCUCAGCUAGCUAGAACAGCUAUCAAAAUAACCAAGCUGAAAACUGGCGCAGAGUACUGUUUCAGAAUCUGUGCUGAGAAUAGAUAUGGAAAGGGCGCUCCUUUGGACACAAAAUCAAUUGUGGUGCAAUAUCCAUACAAAUCCCCAGGACCACCUGGAACUCCAUACAUCAAAUCUGCAACAAAGGAUCAAAUGAUAAUUGAAUGGAAUGAGCCAGUCAAUGAUGGUGGUAGUACGGUUAUUGGAUACCAUCUUGAAUCUAAAGAAAGAACCAGCAUUAUGUGGAUGAAACUCAACAAAGCCCUCAUCGCUGAUACCUCCUUCAAGAUAUGUAAUCUUGAGGAGGACAUUGGAUAUGAAUACAGGGUCUAUGCUGAAAACAUUGUUGGCAUUGGCAGAGCAUCCAAAAUAUCAGAAUCAUUCGUUGCUCGAGAUCCAGUUGAUCUACCAGGUACCCCUGAGGCUACUGUUAUCUCCAAGAAUCACAUUGUGAUUCAAUGGACCAAGCCAUUGUAUGAUGGAGGCAGUAAAAUCACUGGAUAUAUUGUGGAGCGGAGAGAUCUAGCCAACAUUGAGGGUCGCUGGAUGAGAGCCAACUUCACAAAUGUCAUUGAGACAGAAUUUGCCAUCUCUGGCUUGACAGAAAAUGAAAAAUAUGAGUUCAGAGUGAUUGCAAGAAAUGCCGCUGGUAUUUUCAGUGAGCCUUCUGACAGCACUGGACCCAUUACUGCCACAGAUGAGAUUGAAGCACCAAGAGCCUCAAUGGAUCCUAAAUACAAGGAUGUCAUUGUUGUUAAUGCUGGGGACAACUUAGUUUUGGAUGCUGACAUCUAUGGCAAACCCGCUCCUGAGGUCUUAUGGUUGAAGGAAGGAAAGCAAAUGGACAAAGCUCUUCGAAUUGAAGUGAAAACUACACAGAAACGUGCAGCUAUGCAUAUCAAGGACUGCACAAGGUUAGAUAGUGGAAACUAUGACCUCAGUCUCACCAAUAUCGGUGGGGUAAAGACAAUCCCAAUCACUGUGAAGGUCCUUGAUAAACCAGGUGCACCCACUGGACCACUGAGAGUCACUGGGCUGACUGCCGACAGAUGCUUCCUAUCUUGGACUGAUCCUUCUCUGGAUGGUGGUGCAGCUAUAAGUCACUAUAUUCUGGAAAAGAGAGAGACCAGUCGGUUAUCCUGGACUGUGGUUAACGCAAAUAUUCAAGCUACAAAUUUCAAAGUGAUCAACCUACUGGAAUUGAAUGAAUAUAUCUUCAGGGUUAGGGCUGUGAACAAAUAUGGCAUUGGUGAUCCUUUGGAGUGUGAGGCAGUAACUGCACGCAAUCCAUACAAGCCUCCAAGUGCACCCGGAACACCUGAAGCAAGUAAAAUAACAAAGGAUUCUAUGGUCCUAUCAUGGUCAAAGCCAGAGAACAAUGGUGGAGCAGAAAUCGACUGCUACCAUCUUGAGAAACGUGACAAGGAUGGUGUAAGGUGGACCAAAUGCAACCGGCAGCCAUUGACUGAUCUACACUUCAAAGUGACUGGGCUUUUGGAUGGUCACUUCUAUGAAUAUCGUGUUUCUGCAGAGAAUGAAGCUGGAGUGGGAGAUCUGAGCGAACUCUCCCUGUUCUACAGAGCAUGCAAUGCUACAACAGCACCUGGACCACCACACCAUCCUAAGGUGACAGAUCACACCAGCUCGACUGUGUCCUUGACUUGGGGCAAACCCGCUUCUGACGGUGGAGCAUACAUCAAAGGGUACAUCGUUGAAAUGAGAGAGGUGACAGAAGAGGAGAGGAAAGCAAUGGAAGAGGAAAAGAAAAGGAAAGAAGCAGCAGCAGCAGAAGAAGAGUAUUCGGAAGAAGAUGAGGAAGUGGAAACAGCAGCAGUAGAAGAGGUGAAAGAACCUCCUAAGGAGUAUGAAUGGACCAUUUGUACACCUCCAACUGGCAUCCAGGCGACACACCUCACUAUUAAGGACUUGAAGGCAGGACUAGAAUACAAAUUCCGUGUCUGUGCUAUCAAUUCAGAGGGAGUUGGUGAGCCUGCAGAUAUACAUGGCACUGUGAUUGCUGCAGAAAGAGUUGAGGCACCAGAGAUUGAACUGGAUGCCAACCUCAGGAAGGUUGUCUCUGUCCGUGCAGGUGGAUCUCUGCGUCUGUUUGUCACAAUCAGAGGAAGACCUGAACCUGAAGUUAAAUGGGCAAAGUUGGACGGCGAGCUGACAGAACGUGUCAUGAUAGAAUCCACAAGCUCAUAUACUAUGCUUGUAAUUGACAAUGUAAACCGAUUCGACAGUGGCAAAUACACAUUGAACCUUGAGAAUAACACUGGUGAAAAAUCUGCACUUAUCAAUGUCAGAGUGUUAGACACACCAAGUGCUCCACAGGCCUUUGCAGUCAAAGAUAUCAAAAAAGAUUCUGUAAAUCUUGUUUGGGAAACACCACUCACAGACGGUGGAUCAAAAAUAACCAAUUACAUUGUGGAGAAGCGAGAAUCCACCAGAAAGGCUUACACUGCCGUGACAACUAACUGCUUAUCUAAUUCCUUCAAGAUUGAUGAGUUGCCAGAGGGAUGCAUUUUCUACUUCCGUGUAUGUGCUGUAAAUGAGUAUGGCAUUGGGUUGAUGGCUGAAACCAAAAACCCAAUUAAAGUUUCUGAAGUGCCUAUGCCACCACGAAAUGUCAGAGUUACAGAUCUCACGAAAAACAGUGUAUCACUUGCCUGGGAAAAGCCAGCUCAUGAUGGUGGAAGCAAAGUAAUGUGCUACAACGUUGAGGUGCAAGGUAAGGAUGACAAGGGUACCCAGAAGUGGAAUCCUUCAUGCACAGUCAAAAUCCUGGAAACAACUAUUGCAAACCUAGUAGCAGGUGACGCAUAUUCAUUCAGAGUCAUUGCAAUCAACGAGAAGGGAAAGAGUGUACCAAAGGAACUUGGUCUACCUGUGACAACAAAAGAUAUUGCUAUUGAACCCUCAAUUGAGGUGUUAUUCAAUACUUACAGUGUGAAGGCUGGAGGUGAUCUUACAGUUGAAAUCCCAGUUAGGGGCCGACCUAAACCUGUUAUUGCAUGGAAACAUCAUGGCCUUCCUUUGAAGCAAACAAGCUCAUUGACAAUUCUGAAUACCAAGACCUCAUCCAAAAUUAUUAUAAAGGAGGCGGGCAGAGAACAUGUCGGAAAAUAUGAAAUUACUGCCGCAAACCCAGGUGGAUUGAAAAUAGCAGAGAUUGGAAUUAUUGUCCUUGACAAACCUGGUCCACCAACUACUAUCAAACCAACUGCUGUAACUUCAGACAGUAUUUCAUUGUCAUGGGCUCCACCAGAGUAUGAUGGUGGUUGCUGCAUCAACAACUACAUUGUAGAGAAGAGAGAUACAAACGCAACAGAUUGGCAAAUGGUCUCAGCAAAUGUUGCAACAACAGCAAUUAAAGCCUCCCGAUUGACAAAGGGUGCUGAAUACCAGUUCCGUAUCUAUGCUGUAAAUCGUUAUGGAAAGAGUCAACAUACAGAUUCCCGUGGAAUUACAGCCCAGUAUAACUUCAAGCUACCUGGCCCACCAUCGACUCCUAAAGUGGUACAUGCAACCAAGAUUUACAUGCUUGUCACAUGGAAUGAGCCAGUCAACGACGGAGGCAGCACAGUUCUUGGAUAUCAUUUGGAGCGAAAGGAGAGAACCAGCAUCAUCUGGAACAAGAUGAACAGAGGUCUCAUCAAAGAUACAGAAUACAAAGUGACUGGCAUUGAAGAGGGCAUGGGGUAUGAAUACCGCAUUUACGCUGAAAACAUUGCUGGAAUUGGAAAAUGCAGCAAAGCUAGUGAGGCUGUUUCUGCAAGAGAUCCAUGCGAUCCCCCUGGCGAGCCAACAGUGACAGGUAUCACAAGAACUUCGGUAUCCCUCGCUUGGAUGAAGCCAGAGUACGAUGGUGGAGCCAAGGUUACUGGUUACAUUAUUGAACGCAGAGAUCUCCCAGAAGGCCGCUGGAUGAGGUGUAACUUCACCAACGUGGUGGAAACCUACUAUGACGUCACAGGCCUUACCAAGGACCAGCAGUAUGACUUCCGUGUCAUUGCAAAGAAUGCUGCUGGAUGCUUCAGUGACCCAUCUGAUUCCACUGGUUCAAUCACAGUCAAGGAUGAUGUGGAUCCACCACGUAUCAUGAUGGACGUGAAGUACAGAGCUGUUGUAGUUGUGAAAGCCGGAGAUGUUCUUAAAAUCAAUGCAGAUGUCGCUGGUCGUCCACUGCCAGUAGCAUCAUGGAAAAAAGAUGGCAAAGAGAUCGAGCUCAGGGCCAGAAUUCAGAUUCUUGCAACAGAUACCAGCACCUCAGUAAUUGUGAAGGACUGCAUUAGGCGUGAUUCUGGACAAUAUACUUUGACUCUGCAAAAUGUUGCCGGAACAGUAUCUACACCAGUGGAUGUUGUGAUCCUGGAUAAGCCAGGACCUCCCGCUGGCCCCCUGGCGACUACAGGCAUUACAGCAGAAGAUGUCACCUUAGCAUGGGGUCCUCCUCAAGAAGCAGGCGGCGCAGAUAUCACACACUACGUUGUUGAGAAACGUGAAACAAGCCGUCUUGCUUGGACAGUGGUGAAUGCAGAUCUGAACAAGACACAUUUCAAGGUCACAAAUCUCCUCAAGGGUAAUGAAUACAUCUUCAGGGUCAUGGCCGUUAAUAAGUAUGGACUUGGCGAAACCCUUGAGAGUGAGGUCGUCAAAGUGGCUGAUCCAUUCACAAAACCAUCUGCUCCCACAAAUUGUGAGAUCACGGAGGUAUCCAGUGAGGAGAUGAAGCUUGUCUGGCAGAAACCUGUUUCAGAUGGAGGCAGUGAAAUUACUGGAUAUGUAAUUGAAAGGCGCGACACGGCAGGUAUACUCUGGGUCCGUGUGAACAGAGAGCUUGUGACUGAAUUGACAACCAUAGCAACUAAACUACGAAAAGGAUAUGAAUAUGUGUUCCGCGUGUUUGCUGAAAACGCUGCUGGUUUGAGUCCUCCAAGUGAAGCAUGCCCAUCGUUUAGGGCUGAAGAUGAACAGGUCGAGCCAGACCCACCAAGUAAACCAAAGGUUGUUGAUUCAACCAAGAGUUCAAUCUCCAUCAUUUGGAACAAGCCACUAGAAGAUGGUGGAGCUCCAAUCCUUGGAUACUGUGUGGAGUAUAAGAAACUUAAGGACGAGGAAUGGACAGUGGCCAUUCAGAACCUGAAGAGCAUGGAGUUCACCGUCUCUGGACUUACAGCAGAUGAAGAAUAUGAGUUUGCUGUUAAGGCAAUAAACAAGAUUGGUGAAAGCGAGCAAAGUCCAAUUUCUGAGCCUAUCGCAGCAAUGGAUAGAACUGUGGAGCCUAUGUUUGAUGUUGACAUAGAAAUGCGCAAGACAUUGAUUGUCAAGCAUGGCAACGCAUUCACUCUGACUGUACCUUAUAAGGGAAAACCUGCACCAUCAGUAGAAUGGAGCAAGGAGGAAGUAGACCUCAAGGCAAGAGCAACCAUUGAAACAAAUCACAGCUGCACUUCACUAACAAUUGAAACGGCAUCAAGAAAUGACUCUGGACAGUACAAUGUAACAUUAGAGAAUGGCAUUGGAGACCCAGUAACAUUACCAAUAGUUGUAAAGGUUCUUGACUCUCCUGGACCACCACUUAAUGUAGUUGUUAAGGAUGUCACCAAAGACACUGCUACCGUUACAUGGGCAGCUCCAGAAAAUGAUGGAGGUGAUGCUGUGAAGGCCUACCAUGUUGAGAAACGUGAAGCCAGCAAAAAGGCAUGGGUGGGUGUGACCAACAACUGCCACGCGUUGUCCUACAAAGUGGAAGAUUUACAAGAGGGAGCCUUCUAUUACUUCAGAGUCAUGGGAGAAAACGAAUUUGGAGUGGGUGUAGCUGCUAUCCCCAAGAAUGGAACAAAGAUUACAGAAAAACCAAGUCAACCUCAAAAGCUUGGGGCUAUUGCAGUAACCAAGGACAGUGUUACAAUCGGAUGGAUUAGACCAGAACACGAUGGUGGAAGCAGAGUAACUCAGUACUUCAUUGAAGCACUUGAGAAAGGACAACCCAAAUGGUCGAAGGUUACUCUUGUGAACACAACUUCCUUCCAAAUCAAAAACUUGAAGGAAAAUGCUGAAUACUUCUUUAGAGUUAGUGCUCAGAAUCAUGCUGGACUCGGCGAACCCAAAGAGAUGAUCGUUCCUGUUGUAGUGAAAGAUCAACUGGAGGCCCCAGAUUUUGACAUGAAAAACUACCCCAGCAAUACUGUCUAUGUGAGAUCAGGAUCAAAUCUGACCUUUGAGCUUCCUAUGACCAGCAAACCUUUGGCAAAGGUUAUUCUGUCAAGAAACACUGUUAUUCUGAAACCGUCCAAGAGAUUGGUCACUCAAGUUACUGCUGAAAGCCUGAUCAUCAAACUAAAUGAGAGCAUUGCAAGUGAUGCUGGCAGAUAUGACAUCAGCGCCUCCAAUACAAGUGGUAUCACCAAGAUGUUCAUCAACAUCGUUGUGUUGGAUAGACCUGGUCCUCCAACUGGUCCUAUUGAGGUUGGCGAAGUGACUGAAUCCACAGUGGCUCUCAAAUGGGCUCCUCCUGUGUAUGAUGGUGGCAGCCCAGUUACCAACUACGUUGUACUGAGACGUGAAACAAGCACACCUGCUUGGACUGAAGUGUCUUCUCAGGUUGCGAGAAGUGCCAUAAAGGCCGGCAAGCUUACCAAAGGAGAGGAAUAUCAGUUCAGAAUCAAGGCAGAGAAUCGCUUUGGUAUCAGUGACCACAUUGACACCCCACCAAUCACAGUGAAACUUCCAUACACAUUCCCUGGUCCUCCAUCAACACCAUGGGUAACCAUGGUUUCAAGAGAGAGCAUUACAGUCAAUUGGAACGAGCCUGUCACAGAUGGAGGAAACACUGUCACGGGCUACCACCUGCAGAUGAAAGAGAGAAGCAGUAUUCUGUGGCAAAAGGUCAACAAAGUAGCAAUCAUUGGAACACAGCUGAGAGUAACAAACAUCUGCCCUGGCCUCAUCUACGAAUUCAAGGUGAUAGCAGAAAAUGCAGCUGGUAUCGGAAAAAUCAGCAAAACAUCAGAAGAGGUGCUCGCCAUUGAUAACUGCGAGCCCCCGGCAGCUGUAAGAGUCUCUGAGAUCACAAAGAACUCCAUCAGUCUGGCCUGGGUUAGGCCGCCUUAUGAUGGUGGCAGCAAGAUCAUUGGAUACAUGGUGGAGAGGAAGGACUGCCCAGAUGGCAGAUGGACAAGGGCAAACUUCACUAACGUGAUUGAGAUGAACUUCACAAUGUCAGGCUUGACCCAGAAUGAAUCCUAUGAGUUCAGAGUUUACGCAAAGAACGCAAUCGGUUCUAUCAGCAAUCCAUCUGAUGUCGUCGGUCCAAUCACUUGUGUCGAUUCAUGUGGUGCCCCUGCGAUCGAUCUUCCUCCAGAGUAUUUAGAUGUUGUGAAAUACAAAGCCGGAUCCAUGGUUAAGAUCAGAGUGGGGAUUCUUGCUAAGCCUCUGCCAACAAUUGAGUGGUACAAGGAUGGAAAAGAAAUGGUGUCAAGCACUACACUCUCCAUCGAGAGCACUACUGAUUCCUCUAGUCUUCUCAUCAAGGACGCAACUCGUAGCCACACUGGCACAUAUGAAAUAAAGAUCAAAAAUGCUCUGGGUUCGGCAUCUGCCACCAUCAGGAUAGAAGUUCUAGACAAACCUGGACCACCUCCUGGCUUGAUUCAGUUUAUGCUAGUCACAGCAGACAAGAUCAUUCUUAAGUGGGAGCCAAUCACUGAUGAGGGUGGUGCUAAGGUCAGCCAUUACGUUGUGGAGAAACGUGAAACCAGCAGAGUGGUAUGGUCUACCGUGUCUGAGAGACUAGAAGAGUGCUACAUAGGUGUCAUGAAGUUGGUACGAGGAAAUGAGUACAUUUUCCGUGUAAGGGGUGUCAACAAGUUCGGAAAUGGAGAGCCCCUGGACUCGGAGCCUGUUGUUGCCAAAAAUUUAUUUGUUACCCCAGGACAGCCUGCCACACCAGAGGUAACAACUACAACCAAAUCAACAAUGGUAGUUGUAUGGGACAAACCAGGUGUGGAUGGCGGUAGUCAAGUAACUGGCUACUACCUUGAGAGGCGUGACAAGAAGAGCCUUCGCUGGAUAAAGGUCUUGAAAGAUCCGAUUAAGAACAACACUACGACUAUCUUUAACCUAACAGAAGGCAAUGAAUAUCAAUACCGUGUGUGUGCGAUCAACAAAGCCGGAGAGGGCCCCUUCUCAGAUGUGUCUGACUACUACAAAGCAGCUGAUCCAGUUGAACCACCAUAUGAACCUACCAAGCUCAAAGUGGUUGACUCAACCAAGACAUCUAUCACCCUUGGAUGGGCCAAGCCAGAGUGGGAUGGAGGCAGUGAGAUCCUCAGCUACGUUGUUGAACAGCUGACAGACGUGGAGGGUCUACGACGCAAACCACCCAAAGAAGAAUCAUCUGAAUCAGAAGAAGAAGAGGAGGAAGAAGAAGCAGACAAUGGAGAAUGGGUUGUAAUCAGCCAGAAGGGAGAAGUGAGGACAGCAGAGUACGUUGUGUCCGGCCUAACACCAGAUGUUGACUACUACUUCCGUGUAUCUGCAGUCAACAUUGCAGGGCGUGGAGAGGCCAUUAAGAUGAAAGAGCCUGUUCAUGCUAAGGACAUUCUGGAGGAAGCUAUCUUCGAUCCAGAUGUUGCCAUGAGAACACACUACAUCGUAAAAGCCAAGCAGGAUGUGGAGAUCACAGUGCCCCUCAAGGGCAGACCUGCACCUAGUGCUACUUGGAUGUUCGGAGACGAGAACAUCGACAAUAAUAAAAAAUAUGAAAUCCACCACACAGAUUCUACAUCAACCCUUGUUAUUCCAGAAGUCAGCCGUAAUGACACUGGUAGGUACACUGUGAAGAUUGAAAACGGUGUAGGAGAGCCAAAGUCAAUGACACUGUCUGUGAAGGUUCAAGACUCACCAGCUGUCUGCACGAACCUGGUAUUGAAGGAUGUCACUCGUGGUAAAGUAACCAUGUGCUGGGAAGAACCUGAACUUGAUGGUGGUGCUGAUAUUACCAAUUACAUCAUUGAAAAGAGAGACUCAUCCAAGAGAUCCUACUCUAGUGUGACAACCAAAUGCACAGAACAAUUUUAUACCAUUGAAGAUCUCUCAGAGAAAACAUCCUUCUUCUUCCGUGUAUCAGCAGAGAAUGAAUUUGGAAUAAGUGAUCCUUGCAGCACAGUUGAACCAGUAAAAGCUACAGAAACUCCUGGUCCAGUCAAAGAAGUUGCUAUGAAGGAUGCCUCAAAGACCUCUGUAACACUGCAGUGGGUGAAGCCUGAUUAUGAUGGUGGAAGCAUCAUAUCUGACUACGUCAUUGAGAAGAGACUCAAGGAUGAAGAGGACUGGGCAGCUGCCGGCUGCAGCAAACAAUGUGAACACGAAGUACCAAAACUCAAAGAAACCUCACAAAUGAAUUUCAGAGUUGCCGCCAGAAAUGAAAAGGGGAAGGGUGACUUCAUUGAAAUUGGACCAAUUGAAGUGAAGGACUUUGUCAUCCCACCAGAGGCCAACCUGGAUGAGUAUCCAGGCGGGGAAAUCAGUGUCCGUGUGGGCCAUAAUGUACACAUUGAGUUACCCUAUAAGGGUAAACCCAAACCUGCCACGUAUUGGCUUAAGGACAAUAUGCCACUGAAGGAGAGCGAACUAGUACGCUUCAGGAAAACAGACAACAAAGUUGUUCUCAUGAUCAAGAACGUGAAACCAGAGCAUGGUGGGAAAUACACACUUACGCUUGAUAACAGGGUGUACAGGAAAUCCUUCAACGUUUUUGUCAUAACUCGCGGACCACCAUCAAAGCCUGUCGCACCCAUCAACUUUGAUGAGGUCAGAGCAGACAGUGUCACAAUAUCCUGGGAGGAGCCAAAUGACUACGGAGGUGGAGAAAUCACUUGCUACUCUGUAGAGAAGCGCGACACAUCUCAGAAUGACUGGAAGAUGGCAUGCUCUAGUGUCACUGACACAACAUUCAAGGUGCCCAACUUGAUCAAGGGAAUAGGGUACCAGUUCAGAGUGCGUGCUGAGAACAUAUAUGGAGUCAGUGAGCCACUGGUGUCACCAAGCGUUGUCGCUAAACAUCAGUUCAGGCCUGCAGGUCCACCAGGAAAGCCUGUUGUGUACAACGUCACCAACGACGGAAUGACCAUUCAGUGGGAGCUGCCCGUCUUCAAUGGUGGCUGUCCAGUCAAGGGCUACCAUGUUGAGAAGAAGGAGAAGAACAGUGUCAUGUGGCAGAAGGUCAACACUGUGGCUAUCCCUGGAACAGACUAUAGAAUCCUUGGCCUUAUUGAAGGACUGGAAUAUCAAUUCAGAGUCUACGCUCAGAAUGAUGCCGGAUUCAGCCGCAAGAGUGACGAAAGCAACACCACCAUGGCAGUUUCUCCAGUUGAUCCACCUGGUCAACCUGACUACACUGAUGUGACCAGCAAUUCUGUUGCACUGAAAUGGGAUGCACCCAAACGUGAUGGAGGCAGCAAGAUUGUGGCUUACAAUGUUGAAAAACGCCAAGGACAGGGCCGCUGGCUGAAGAGCAACUUCACUGAUGUCCACGACACCCAGUUUACUGUCACUGGUCUUGCUUGCAAUGAACGCUAUGAGUUCAGAAUUAUUGCAAGAAAUGCUAUUGGCGUAGUGAGUCCCCCAUCUAACUCAUCUGGACACAUCGUGGUCAGAGAUGAAAGUGCUUCUCCAAACAUUGAGUUUGGCCCGGAGUAUUUUGAGGGACUCACAAUCAAGGCAGGAGACAACAUGAGACUAAAGGUAUCGAUCACUGGACGACCACAGCCCAAGGUUGUGUGGUUCAGAGACGGCUUGCAAAUCACCAAGUCGAUGAUGGACACCACCACAGUUGCUGGAUCAAGCAUGCUCUUUGUACGUGAUGCUGACCGCAGUCACAAAGGAACUUACACAGUGGAAGCCACCAAUAGCCAAGGAACCAAGAAGGAGGAUAUCAUUGUCCAAGUCCAUGAUACUCCUGGAGAGCCGGUGGGACCUAUCAUUUUCAGUGAUAUCUCUGAAGGAAAAGUGACCAUCACAUGGAAUCCACCGGAGAACGACGGCUGCUCUGACAUCUCUCACUACAUUGUUGAGAAGCGUGAGACCUCUAAGAUCUCAUGGGCACUUGUCUCGGAUUGCUGUAAAGAAACAGUAUACCACGCCACCAAGCUGAUGAAGACCAAUGAGUACCAGUUCCGUGUUUCUGCUGUCAACAGGUUUGGUACCGGCCGACCAUUGGAUUCAAGUCCCAUCAUUGCACAAAUGCAAUACACUACUCCUGAUGCACCUGGCACACCUGAUUCCACUGCAGUUUCUGGAGACAGUAUCACACUGGCAUGGGAAGCAUCCACAUCUGAUGGAGGCAAUCCUAUUCAGUACUACAUUGUUGAAAAACGCGAGAAGAAGACUGUCCGCUGGGACAAGGUGAGGUCAAAGAAGCCCAUUGUGGAGCCUGCUCACCGGGUGGAUCAUCUCACUGAAGAUAUGGAGUAUGAGUUCCGUGUGAUGGCAGUAAACAACGCCGGUAUUGGAGCACCCAGUAACAUCUCAAUGGCCAUUAAAGCCAGUGAGCCAAAAGAUAUUGCAUGCGCUUCAUCUGUGGUUCAUGUAACCGACUCUACAGAUACAACUAUCAGUUUGGAAUGGACAAAGCCUAAAGACGAUGGUGGCAGUUCCAUCCAUGGAUACGUCAUUGAGUUGCACAAGGUAUCUAAGGAAGAACUAAAAGAAAUACUAGCUAAACCUAAGAAGGUGGUAGACAGCUCAGAAGAGGAGGAGGAGGAGGAGGAGGAAGAGAAAGAAGAGGAUACCAGAGAAUGGAUCAGAAUCAAUGAGGAUCUGGUCAAUGAUACAAAAUACAUUGCAACUGGUUUGGAAACUGGUUCAUACUACCUGCUUCGUGUUUCUGCCCAGAAUAGUAUUGGAAAGGGAGAGGAGCAAGAGAUUCCUGAGCCAGUACAGGCUGUUGACAGACACGUAAAACCUGACGUUGAUAUUGACGCUACCUUCAAACAUACACACAUUGUGAAGAAGGGAGGCACCGUCUGUCUCCGUAUCGCUUACAAAGGAAAACCAAUUCCUUCAGUUAAAUGGAGUAAAGAAGAUGAAGAAGAACUUGGUGUCAUGACAGAUAUUACGACUACAGAGACCUACACUGCUCUGACGAUAGAAAAGUGUACCAGAUACGAUUCUGGAAGAUACACUCUUACUCUGGAGAACAGCAGUGGUGUAAGGGAAGUUGAUUUCAUUGUAAAGGUGUUGGAUACACCUGGACCUCCAGGACCUAUUGCCUUUGCAGAAGUGUCCAGAGGAGCACUGACACUGGUUUGGGAACCUCCAGCAAAUGAAGGUGGAGCUCACGUUCAACAUUACAUUGUAGAGAGGCGUGAGGCAAGUCGCCGUACCUGGAACCAAUCCGGUGGCAAGGUCACUGCGCUAUCCUUACAUAUCCAGGAUCUUCUGGAAGGUGUUCCCUACUUUUUCAGAGUUUCAGGAGAGAACCAGUACGGUAUUGGUGAACCUUUUGAGACGAUAGAUCCCAUUAUUGCUACUGCAGAGCCUUCUUCACCAAUGAGAUUGGAUGUUGUGGACGUCACAGACACUACAGCAACACUCUCCUGGGUCAAACCCGAGCAUGACGGUGGUAGUCGUAUCACAGGCUACAUCAUUGAGCAUAAGGCAAAGACCACAGAUAAAUGGGUCGUUGGUGGUGAGACCAAGAACGAGAGCAUCACUCUAGAAUUAUGUAGGACUGCAGAGUAUGAGUUCCGCGUUAAGGCAAAGAAUGAUGCAGGCAACAGCUUACCAAGAGAAGCACUAUCCUCAGUGUUAAUCAAAGAGCCACAGAUAGAACCAACUGCAGAUCUCAGUGAAAUAUCUAACCAGGAGGUCAUCUGUAAAGUGGGUAAUACCUUUGCCAUCGAUGUUCCCAUCACUGGUAGACCAGCACCGAAGGUAAUCUGGAAACUGGAGGAGAUGAGGCUGAAGGACAGUGAAAGGGUUGCAAUCAAGACUGUCAAAAACAGGACAACUCUGUCUAUCAGAGACGCCAUGAGGGGCGAUGGUGGCAGAUACUUCCUCAGUCUUGAAAAUUCUGCUGGAUCCAAGACGUUCUUCGUUACUGUCAAUGUCAUUGGAAGACCUGGUCCCCCCCUUGGACCCGUUGAAGUUUCAUCCAUAACAUCAGAAUCAUGUGAGAUUGCUUGGGAAGCACCAGAGGAUGACGGUGGAACAGAUAUCACCAACUACAUCGUUGAGAAGCGUGAAUCUGGCUCCACUGCCUGGACACUCAUCAACUCCAGUGUGAAACGCACCAACCUCAGUGUGGGACAUCUAACAAAGUACAUGCAAUACACCUUUCGCGUCAGUGCUGAGAACAGAUUUGGCACAAGCAAAUCAACUGAAUCUGAGACCAUUGUCGCUGAGAAUCCAUUCGGUCCUUCUGGUGCACCAACCAGACCUUCUGUAUACAACGUGGCUUCCACCACCUGCCACAUUCGCUGGGAGGAGCCAUACCACGAUGGCGGCAGCAAGGUGACUGGAUACUGGAUUGAAAAGAAAGAACGAAACAACAUCCUUUGGGUGAGGGAGAACAAGAUCCCAUGCUUUGAAUGUGACUACAGAGUGGAGGGACUUAUUGAAGGCCUUUCGUACCAGUUCCGUGUCUUUGCAAUGAACAGCGGUGGCCUCGGCAAAGCUAGCGAGGCAUCCAAGCCUAUGGUGGCUCAAAAUCCAGUUGAUCCUCCUGGUAGACCAGAAGUAACUGAGGUAGGCAGAUCUACAGUGUCCAUCAAAUGGUCUACACCACUUGACGAUGGUGGCUUCCCAAUUGUGGGUUACAUUGUUGAGCGCAAGCCAUACACCAUCACUGGCGAAGGUCGCUGGCUGAAGUGUAACUACACCAAUGUCACAGAAAAUAACUUCUCAAUCACUGCACUUGGUGAAGGAGAGGUCUACGAGUUCCGAGUCAUUGCCAAGAACUCCAACCAAGUUUUCAGUAUGCCUUCAGAGUCAACCGGCGCAGUCACAUGCAAAGCAGAAUACACUCCUCCAAAGGCAGACCUUGACAGCAAACUUCUGGUUGACACGGUUACAAUCAGAGCCGGCUCAGACCUUGUUCUGGAUGCUGCUGUUGGUGGUAAACCUGACCCCAAAGUGUUCUGGGCCAAGGGAGAUAAGGAACUGGAGCUGUGUGAAAAGUACUCCCUGCAGUACACCAGCACACGUGCCAUGGCCAUUAUCAAAUUCUGUGACAGAGAUGAUACCGGGAAGUACGUUCUCACUGUAAAGAACGCCAGUGGCAUCAAGUCAGCCGAAGUUAACGUGCAAGUACUUGAUACACCCGGUGCUCCUGACGGCAAAAUCACCAUCAGCCAUAUUUCUGAAGAGAAAUGCACUGUGUCUUGGAAACCCUCUCUGGAGAGUGGUGGUGACCCGGUGACACAUUACAUUGUUGAGAGACGCGACACCAACAGACUCAACUGGGUGAUCAUGGAAGCUGAGUGCAAGGAACACACCUGUGAGAUCACCAGACUGUUCAAAAACACAGAGUACCUCUUCCGCGUGAGAGGUGUCAACAAGUAUGGAUCCGGCGUUCCACUGCAAUCUGGUCCUAUCAUCGCCAGAAACAUGUUCACUGUCCCAUCUGCUCCUGGCACACCAGAGAUUCUUGCUGUAGGAAAAGAUUUUGCUAGUAUUGAAUGGUUAAAACCAGAGAGCGACGGUGGCAGUCCUAUAACUGGCUAUCUGAUUGAGAAACAUGAAAAGAAGAGUGCCAGAUGGAUCAAGGUGAACAGAGAUGCCACACUUAUGGACACAAGCUUCAAGAUAACUAGCCUCGUGGAGGGCAACAUCUACCAGUUCCGUGUAUCAGCUGUCAACAAGGCUGGUGAGAGUGAACCCAGUGAGCUGUCUCUCUAUGCUGUCUGCAGAACGCCAACAAGUACUCCUCCACCUCCCACAAUUCCACGUAUUAUUGAUACUACCAAGGACAGUGUCAGCCUUGCUUGGACCAGACCCUUGGAGGACGGAGGUUCUGAUAUCAUUGGAUACGUUCUGGAGAAGCAAGAACAGGAGGAGGGAGCUGAGAAGCCGCCUGAGCCAAAACCGGAGAAGGUACCUGAGAAAGUCGUUUCGAAGGGAACCAGUCUAGGAGCCAAGAAAACAGUUGUGUUUGUGGAGGAAGAGUCGUCAGAGGAGGAAGGCGAUGAGGAAGAAGAGGAUGAGGAGGAAGAGGAUGAGGAGGAAGGUACAGGUGUGUGGGUUAAGGCCCAUGAGAAGAACCUGAGACUCACAGAACACAUUGUGACUGGCCUUACAACUGGAAAGAUGUACCGCUUCAGAGUGGCUGCAGUUAACUUCAAUGGAGUCGGUGAAUUUAGUAGAGCCUGCGCAGCAGUCGAGGUUAUCGAGAAAAUUGAAACUCCUGAUAUUGAGCUUCAUGAUGAUAUGACCAAGACCAUCUGCCUGAGAGCCGGAGGUUCUCUUCGUCUCUUUGCCACAGUCAUUGGACGACCAAUCCCUGCAGUUACCUGGAGCAAACCUGGUGUCGACCUCAACAACCGUGGCUUCAUUGAAGUCACUAAAACUUCCACACAAAUCAUUAUUGACAAAGUGCACCGCUAUGAUGCUGGCAAAUAUACCAUUGAGGCAAAGAAUGAAUCUGGCGAAAAGACUGCUACCAUUAUUGUCAAGGUCUAUGAUACUCCUGGUCCAACUGGCCCAAUUAAGGUCAAGGAACUUGAGAAGGACUCCAUUACCAUUGCAUGGGAUCCUCCUACUGUUGAUGGUGGAGCACCAGUGAAUAAUUACAUCAUUGAGAGACGAGAAGCAUCAAUGAGAGCUUACAAAACUGUGACAUCCAAAUGCAGCAAGACAUCAUACAAAAUCGACGGACUCUUCGAGGGAAUGCUGUAUUACUUCAGAGUCCUCCCAGAAAACCUGUACGGUGUGGGAGAGCCAUGUGAAACCCCUGAUGUCAUUUUGGUGUGUGAGGUGCCUUUGCCCCCUGCGACACUGGAGGUUCUGGAUAUCACCAAGACCACAGUAACACUUGGAUGGGAGAAACCAGAGCAUGACGGUGGAAGCAGACUCACAGGCUACAUCAUUGAAGCUUGUAAAUUUGGCACAGACAAAUGGAUGAAGGUGACAACAGUGAAGACGACUGACUUUGAGUUCACCAUGACUUCUUUGACUGAGAAAGAUCAGUUUAUGUUCAGAGUCAGAGCUGUUAACAGCAGGGGAGCCAGUGUACCAAAGGAGCUUGUUGCAGCCGUAACAGUCCAAGAACAAAGAGUUCUGCCAAAGGUUGAUCUGUCUAGCAUCCCACAGAAGUUUGUCAAUGUGUUGGCUGGUAAACCACUUGAGCUGCACUUGCCAAUAGUCGGUAGACCCCCACCAGUUUGCUCAUGGUACUUCAGUGGUCAGAAGCUGAAGAUCACUGAGCGUACGAAGAUUCAGACCACUGGAAAGUUCUCUAAGCUAACUGUGCUUGAUACUUCCAUCGAUGACAGCGGUAACUACACUCUUGAAGUGAAGAACGUCACAGGAGAGACAUCUGAGAUCAUUAAAGUGAUCAUUCUUGACAAACCUGAUGAGCCUAAAGGACCGGCCAGGUUUGAUGGGGUUGAUGCCACUUCAGUGACCAUCAGCUGGGAUCCUCCAGAGAGAAACGGAGGUGCCCCUGUCAGCGGCUAUGUUGUUGAGCAGCGUGAAGCCCACCGUCCUGGAUGGCUGCCAGUAUCUGAGUCUGUCAGUAGACCAACAUUCACCUUCGUCAAACUGACAGAAGGAGAUGAAUACAUGUUCCGUGUCGCAGCAGUCAAUCGCUACGGUGUUGGUAACUGGCUGCAGUCUGAAGUUGUGAUGUGCAAGAGCGCAACGAACAUCCCUGGACCUCCAGGCAGACCAGCAGUAUUUGACAUGUCUCGUGAUGGCAUGACCAUUGCAUGGCUGGAACCAGAGGAUGAUGGUGGAUCUGAGGUGUCUGGAUACAUCAUUGAGCGCAAGGAGGUCAGAUCUGACAGAUGGGUGCGUUCUAACAAGAACCCAGUCACCAUGACCAGAUACAGAUCAACAGGUCUGAUAGAAGGCCUUGAGUAUGAACAUAGAGUAACGGCAAUCAACGCUAGAGGUGUUGGCAAACCAAGUGUUGUCUCCUUAACAGCAGUGGCAACUGAUCCCGUUGAUCCACCUGGCUCACCCCAGAACCCAAGAGUCACAGACACCACAAAAUCAUCCGUGUCCCUGGCCUGGAGUCCUCCUGAUGAGGAAGGUGGAUGUAAGGUCUCAGGUUAUCUGAUUGAGAUGCAGAAAGCAGGCUCAGUCACCUGGAUCAAAUGUAACACAACACCUUCUCUGAUCUGUGAAUACACACUCACCAAAAUGCCCCAAGGAGAGGAGUUCAAGUUCCGUGUGAUGGCUUGCAACGCCGGUGGACCCGGAGAACCCGCUGAGGUCCCUGGAACAGUCACUGUGAAGGAAAUGCUUGAAAAACCUGAUCAUGAGCUGGAAGCCAAGUACAAGGAUAUCUUUGUCGUCAGAUAUGGCAGUGUUGUCAAACUCUCAGUGCCCAUCAAGGGUAAACCAGUUCCUACAUGCAAGUGGACAAAGGAAGGCGCUGAUGUGCCUGAGAGAGCAAUGAUCGCUUCCAAUGACGACUGCACUGAACUGGUAAUCAAGGGUGCAGAAAGAGUCGACUCUGGCACUUAUGACCUACUGCUUGAGAACAAGUGUGGCAAGAAGAACGUUCACAUCAAGGUGAAGGUUAUUGGCCGUCCAACUGCUCCAGAGGGACCACUUGGAUUCGAAGACGUCCAGGCACAAUCUGUUAAGUUGACAUGGAAGGCUCCUUCAGAUGAUGGUGGCACUGAAAUCCUUGGAUACAUUGUUGAGCGACAGCAGGUUCCAAAGACAGCCUGGUACACUGUAGAAACCAGGGUGGUGGACACAUCUUUCAUUGUGAAGGGACUCGAGGAGGGACAAGAGUAUCACUUCAAGGUGACAGCUGAAAAUACAUUCGGUAUCAGUGGAUCGCUGAAGUCAACAGAACCCCUCAUACCGAAGACUCCUCUCUGUCCCCCAGAGACAUCAAGCAUCCCACCAGAGGUUAUGGAUGUGACUAAGAGCUCUGCCUCUCUGUCUUGGUCAAGACCUAAGGAUGACGGUGGCUCUGCCAUUACCGGAUACUAUGUUGAGUACAAAGCAGUAUCCUCUGAGACAUGGGUUCGUCAUGAGAAGAAGGUCGUUUCAACCCAGUUUACCAUCCCUGGACUCACUGCUGAUGCUGAAUACCAGUUCCGUGUCAUUGCUCAAAAUUAUAUUGGAGACAGCGAACCAGGACCUGCAUCCGAACCAGUCACAUGCAAAGAUCCAUUCGACAAACCAAGCCAACCAGGCGAGAUUGACACAGUAACUGUCACAAAGGACGCAGUCGCCAUCAAGUGGGCGGCGCCAGAAUGCGAUGGUGGAAAGGAGGUCCUUGGUUACUGGGUUGAAUACAGGAAGUCUGCAGAGGCUACCUGGAAGAAAUGCAACAAGACACGCACCAAGGAGAAAAAGUUCACCAUAACUGGUCUGGCCGAAGCCACUGAGUAUGAGUUCAGAGUGAUGGCUGAGAAUGAGACCGGAAUCAGCAGACCACGCAGAACAGCCACAUGCAUCAAGACCAAACUGAGCACUGGAACUCAACCAAGCCUGAGGAAAGAAAUGGAUGAAGUUACGACUAAAUUAUACCAACCAGGAAUUAUGAAAUGCCAGAUUAUUGGUAGACCUCUUCCCGAUAUCAAAUGGUAUAAAUCUGGCAAGGAGAUAAUUGAGUCUCGUAAAUAUGAGAUGAGCUCUGAUGGCCGUAACCAUUCACUGACCAUUAUGACAGACCAACAAGAGGAUGAAGGAGAAUACACAUGCAAGGCUAUCAAUGAUGCAGGUGAAGCAGAGACCAGUGGCAUUCUCGUUUUGGAAACUGCUCCACAGUUCAAUCCUGACUUCCCAUUGAAGAAUACCUACUAUGCCGAAAGCGGCACUACUCUGCGUCUACAUGUUGCCUACAUUGGACGCCCUGAGCCUAAGAUCAUGUGGCUUUAUGGAGCUACAACUGUGGUGGCUUCUGAGAAUAUCAGCAUUGAAAACACAGAGCAUUACACUCACCUGGUGAUCAAGAAUGUGCAACGCAGGGUACAUGGAGGAAAAUACAGAGUCAGACUGCACAAUCACUUUGGCAGAGCUGAUACUCUCAUCAACGUUGAAAUCCAAGAUAAACCUGCAAUGCCUGAAGGUCCCAUUGUACUUGAUGCCCUGUUGAAGAACUCUGUGAUUAUUAGCUGGAAACCACCAAAGGAUGAUGGUGGAUCAAUGAUCACAAACUACAUCGUGGAGAAGCGUGAAGACAAGGAGGUUGAUGACUGGACACUCGUGUCCUCGUCCAUCACAGGCACAAACUGCCGCAUUGCCAACCUCGUAGUAAACGCUGGGUACUUCUUCCGUGUGUAUGCUCAAAAUCGUUAUGGCAACAGUGAGCCACUGGAGAUCCCUACUCCCAUCCUUAUCAAGAGUUCAAUGGAUAAACCUUCACCACCACUGAUGCCAGUGGUUUCUGGUGUGACUAACGUUUCCUGUGUGUUGUCCUGGAAGCCUCCACUCAUUGAUGGUGGCUCCAAGAUCAAGAGCUACUGCCUUGAGAAGAAGGAGAAGAAGGGCGAAUGGACACCUGUCACUACUGAUGAAAUCAAAUCCACAGUCUUUUCUGUCAAACGCCUCACUGAAGGAUGUGAAUAUAUCUUCAGAGUGAACUGUGAAAACCUUGGGGGAGUGAGUGAUUGGAGUGUGGAAUCUGAACCAGUUGUUCCAAAGACGCCUGUUGAUGUCCGUGCUCCCGCCUUCAAAGAAGAACUGAGGAAUAUGAGUGUCAAAUAUAAGAGCAACGCCACCUUUGUUUGCAAGAUCACAGGACAACCCAAGCCUGUAAUUAAAUGGUUCAGACGUGGCAAGGAGAUCCAAUCUGACGGAAAGAAACUGAAGAUUCAAGAGUUCAAGGGAGGCUAUCACCAACUGGUUAUCUCUGCUGCUGAUGAGGAAGACUCUACUGUCUACCAGAUCAGAGCAACCAACCAGGGUGGAUCCAUUUGCACCACUGUCUCUCUGGAUGUUGAAGUCCCUGCCAAGAUUAACCUGCCCAAGAAUCUGAAGGACAAAGAGGCUAUCCCUGCCCUCCGUGGAGAGAUUGUGAAUAUCAAGAUUCCAUUCAGUGGCAAACCUGAUCCUGUCAUCACCUGGCAGAAGGGACAAGACCUCAUUGAUAACAACGGAUACUACCAAGUCAUCGUCACAAGGUCAUUCACAUCGCUCGUGUUCCCCAACGGAGUUGAUAGGAAGGAUGCCGGUUUCUACAUCGUUUGUGCCAAGAACAGAUUUGGUAUUGACCAACAGACAGUUGAACUGGAUGUUGCCGAUGUACCCGACCCACCACGUGGUAUCAAAGCAAGUGAUGUUUCUAGAGACUCAGUCACUCUGAGUUGGCAAGUACCUGCUAAUGAUGGUGGAAGCAGAGUAGCCAGCUAUGUUGUGGAGAAGUGUCCCACAACAUCUGACAGAUGGGAACGUGUUGCCCAGUCUCGUGAUACUCGCUACACCAUCAUCAACCUGUUCGGAGGAACCAGCUACCAGUUCAGAGUCAUAGCCGAGAACAAAUUCGGUCAAAGUCAACCAUGUGAACCAAGUAGUCCCGUUACAACAAAGGAGGACAAAUCAAGAGUCCUUGGCUAUGACAGCGAGGUUAGUGACAGAGAUGUUCCCAAGCAAAAGGCUCCACAUUCAUGUGCCAAGAAUGUGCAUACCAAGUACAUGAUUGCUGAGGAGCUGGGCCGUGGCCAGUUUGGUAUCGUUCACCGUUGUGUUGAGACCAGCUCUAAGAGGACAUACAUGGCCAAAUUCGUCAAGGUGAGGGGUGCAGAUCAAGCAUUCAUCAAGAAAGAAAUUGCUACACUUAACCUGGCCAGACACAACAACUUCUUGUGUCUUCAUGAGUCCUUCGACAGCACUGAGGAAUUAGUCAUUAUCUAUGACUUCGUCUCAGGUCAAGACAUCUUUGAACGCCUCGGCACAGCCGACUUUGAGCUGAAUGAGCGUGAAAUCGUCAACUACAUCAGACAAGUAUGUGAAGCUCUUGAGUUCUUACACGACAAGAUUUAUGGCCACUUUGACAUCAGGCCUGAAAACAUUGUGUACACCACAAGAAAGGGCAGUAAAGUCAAGAUCAUUGAGCUAGGACAGGCAAGACACCUGACUCCUGGCGACCAGAUCAAGGUUCAGUAUACUACAGCUGAGUACGCUGCUCCUGAGAUCCACCAGAAUGACAUGGUCAGCAGUGUUACUGACAUGUGGCCAGUAGGUGUUCUAGUCUAUGUCCUUCUCAGUGGACUCAAUCCAUUUACUGCCGAGACUCAUCAGCAGAUGAUUGACAACAUCUCAAAUGCUGAAUACAGUUACGAUGACGAAACCUUCAAAGUACCUUCUGUUGAAGCAUUAGACUUUAUCAACCGCCUUCUCACCAAGGAGCGCAAGCACCGUAUGACUGCUGCCCAAGCUUUAGAACAUCCUUGGCUAAAGAUGCAAGCAGAAGUACUCAGUGCCACAGCAAUAAUAACCACAAGGCAUAAGAGAUACUACCAGGCCAUGGCAAAGAAAGAAUGGGCCACUGUCGUUGCAGGAGCAAGAGUUGCUAGCGGCGGUGCAAUCAGAGCCCAGAGAGGUGUCACAGUUGCCAAAGUAAAGAUCGCACCAUUUGAACAUGGCCCAGUCGGUGGUCAAAUCAUUCAUACAGUGGUGGAUGUGGGAGCAGAUGUCAAAUUUGCUUGCAACAUUGAAAACUAUGACAGUGCCACAGAGGUAACAUGGUACUGCGGUGUGCGUCAACUAGAGGCAAGUGACAAGUAUGAAAUCGACUAUGAGGAUGGUCUAGCUGUUAUAUGUAUCAAGGGAGUCACGAAAGCAGAUGACGGCACCUAUAGAUGCAAGAUCAUCAACGAUUAUGGUGAGGACAGUGCCUACGGAGAGCUCUUUGUAAACGGAGUCAGAUCAUACCGCGAGUACUUCACAGCCCGUGUGGUGAGGAAAGUGAAACGUAGAGUGGACACAGCAAGACUGCUCCAGAAACCACCAGAGUUCACCCUGCCCUUGUUCAACCAUGCAGCUUACAUCGGAGAAGAUGUUCGAUUCGGUGUGACUAUCACUGUGCAUCCUGAGCCUCGUGUUACAUGGUACAAAUCUGGCCAGAAGAUUGUUCCUGGUGAUGAUGAGAAAAAGUAUACGUUCAUAACCGACAAGGGUCUUUAUCAAUUGGUGAUUCACUGUGUUGAUGCUGAUGACGAUGCGGAGUACUCAGUUGUGGCCCGUAAUAGAUUUGGUGAUGACAGCUGUAAGGCAAAACUGGCUGUGACACCUCGCCCAGCACCAGCAGACAAUACCUUGAGGCCCAUGUUCAAACGUCUCCUGGCAAACGUGGAGUGUAGGGAAGGCCAGAAUGCACGCUUUGAAAUCAGAGUGUCAGGACUCCCAACUCUGAAGUGGGAGAAAGAUGGCAUGCCAUUGGCAUUUGGUCCACAAAUUGAAGUGGUCCAUGAGGGCCUGGAUUACUUUGUCCUGCAUGUGAAAGAUACUCUACUUAACGAUUCUGGCUGUUACAGAGUUACUGCAACCAACUCAGCUGGAUCUGCCAGUUGUCAAGCCAUUCUCAAGGUGGACCGCAUCACCCAUGUGAAAAAGGUUUACGAGAGUGAAAGAGACAAAAAGAAACAAGCAGAGAAAGAACAAAUCGAGAAGAAGGUCAGAUUAUCUCAAAUCAUGUCUGGAACUGAUGUCAUGCCACUUCCUACUUUGGCACAACAAGCUUUGAGAGAAGCGACAUUGUUGUGCCAACCGGUAGAGGCAACCAAAAAGGACAAGACUGAAGCCGAAGAUAAGAAACGGGCAGAAGAAAGGAAAAAGAGAGCAGAGGAGAAGAGACUGCGUAUGCCUUAUGAUGUUCCCCAACCUCGUGAACGUGGCCCAACUGCUCUUUUGGAAGAUAUGGAAAUCAAACACUACAAACCUUGCUCUGACAUGAAAUGGUACAAGAAACUCCGCGAUCAAUAUGAGUUCCCUGAACCAAUGGACAAGAUUUCACAGAAGAGACUGAAACGCAUCCGUCUCUCCAGGUGGGAUCAGUUCUACGAAGUCCCUCUGCCAAGAAUCAAGGAAUCUUACAAGCCAAAGUGGCGUAUUCCACAAGUUUCACAGGAUGAUUUGGAGACUGUCAGACCUUCAAGGCAGCGCACUCCAUCUCCUGAAAUAGAAGCAUAUCACAGAAUCAGAAGAAGGUCUCUUGGUGAUCUCUCAGACGAGGAGCUUCUCCUGCCAAUUAAUGAAUAUCUGGCAAUGAAGAGAACUGAGGAGGAGAGACUUCAACUUGAGGAAGAACUAGAACUUGGCUACUCUGCAUCCCCACUAAGCCUUAGCCCUGUACGCUUUGAAUUAGGUGCACUGCGCCACACAUCACCAAGACGCACAGUCUAUGAAGAUGUGGGUGAGGGUGAAGAGGUUCCAUUAUAUGAAAACUAUCGUAUUCCUUCUAAGUAUGAGGCUGGUCCAAGCUAUGUUGACCUUCGCCUGCGCCAUGACAAGGCUACAUUCCGACCGCCAAGACAAAACCAGAGAGUGUUGGAGGAGAGGGAGGAUCGAGAGAUGCUGAGAAAUGUGAAAACGACUCAAAGAAUAACCGGUUACAAGAGUGAACUGAAACACAUGGAGUUUGAAGAAAAAACUAGAACCGUGAAGAAAGACAGAACUACAACUUCCCAUGUGUCAACAUAUAUAGCAACUAAAACUGAGGGGAGAAGGUCACCCACCCCCGAAAGAACCCGUCCGCGUUCCCCUAGUCCUCUUGCUACUGUCAGAUCAGCCUCCAGAUCCAAGGUGGAGACUGUACAGUUGGCAAAGGUUGACCACCUAGCAAGAUAUGAGUCAAGAAAAGCCGUUCUGAGAUCCGAGCGGACAUCAGUAGAAAGGAAGGAGGUUGUAAGUAUGCAGCCCUUCAGCCUCGACCAUACCCCACGAGUCACUGUGAGGAUGCGUUCCCAUCGUGUGCCAUACGGUCAGCACACCAAAUUUACACUGAACGUCCAAUCAAAGCCAACCGCUGAGGUGAAGUGGUACCAUAACGGACAACUGAUAACCGAGAGCAGGAGGUACCGUAUAUCCAACCUGAGCGGAGUUCUGUAUCUUCAAAUUCUUGACUGCACCACAGAGGACAGUGGCACUUACCGUGUUGUCUGUACUAAUGCAGUGGGAGAAUGCUCAGACUAUGCCACUCUGGAUGUCGCAGGCAUGGGAGAGUAUUCUAGCUAUAUGGCACCUCGCGAAGACGAGGAACCCCCAGCUCUUCCUGUGGCAACCAAGAUAGGUGCUUACCAAAUAUCCUCCAAGACGGUGAAGACUGUUGAAACACACGAAACACACAUGGAGGAGUCCAGCACAUUUAAAGGAAAGAAGACUACUCUACCCGCAUCUAUCCUAACAAAACCACAGUCCCUCACCUUAAAUGAGGGAGAGACUGCAAGAUUUGCAUGUGAUGUUGACGGUGAACCAGUGGCAACUGUAACUUGGAUGCGUGAGGGACAAAUUAUCGGAUCUUCUGUUCGCCACCAUGUCACUACAGAACAGUACAAGUCUACUUUUGAAAUCACCUCUGUUGAGAUGUCAGACGAAGGCAGCUACUCAAUCAUGGUGGAAAACUCUGAGGGAAGCCAAGAGGCGCACUUCAGUCUAACCAUCCGCCGAUCGGAAGCCAAAGAGGAGGUCUCUUCUACAGUGACAUACUCAUACGAAGAGCCUCCAAUGCAUUCCCCUAGUCCAGUCACGUCUCCACCAAGGAUGAAGUCUCCUGAAUCAAUCAGCUCUCCAAAGAGAGUUAAGUCCCCUACCAGCCCUACACCUAAGUCACCCACUGAGAAAGUCACCCUCAAAACCAAGCCCUCCAUCUCAUCUGGUCUUCAGGACAUGACCGCAUCUGCAGAUUCCAUCAUCAAGCUGACAGUGAAAAUGACUAGAGAUCCUAAAGCUGAGAUCUCAUGGAUGAAGGAUGGAAAGACUCUCAUUCACGGUGGAAAAUAUGAAAUUCAUGAAGAGCAUGAUUCGGCACACCUUGAAAUCUAUGAAUCUGAGGCCUCUGACAGUGGAGUUUACAAAUGCACAGUCACCAAUAGUGCUGGGUCAUCAUCCACAAGCUGCAUUGUCUCUAUUCAAGCCUCAAACAAAUCCAAAGCACUUGCAACAAAAACAGAAAUUUCAGAGCAGGUUAUUAAAAAGGAAAUUGUCUACGGAGAGGUUGAGUCUUACACAGAAAUCAAGGCAUCCCAUACUCAGAUGGCCAUGACUGAAGGCCAGUCUCUCACCCUGAGAGCCAACAUCCCCAGAGCUUCAGAUAUCAGAUGGAUCCUGAACGGAAUGGAACUGGCCAACUCAGAGGACUACAGAUAUGGUGUGUCUGGAAACAACCAUACUAUGACCAUCAAAAAGGUCAGCCAAUACGAGCAGGGGGUCAUCACAUGUGAAGCCAAAACCGAACAUGGCCUUGUCAAGUGCCAGUUCAACACUACUGUCACUGAAGCACGAUCAGAUGCACCAUCAUUCCUUGUGCAGCCACGCUCUCAGAAUGUCAAUGAAGGACAGAACGUCAAGUUCACAUGUGAGAUUGCAGGAGAGCCUGCCCCUGAAAUCGAGUGGUUUAAGGACAACAUAAUGGUAUCUAUGACCUCAAACACAAAACUGAGCCGUUCCAAAAAUGUAUACACUCUGGAGAUUAUUGAGGCCACAGUUGCAGACAGUGGCAAAUACACCAUCAAAGCCGAAAACAAAUAUGGACAGUGCUCUGCAACAUCAUCUCUCAACGUCAUCACUCUUGUUGAAGAACCUGCCAAAAUGGUUAUAAUGGAGCAAAGAGCUGCUGCUGCCAGCUUGCACAGUGACAGUUUCUCAGCCACAUCAGUCCAUAUGGCUGGAGCAUCAAUGACACAUGAAGGUUCUUUCCAAAGACAAUUUGAAAGCAUGUCUGCUGCUAGCAUGUCCGCCAUGACAUCUGAAUCAAUGGUAUCCAUGAGCUCCAGCAGUAUGAUGAAAAUGUCAAGUGAAAUAACGUCAAGUCAUGCUAGUUCAAUGUCAACUCAUGGAUCCUCAAUGACUGCUCUUACUCAUGGUGUUGGUAAAGCUCCCAAAAUUGAAUUUCUCCCAGAGGAUGUCAGCAUUGAGCCAGGAAGGCCUUUGAGCGUGUCCUGUGCUUUCUCUGGAGACCCAACACCUGAGAUUGAGUGGACCCGCACAGGGAAACAGUGUGAUGAAGACAGUGACCGGUUCCACAUCGAGACCACGGAGGACCUCACCACCCUUGUAAUCCCCUGUGUGAAGGAAGACGAUGCCGGAGCGUACACCCUCAAACUGUCCAACAAGCUUGGAUCUACCAUGGCAACUGUCAACAUUCAUAUUCGAUCCAUGUAAAAAACAACAACACGUAAACAUAUCAUUUCUAUCCCCCAUUUUCCCUCCUCCAGUACCUUUUUAUUUAUUGAAUUAGCAAAAAUAAUCUUUACUUGAUAAAGACCUGGAUUUCUGUUCUUGUAAAUAUGAACUAUUUUUAUACCAAACUUGACAUAAAUUUAUGCCAAACUAGACUAAAGUCUAAAGUUGUUAUAAAAUGUGCCAUAUUGGAUAAUUAUGACUAGGAUUUUUGAACCACUUUUCUGUGACAUGUACAUAAUGUAUAUAGCCGAAUUUAACGGUUAUGGAAAAUGUAUGAAUUGUUAUUUAUGACAAUAUUAACUGAAACAAAAGGAACUAAAUGUUUAACAGGAGAAAGUUUCACAUGAAACGAAUACCCUGAAAAACCUGAAACUAAACUCCGUGCCUCAACAAAAAGUUGAAGUCUUAAGAUUUCCUCAACAGGUAGAGAGGUUCCCUGUUGAAGUUUAUACUAAAUCAGAGAAAGACAAUGUUAUGCACCGUGCAUCUGUGCGUGCAAUAUUACAAAUACUCAUAUGAAUUGUAACAUGAUCAUAAGACCCUGAGUGCUGUUUGCAUAAACCCUCAUGUAAGUAGCACAACUAGGUCUUGUGUUCAGACUGACUAUGUCAUACCACCAUUUUAAUGACAUGCUCAAGGUGCGAGCGGCCUGCACUUUGAGCUCUAUUUUUUUGUGCUCUGUUUCCGGCAAUGGACAGUUGAAUUGGCUUUUUAAAACGUAACAUCACCUGGCCAUUAAAAAACAAAAGUCAAUUCAAGUACUUCGUUGCAGAAACAGUGCCACCACUUGGAGGAUUGUUAGGUAAUAUUUUGUGUGUGUGAGUGUGUUUUAGUUUUAGAAUUUCACCUUGCCAGUAGUCAGGGUAACCAUCAAGUGAAUGUACCAUGGUGAUACCAUCUACCGUGAAACAAAGAAAGCAAAAAGCAUGAAUAAUAAUGCCCUGCACUUUGAUUUAACUGAGUCUAUUGAUGUAGAAUUACUACUAUAUUCAUCCUCCUUGAGUUUUAUUUGACUGAUUUAAUAAAGCAUGAUUUCAGCACUA